GUGAAUAGCUCACACAAGCAGGGGGAAGAGAAGAGCGCACCCGGCCCUGCAAAUCAGCCUGGAAAAAGUCCGCACGGGUAAGAAGAAACUCAGCAACGGGUGUCCUUAGGCAGGGGAGACCCUGAGCUACCUGCUGGGUGGGUUUUUUCUUCUUUAUAGGGCUCUAGAUGUUUUUAAAGAGCUUCCCAAGUUUGCACCAGUCUGUCCCUGGAGGAGGAUGUUGUGUGUAUGUGUAUAUAUGGGAGGGGGCCAGCUGGCUUGCACUUUAGCAGUGUGCAUGUGCAUUAUAAAUAUAUAUAUGUAUUUAGCUUUAUUUGCAGUUCUGAGACUGUGUAGUUAUGUAGUUGUUUAUAUCCCCCCCCCCACACAGAGCACCCUACCUAUAUGUAUAUAAUAAUAGUCUUCUAUAUUGGUGUGUCCAUAUCUCUCUCUAUUAUAUGUGUAUAUAUAUUUUAUUAGACAUAGCAAUAGACUUAGGGCUGUAGGUGUGCUCUCCUCUUUUCUCAUAUUCAUUUUUUUUUUCCUUCCUGCACUUUGUACACGUUCAUACAUUGAAACAAAAAAAAGCAAUACAAUAAAAAAAAAAAACACAUUCAGACCAACAACUUCAUGCAAACUCAGCAACAACAACAAAAAAAGACAUGAUGUGUAUGUGUGAGGCUUUAGUAACAUAACAUUAAUGUUUAAAGGCUGAUCAUUCAGGAAACAUAGAUGGCACUCAUUUCAUUCCUGACACAUGCAUGGGGCAACACUCUGAUUUGUUUUCGCUUUAGUUUUAUUUUCUGUGUGCUUGAAGUCUGCCCCCACAGUCAGUUAAACGUCAUAUUAGUGGGAAUCCUAAAAGAGUACACUGAGGCAUAAUUUUGGGUUAGCCAGGAUGACCUAUAUGAUGACGAAUCGUCACUCGGGUAUUUUGUGACGUUGCCUUGAACGUUUUAACCCCCUGAGUGCCAGGUUGAAAGGAUUAACUUUUUGUUUUCCUUUCUCUAUUAGCAUUAGAAUUGUAUCCUUCUAGACAUUCCACAGCCUGAAAGAUCUUCACAUCUCCUAUUCAUCCAUUCUGCAGCCCAUGGCUAGUUUGCUGAAAUAUACUCUAGGAAAAAAAGAGCUUUUAUAUUUUAUUAGAAUCAACAUAUUAAGUGUUUUUUAUUUUUAUUUUGUAUUGUGUUUUUUUUUGUUUUUUUUGGUAAGCCCAAAAUUUCCUGUUUGCACAUUUUGAAAAAUGUAUUUUUUUUUUAAUUGAAAGAGCAUCAACUGUUGCAACACUCCCAAAAAAGCAACACUAACAGUUGGGUUCUAAGUGCCAUAUUUAUUAUUCCGAAUCUGUAUAGUGCACCGUCUAAUAUAUGUUAGAGGAAUUAAAUAGAAUUGUUGCUUGAAAAGCAUGCGUUACCCAGGAUUUUGGGAGCCGUGUAAAUGAUUUUGUUGUGUAAGUGUAUUAUUUUUUUAAGAGCUACAAUAGGGUUGUUUAUUCUCAGAAUUGCUCUGCUUCUUGUAUUCAUUGUAUUCUGAAGGAAAUGGUGAGAUGUUUUCUUGUGGAACAAAGUAACUAUACAGAUGGUGUAUUUAACAUCAUAUUUAAGUUUUGACAGAAAACUUGAUAUGGACAGGAUAUAUGUAUUUCUCUUCUGAAAUAUAUCUUUCGCGUACACAAAUGUACAUUUUUAAAUGUAUGCUUCGUAUUUCGGCAUCCUUCAUUGUGUUUAGAGGGAAUUAUUUUGUUUUGUCCAAAAAAGUGAAUGUAAAGUGUAAAAAAAAAUUAAAAUGAAAAAAAUAAUAAUUCCGAAGCUUUGUGCUAACAGAAUUACAAAAAAGUGUAGAUUGAUCAGUGGGUCCAAUUUUGGCUCGUCUGCUACUGUCAAACUACACUCUUUAUGUUCUUAAUUUUGUGGGAAUUUAGUUAAACAGCUGUAGCCCCAAAGGUGGACAUCCAUGGUCAGUGAUAGGUGUCCUUGUGUGAUAGGUACAUUUUGCUCUCCAUAUGUUCCUUAACUUCUUACAGUAAUGCCUGGAUGAGGAUGAUGGGAUAUGUAGUUUUCAAACAUCUAGGAAUCCACGGGUAGCCAUCAAAGCUAUACAUCAAGAGAAAUAACCUUGUUAAUUUGAUUGCUAUGCCUUCUUAGACAUCACCAUGCGUUUCAGAAAAUAAAUUAACUGUUGCAAUCGAGAAUAUGUUUUCCUGUAGUGCUGUAGGAUAUCACAAACAGGGUGUGUCACUCAUAUAAAACUCUGUUUGUUUGUUUUUUAAUGUAUGUGAUUUCCUAUUGAUCUAUGUAUUCACUUGCAAUUCUGCCACAGCAGUGCAUGUACUUUGCAUUAUUCCUGCAGUGACACUGUAAACACUGUUUAAAUGAGUCGGAGCAGGAAGUUGCUAAGAUACAUAGUAGGAAGUGCAGAGAAAAAAAAACUGCUUCUCCCUGCCUUCUGAUAAAGAGAACAUACAAUUUCUUAUGAUCUGUCAACAUAUUCAAACCUGAUAACUUUUUUAUUUUAUUUUUUAGUUUAGGCAUAGUUCAUGAUUAAAACAAUCCAAUCUUUUCACCGGUUUAGUUAUGCAUUGCAUGUAUAGGAAUGCAAUGUAUUUUUUUGCCUCUUUUUGGGAGCCUGUUUUAAAUUAAUGCAUGUUAUGUAAAAAAAGUAACCGGUGGGACACCACUCGCAUUAAAUAAUUGGCACCCCAUGGCAAACAGUCAGAUGCAUAAAACUGGCACACCAUGGCAAUCAGCUUUAGAUGCAUAACAUUGGCAUAACAUGGCAGUUUUAGAGGCAUAAUUUUGAUAUAUCAUGGCAGUUUUAGAGGCAGAAACUUUACACAUCAUGGCAAUCAGUUUUAGAGACAUACAACUGCUUACUCACAGACUCAGAAUCAGAAAUGCUGUUGUCCUGCUCUUUCAUCCAGGCACCUCAGUUGAUUAUCCCAGUGGUGGAACUAAUGUAGAGAGUACCCUAGUGCAAGUAUGUAUCUAGUGAAAGUGUGGCCAAAAGGUAGAUCUCCAUCUGUCGGAGAACUUCAACAAUAAUAUGCCAGAUGGAGAUCUACCAUUUGCACAUCAUUGCAGGGUUAUAUUUGUGAGCAGUGUUUGAAUGUAAGCUUGUUUUUGUAUUAAGUAUAUGUGUGCAUGUAUGGGUGUAUUUGUAUGUACUGUUGCUAUUGGAAGGUAGUGGUGUACUUGUUUUUAAUGUUUGCGUCUGAAUGCAGGGGUGUUUGUAUAUGUAGUGUAGGACUUUAAAUGUAGGUGUGCUUUUUGUGUGUAGUGUUGGUGUUUGAAUGAAGGGGUAUUUGUUGAUCAUUUUAGUGUUUUAAUGCAGGAGUGUGUUUGUAUGUAAUGUUUGCGUUUGAUUUCAGUGUGUGUGGUGGAUGCAGUGUGUGUAUAUUGUGUUUAUAAAAUAUACAUAUACACAAUGUGUGUUUCAAUGUAAGCAUGUGUUUUUGUAUGGAGUAUGUGUGCAAUGUAUACACACAUACACACACUGACACAGCGAAAAAAAUAAUAUAUAUAUAUAUAUAUAUAUAUAUAUAUAUAUAUAUCUCUAUCUAUCUAUAUCUCUAUCUAGAGUAUAUUUAUUUUACAAGUGACUUUAUAAGCAAACAUUACGCUAAAUUAAAUAGAGGAAAAAAUAUCUUGUCUUCUUUUAAAAUUCUCUAUGGGAUAUAUGGUCAUUUGGUAUGGUACCCCUUGGCCCUAUUAUUAUACUAAGGCCACAGGCACUGGGCCACAUAGGCCACAUGCUGAUUUAUUAUUGCAUAUAUCGCACUCAUCUCAAAAGCCUUGAGAGAUGGAGGGUAAGGGGCUUCUUAUAACUAUGCUAUUUUUAAAGGGUUCUCCUGCUCAGUUCUACUUAAGUCUCUACUAUGCUAUACAUGGUUUGGGGCUAUUGCCAAUUACAUCAUCAUUUUUUGUCCGCUCUAAAAUCUUUUUUGUUGAGAGGGACAGGUUGAGUAUUUUGACGAUUGUUACAGGAAUGAUAAAAUAUCCCAAAUUAUAAACCUUCUGUUAAUUAAGGCUUUAUAUAUAAUAAACUUGCAUACUACAAUACUCUGGUUAUUAUGGCAUUUCGUCCUCUGGACUUGUAUGGCUAAUCCAAUCUAUAUAUAAUAUAUAAAAUUUUGUUUUUAGCAAAUUACAUCACAGUCAAGUUUAGUCCAGGCACCUCCAAUGACGGUACUCUGAUACAUGCAAUUAACACAUUACUUCCACUCGCUUCCGCACAAGGAAAAGCUGCAAAGGGAUUUAACAUGGUUUAAAGACCUCUGCCUACGAAGAACAUCGAUAGGAAAAGCUAUCUCGAUCCUCUACCAAUAUCUACUGACUAGCCCCACCGCAGAGAACGACACCUUCCAGCGGCAAUGGGAGAGCACCAUGGACAAAACAUUUACGCCGACCCAAUGGGACAAAGCCCUGAUAUGGCAACAUAAAAGCUCCUCCAGCUCACACCACCAAGAGGUUAACUAUAAACUGAUCUCCAUGUGGUAUAGAACGCCGGUAUUGCUACACAAGAUUUUUCCCACAACACCGCCAACAGGAGAUGCCUGGAUGAGAGAGGGACCAUUAGACACAUCUGGUGGGAAUGUAACCACAUCAUCCCAUACUGGAACCAAAUAUAAAAAAAUCAAUCCUGCGUCAUCUGCUGAAUGCGGCCAAAUCACUGAUACCGGUGUACUGGAAACAGACGAACAUCCCCACACGGGAGGAAUGGAUCCACAGAGUUGAGGACAUUAGGGCGGCUGAAGCACUUCAAGCGGAACUGGCGGGUAGUGGAGCAAAAUGCGCAGAGACAUGAAUGCCGUGGUUCACCUUCCGUGCGGGUGCAUAGGGGGGUGGUUGGCGGCGGUCGGGGGCUGGGGGCCGGCGCAGCUCCCACAGUAGAAUCAUAAUAUACGCUACACCCCACAAACACCCUUCUACGCUAAAACACAUAGGCACCGCACUGAAACAUGCCGACCAUACCACAUACUUGAGCAGGAGAACACCACAGACGACAACAGAUAAAGGGAAAUGCAGGAAAGAAACGAACAUUGACAAAUAACUGGAACAAGGCUACAUUCCAACACACCCAACAGGCCACGCUCAAACGAACAACUGACAGACGAGGACUCUACUAACCCCACAUGUCACCUUAACCACUAUAACACAGGACAGUAACAGCUAACUAAGAUCCCGAGGGAAAUAUAGAACAUAACACUAAUAGAGUAACUUUGGGACAACUAACUACCAGACAUGAUAAAACCACAUCCCUGACACACGCACAGUAAAUUAUCACUCCUUUCGAGAGAAAUCCUGGAAAACUCACACUCCCUGCCCCCACUGACACACGCAACACAAUAAAUCACCUUCCUCGCACGCCACUCCCGAAAUGACAUGCUCCGGAGUCAGGUAGGCUAACCAGGGAAACAGACCCAAACCUAGACGGAACACACGAAACACAGGGGACAUUACCCAAAGGUGGAAGGGAGACCUCUCACCAAAGCAGCCCCAGAGAUAACCCUCAUGGGCUCUAUUACAUUGUGUGACACGAACCCACCGAGGUCCGGAACACACAUAUGGAAAAGCACACAACAAGGGGGGAUCCCUAAUGCAAUAUAAUCCCAUCCUCGAUAACUCACACUAUCGCCUUCUGAAUCCAUCUGUACCAAAUGUCCCACUCGAAACUAACGUACUACUCCCACUUAAGCAAUGACCCUUUUAUCCUCCCGCACAACCCAAUACAUUCCACCACACCUUCAUACAUACAGACAAAUCUCAACAAAGAUUAACGCCUGUAAUUGCGCACCUUCAAGGCACUGACGGACGUUAAUACGCCCACCAUUAAUCUCACAUAUGAAGGGCCCAGGCGGAAAUACACUCAGUUACACACCGCAACAACAUGGCAAUCUACGCUGAGAAAUACUGCUACAAUCGAAUACUGACACUUAUUGUAUAACGAACCUGAUUGUAAAUUCCAUUUGGACGUUUAUCAUAAUAUCGAUAUGUAUAUAUUUUGUUUUGACACUGCCAAAGGCCUGCGUGCCUAAACAAUUUCCUGUUUUCCUACAAUAAAAAAACUGAUUAACCAAAAAAAGUUUAGUCCAGGCACCGCCAGGGCACACAUUGAAAUAAGGACAAGAUAUAGAACUUUCCUGUUAUCCCCUUUUCUGUAUGCUUAUAAGUGAUUGACAGGGAGCUACGAUGGAGGUACCCAGUUGCAGGAUAAAAAGAUGUGAUACUAUUAAUAUUCAUACCUCAUAAAUGCAUAUUUGUUAAAUAUAGGGGCUCAGUAAACAUACUGUUAGAAAUCUUGAGACAUGAUAGUUCCCCUGUAAUUUAAAAAAAAAAUUGUGGUGUGUGUGUGUGUGUGUGUGUGUGUGUGUAUAUGUAUGUGUGUGUGUAUGUGUGUGUGUGUGUAUAUAUAUAUAUAUAUAUAUAUAUAUAUAUAUAUAUAUAUAUAUAUAUAUAUAUAUAUAUAUAUAUAUAUAUAUAUAUAAUAUAAAAAUUUUUUUAAUUUAGUGGUACUUUUAAUGGAUCGUUGAAGCAACACUUAGUAUUUAAACAUUCUGUUGCUAGACCCUGAAGGAGGAAACUCCCAAACCAUACUUCUUCAGCUGCUUGGAACAGGCCCAAUUAUCUCACCAAUGCUCAGUUAGUAAUAAAUGCCAGCUUUCUGGUUUUAAACUACUCGCACACUGGUAACACCACAAAAACUUCAACUGCGGAUGCCACCCAUACUCAGAUUGCUGGCGAUGCAGUCACACUACGGGGGCCUGCACAUAUUUAGUAGGUAUCCCAAUUGUUGCAAUUUCAGUUCUGGAAAGAAAUACACUAUCAUAAGCAAGUUUGCAGUUUUCCUUGUCCCCAUUCUUUCCUACUGUUCAGUGUCUACACUAUGCCAAUCUGUAUAUAUUGCGAGUGUGGUUUAAUUCUUUAUACUCUGCUCAUUCCAUUUUAAUUUUAUUUAAUUUAUUGAUUUAAAAUAAUGUCCCACUUAUUGUGGGACUACAGCUCAUUUGAUAUUUUGUUAGCUAUUAGAGUCAGUCUCUGUCUCUCUCUCUCUCCCCCUCCCUCUCUCUGUCUCUCUCUCACCUAUUUUCCUGACUUGUUUUUUUUCAAACUUACUUGUGUAUCUGAUGUAUCUGUUGUACAACACUAUGGAAUAUGCCGGCUCUAUGUUUAAUGAAAAAAUAUACAAAAAAAGUGGGAUUAAUUAUACUCCCAUAUGGUAGGACAAGAAUUGUCAGUUGGGAACAUAUUUGCUUUGGCUGAUAAUCUCCCGUCUCUUGUUCUCUUUUUCCUAACUGACAGGAAUCCUUGCUACAGCAAGCAUUAGCAUAAUUACCUAGUAUAAAAACUAUAACAUUUUCCUGAUUUAAUGAUGAGUUUUGUUUCCUGCACUAAACAGAUGUAAAAGCCACGAUCACUAUCAUUUAUAUAGUUUAGGAAAUCCAUAAUUAAGCAGAAGCUAUUCUUUCUAAAGUUAUAGUUGUAAUACUUGCUUUCAAAUUUUUUCCACUAGGGCGAUCUUACUAGGGUGCAUCCCCACGUCCUUAUUUACAAAUAAAACCCCUUCAUAACAUCAACAAUGUGGAAGCGGGUACCUGAAAGUAAGACCUCCAAAAAAACUUUUCAUUUGGAAAAACAACUUACUUCAUCCUUGUAUAGGUAACGGAGUACAAUGUGGACUCUUUGCAAAUUUUUUCUUUUCCUGGAGUAUGUUUAAAUAAACUAAAGGCUGAGUGAUGUCUCCAAACAUGAUACUCUAUUUUCAAUACUUUAUUUACUCGUUAAUUUAAACCCCAUUUCCUUGCCUUCCUAAGGUGCUGGUUUCAUAGAAACUGUUCUAUUUAAAGCAGAUCUGACACUUUCUGGGGUCUUUGCAUAUUUUUCACCAAAGGUGAUAUCUCCGGUUAGCGUCUGGUGGCCAUCAGGUGUAGUGGAAGGUAGGUUUACUUACCUAAUGCUGUUCCUCACGGCUGUUGUAACUUGGAACAGCUGUUGGGUUGGACAAAAGUUAACCGCCUUUUCUUAAGUUUUGUCAACCUCAGGUAGUCCCUAUUUUGUCUUGUGGUAUUUUUGGAUUGAGUGAGUUUUUAUAAAUAUUAUAUCUUUGUAAAAUAAUCAGAAGCGACAGAGCAAUUUUAACAUUUCUUUAGAUUGCUAUAUAGUUGAAUUGUAGUAAUGAAAAUUGAAUGCUGGUAGAGUUCUGAUUAAUGUUCUGUUAAAAUAAAAUGAAUACACAAACACUAAACUGAGUGUACUGAAAAGAACAAUAUAUCUUGUUAGCAUAUAUUCAGUAUACCAUAAGUACACCCAUUAUACUUAACUGCUACGAUAACUGGUUCUAACAUAAUAUAGUCCAGUUACCGGAAUUUUUUGUUGUGAGAGUGGUUCAAGAACUCUGCAUGUGACUGCACAAGGGGGCACUGACCUCACUAAUGCAUGCUAAAACUUGGCAGGUGCUACAUAGUAUUUCUUCUGCCUGGGCUUGCUAGCUAGUACUUUGCAGACCAGCAUCAAAGGGAAGUGAGUACUGUCCACUGGUUGGCCCAAAUUCUGUGACUGAUUUUCCCCCCACCACCCUCACACUCAUAAUAAAUAGCUUGGUUGUAUUCGUAUGCAAGGCAGAUCCAAUAAUGAGAUUAUUGCUUUUAUUGCCACCAAAAAGCAAAGCUAAAGUUACAAGAUCUUUAUUAUAGAAAACAUUCAACUACAAUGUACAUCAGAACAGACUUUGCCUGUGCAUGCUGAAAGUAUAAGACAUAGUACAUGUUUGAAGCUGACCAGAGCAUGAACAUUGAAAAGGAAAGUAAAACAAAGAAAAUAAAAAUAUUUAAAAUAGAACUAUAUAAACUGUGCUCCAAUAUGAAAAAAAAAAAGGUACUGGUUGUGCAAAAACUUAUAGUAAAAAAGAAGUGCUAGCACCAAAUGGUACUCUUUAACUGGACAAAAUCCACAGAUAAUGGUACCCAGAAAAAUUGUCCUGGCCAUGGUGGAUUUGAUAUAAUCGCACAUUACAGUUUUAACUCAAGAACGCAAACGGGGAUAUACAGUUUCACAAUAUUGCUUUCUUUGAAAGGUCCACAAGCCAAAAAAAGAAAGACAUAAAAAAAUUUCAUUAAAAGCUCUGUCCCUGUUAAAGACUGAUUGCAGAAAGUGAAACCAUUAGAAUACAAGCUAUUCCUAAAAACAGUGGCCAAAAUGUAAAUUUUAAAACGAUUCAAAUAUUUUGGGAGUUGUAGUUCUAGUAAUAGGAACCUUUUGGGGAUCUUUCCUUUGGUCACCCUUUCUCUAUAAAGUAGACUUGUUUACAAAAUUAAUUGAAUUGCUUUGUUAGAAAAUAACGUGUUUGGCCGAACCGAAUCGCGUCCAUGGUUUGGUUCAUUUUGGAUAACUGCUUUCGUUUUUAACCCUUCGCUCAUUGCCAAUGAGUAAGGGAUUACAAAUGGAAGUGACACAGAAGUCCCUCUAUACUGCCCCUGUCCCUUCAUCAGUCCAUCCUAUCUGCUCUCUUUCGCUUCAGCGAGCGGGUUUGACAUCAAGCAACGAGGUUCGUGCUGCAGGGAGAACUGGACUUGAUGAUGGAACGUUAGCUGAGUUUUAGCGUUUUUUUUUUCUUUUAAGUGGGGGUGUUUGCAGACCACAUCAGAAAGGGUUACUCUAACCAAAACCAGUGUUUUACAGGUGUUUGGUUGGAGAUACUUUUUAAAUUAAGAAAUAAAAACCUGUGUAGUUCAAUAUGGGUGAGGGCUAUAUUUAUAAUAACAGAGGGUAAUGGUAUGUUGCCCCCAGUCCCCACCCCCACCCAUAGCCACCUGAUGGUGGAUAGAAAUACAGUAUUUGAAAUAUACAUUUUGGCCAAUUUAAUUUGAACAUUGCCCCCCGGGAUGACUAAGAGUCCACAAACCUCAACAAAGUGGCCCAGUAAACUAAGUUUGAACACUGGCCAAAAACUGGCGUUUUUCACACACAAAUAUGAACGCUAACUUUGGCCGGUGUUUGUGACUAAGUGGCUACUAACAAAGACAGGACAUACCCCAUUUGCAGUACCUUUUGCUUGUCUACUAUUGCAAAUGAUAUGUCAUCAUGUGGGUAAUUCUCAUUCCUGGGCUACCAUACAGUGUCAAAGGCAAUGUAACCAAUCUGGCGAAUUUCAAUGUGAUAAAACUGAAAAAUGUAACAGGCUAUAUAUAACCCUGUAACUUCCCAAAACACCAUAAAACCUGUACAUAGGGGGUACUGUUUUACAUGUGAGACAUCGCUGAACAUUCACUGUUAAAAUGGCAUGCAGAACUAAAAAAAAAAAACCAUUUCUUAAAGGACCACUAUAGUGCCAGGAAAACCUACUCGUUUUCCUGGCACUAUAGUGCCCUGAGGGUGCCCCCACCCUCAGGGACUCCCUCCCGCCCAGCUCUGGGGAGAGGAAAGGGUUAAAUCUUACCUCUUUCUCCAGCGCUGGGCGGGGAGCUCUCCUCCUCUUCUCCGCCUCCUCUCCUCCCCUUUGGCUGAAUGCGCACGUGCGGCAGGAGCUGCGCGCGCAUUCAACCGGUCUCAUAGGAAAGCAUUUAUAAUGCUUUCCUAUGGAUGCUUGCGUGUUCUCACUGUGAUUUUCACAGUGAGAAGCACGCAAGCGCCUCUAGCGGCUGUCAAUGAGACAGCCACUAGAGGAUUUAGAGGCUGGAUUAACCCUGUUAUAAACAUAGCAGUUUCUCUGAAACUGCUAUGUUUAUUAAAAAAAAGGGUUAAUCCUAGAGGGACCUGGCACCCAGACCACUUCAUUAAGCUGAAGUCGUCUGAGUGCCUAGAGUGGUCCUUUAACUUCUCAAAAAUUUAUUUUUAUAUUUUAUUCAUAUUAAAUUAUGUUUAAUAGCUAAAUAUUUAACGUUAAAUGAAAGCCCUAUUUCUCCUGAAUAAAAUGAUCUAUAAUAAGUGUGGGUGCACUUAAUAUGAAAGAGGUGAAUUACGGUUGAACAGACAUACAGUCAAAUUCCAAGUUUUGUUUACAUUUUAUUUUGAUCAAAAUGUGUACAUUUGGCUCAGUCCUUAACCCCUAAAGGACGCAUGAUAGACCCAGUCCGUCAUGCUGGGAAAGCACUUAACGACGCAUGACGCACUGGGUCCGUCAUGCGCUGAAAUUAACAUCAGACCGCUGCAAUCACAGGGUUAACGCUCACCCGGUCUGCCUCGGUAUUCGAGGCAGACCAGGAGCACCCGAUCACGCUGUCCCUACAGCCUGUCAGAGCGAGCACAUGUGCUGCAGUUACUUCCGAUCCGCCUCCCUGCUCUUCUGUGUUCAAUGUCAAGUGCUGGGAGACGGAUCAGUGAUGAUCCUCUUCACCCUAUAAAAAUAAAGUUAAAUCCCACCCCCCUUUCUCCUGCUUUAAUAAAAUUAACCCCUUCCCUGCCAAUUGAUCAUUGACUACAGUUAUCAAUUGGAAGGGACUACAUUUUACUCUCAUCUGAUUAUUAUUAUUUUAACCUUUGAGGGGUUAAAUUUAUUUUAUUAACUAAUUUAAAUAUUUUAAAAUUUCUAUAUUUAGCUAGCUGGGGUGGGUGGAAGUUAGUGAAAAAAAAAGUUUUAAAAAAUGUUUUAAUAACGUUUUAAAAAAGUAAAAAUCCCAGCUUUACUCAGUCCCAAUACAAAUUAACUCCUUCCCUGCCAGUAUAGAUCACAGUAUUAUACUGUGAUUUGUUUUUGUUUGUUUUUUAACCCUUGAGGGUUAACUUUUUUAUUUUAUUUAUUUUUUUAACCCUCAGAGGUUCAAUUAAUUUAAUUAAGUAAUUUAAAUAUUUUAAAAGGGUAUAUUUUGCUAGCUGGCUUGGGUGGGAGUUAUGGGAAAUUGGGGAAUUUACUGUUAGUGCUCUUACUGCUAGUUCGGGGUUAAGAGUAAAAAAAAAAAAACCAACCCAUUUAUUAAAAUUUUAAAAGUGUAAAAAAAGUUUCAAGAAAGUUUAAAAAAGUAAAAAAAAUGCUCAUUACCACUACACCUGGUACAUACUAGCGAAAAAAAUUACCCCACGCUAAGGUUCAAAAUAUGCCUUUUGAAUUACCCUGUGGUUGUGUUGUUUAACCCCUUAAGGACUGGACUGUUUUUGCGAUGUUGUACAUUUGCGACCAGGAAUAUUUUUACACUUUUCUGGUGUUUGUGUUUGGCUGUAAUUUUCCGCUCUCUCGUUUACUGUUCCCAUACAAAUUAUAUAUUGUUUUUUUCAGGACAAAAGGGGCUUUCUUUACAUACCAUUAUUUAUAUAAUCUCAUGUAUUUUAAUUUAAAAAAAAUAAAAAAAUCUGAUGAAAAAUUGAAAAAAAUACAUGUUUUUUGACUUUUACUUGAAAAAUCUUUUACUCAUCUACAAAAGCGAAUGAAAAAAACUGCUAAAUAGAUUCAAAAUUUUGUCCUGAGUUUAAAAAUACCCAGUGUUUACGUGCUUUUUUGCUUUUUUUGCAUGUUAUAGGGCUAUAGGUACAAGUAGGAUAUUGCGGUUUCAAAACAUGCAUUUUAAAAAUUUAUCAAUAGUGACAUUGUAACACUAUUAUCUGUCAUAAAUCUCUGAAUAACACCCCAUAUGUACAUAUUUUUUUUAAAGUAGACAACCCAGGGUAUUCAAUAUGGGGUAUGUCCAGUCUUUUUUAGUAGCCACUUAGUCGAAAACACUGGCCAAUGUAAGCAUUCAUAUUUGUUUGUGUGUGAAAAAAGUAAAAAAACUAAAUUGAACGCUAAUUUUGGCCAGUGUUUGUGACCAAGUGGUUACUAAAAAAGACUGGACAUACCCCAUUUGCAAUACCUUGGGUUGUCUUCUUUUGCAAAUGGUAUGCCAUCAUGGGGGUAAUUCUCAUUCCUGGGCUACCAUACGCUCUCAAAGGCAACGUAACCAACCUGGCCAUUUUCAAUGUAAAAAUAUUUGACCCAUAUAUUUGACCUUGUAACUUUCAAAAAUGCUAUAAAACCUGUACAUGGGGGGUACUGUUUUACUCGGGAGACAUCGCUGAACACAAAUAUUAGUGUUUAAAAACUGGAAAACGUAUCACAACAAUUAUAUCAUCAGUAAAAGUGCUGUUUGUGUGUGAAAAAUGCAAAAAAAGUAACUUUCACUGACAAUAUCAUCGCUGUGAUAUGUUUUACUGUUUUGAAUCACUAAUAUUUGUGUUCAGCGAAGUCUCCCGAGUAAAACAGUACCCCCCAUGUACAGGUUUUAGGGUGUCGUAGAACGUUACAGGGUAAAAUACAGUGCUAGCAAAUUAAAUUCUCUGGAAUUUCGGCCUGGGUUGGCAGGCAGGUCCCUCAAAUUGCAAUCAAUAAAAUUACUGAAUUAUGUAAAAAUAUUACAUAAAUACGCACGUAGAAUUUAAAUAUAUAUGCAUAUUUAUAUAUUUGAAGUCUACGUGUAUAUUUAUAUAAUUAUUUAUGUAAUUUUGUAUAUGGACAUAUGUAUAUUUCUUAUUAUUUUUAUUUAUUUUUAUAUACAUAGAUAUAUAUACAAAUUCAUUCUAAGUGUAUUUUGAUAUAAAUAUAUAUAUAUUAAUUUUAAAAUACAGUUAGAAUAAAAUUUCAUAUAGCUAUAUAAUUUUUUUAAAAUUUUUUAUUAUUAUUUAAAAAAAAUUUUAUUUAAUUUAAAUUACUUAUUAUUUAUAUUUUAUAAUAAUAUAUAUAUACAAUAUAUAUAGUUAUUAUAUAUAUUAUAUAUAUACGUGUGUAAUUUAAUUAUAAGUGUAUUUUUAUAUUAAUAUAAGUACAUAUUAAUAUAAAAAUACACUUAGUAUGGCAUUAUAUAUAUGAUAUAUAGACAUAUAUUAUAUAGAUAUAAUAUAUGUCUAUAUAUCAUAUAUACACAUAUAUAAUUAUUAUUAUUUUUUUUAUUAACAUUAACUUUAUUUUUUUUUUAGAUUUUACACUAGCAGGGAGACUGCCUGUCAGCACAGGCAGUCCCCCUGCAGGCAGCACUAUGGACACCUAUUGUGACCAUGUGAUCGCUCUGUUAAGCGAUCACAUGGCCCCAGGGGUCCUAAAUCAGUGUGGGGAGACUGUCUGGGCUGCAGGCAGUCUCCCCACACCGGGAGCAACACUGAUCGCCGCCGGGGGAACGACGGCGAUCAGGUAAGUAACGGAAACCGUUAGGACGGUUCAGGACCGUCAUCGGUCCGCAAUGGGAAAAUCCCGAUGACGGUCCUGAACCGUCCUCGGUCGGGAAGGGGUUAAUAAAUAGUAUGUGUUUGUGGGGUAUUUUAAAUAACCAACCAUCUGAACUACUCCGAAAUGAAACAUGGACACGGUGUAAAACCUCAAAGUUAGAAAAAAAAACGUAAUGCAUCUCAAAUGUGCCCCUUCAGCUUCCACAUAUACCUGACAAAGGUACAUGCAGGGUUAUUGUUUUACUCAUACAACAUAGCUUAGCAGCAUAUGAAGUAUUAUACACUUGUAGCACGCAUAAGGUUUGCAAAAUAUACUGUGCAAACUCACUUUGUGUGUCAAAAAAUGCUUAUUACCACUACACUUUGUACAAGCUAGUGGAAAAAUGAUCCCACGCUAAGGUUCAAAAUAUGCCUUUUGAAAUACCUUGGGAUAUCUUCUUUAAGAAAUGGCAUGCCUUUUUGGUGUAGCUGCAAUAUGUAGCCUGCUCAAGUGCUCCUAGGUGGGACACGGACGCAUCAAAACCCUCCAUGAAAAUUCACACUUAAAAACCUGAACUUGUCACGUCUCUUUUACACAACUGUAACUUCAAAAAAUAGUGUUUAGGUCAUACAUUGGGCAUAUUGUUUUACUCAGAAGAUGUAACUGAGCAUAAUUUGGGGGAUUUUAUGACAGUGGUACAUAUCAAGUGUGAGAAAUACUCAGCAAAAAUGCAACAUGUAUGUAAAAUGCCAUUUUUAUUUCCCCCUCACCACAAAUAUUGACAUAAAUUGGUGAAAAAAUGGUGACAAGUUUAGGCACAGUAAACACCAUAUAAGAUACCCCUAGGUGUCUGCUUUAUCAAAUGGAAGCCCUUUGUGGGGUUAUAUGAAUACUCACACUGAUAUAAAUACCCCAAAAUGAGACAUAGGCUCGUCAAAUCCAUCUAUGAAAAUUCUAACUAUAGAAACUGAAAUAGCCUUGUCUCUUAUUUGUCAUUGUAGCUUCACAGAAUAGUGCCAAAGGCAUACAAUGGGGGUAUCCUGAUACUCAGCAGAUGUAACUAAACACAAUAUGGGGUUCUGUGCAGGAAUAGCACACUCCAGCUUUACGAAAUACACAUUACAAAAACCUUGUUAAAUGUGUAUAUGCCAAAAUAGAGAAACACAAUUUUACUCCAAUAUUUAGCAGAGAUUAGCGAUGAAAUGGUUAUGUAAAAAGUGUCAAAUUAACCUUGAGUACAUAGCCUGUCUACUUUAUAUAAAUAUAUACUUUUGUGUGGCAAUUUUGUUUUCUGUGAUGGCUACUAAACCUACAAGACAAACUUCUAACAUUUUCACAUUGAAAAUUUAUUUUAGUCCUUGUAUUUUGUGACCUGAAACUUUCAAAAUAAGCUGAAAUCCUAUACAUAUGAUGUACUCUAUAAAUCAAGACACAUAAAUGAAUUUAUUUUGAAUUACUUUUUCUAAGCUGGACAUAUUAUGCAUAUUCUAUUAUUGCCAAAACUGUGGGGAAAAAAAUCUCCCAUUUUUUUGGCAUUUUUUUUAUAAUUAAUGAGAACCUAUCUAUGUAUAUGUCACAUCAAAUUAAAGCCCCUUUUGCCCUUUAAAAAAACGGUAUAUAAUAUAUGUUGGUGCAAUAAAUGACAGAGGUGCAAAUUGCUUCUGUCCUUAAGGAUAAGUCCAGUUUUUGAAGCUGUGUCCUUAAGAGGUUAAUGUUGUUUUUUAUUUUAUGUUUUUACCUGCAGAAAAAAGGCUUAAAUAAAGAAAUAUCUGAUGGCAGAUGUAAUUUGUUGUUGUCAUAACAUGCAGUUUACUGAGCCCCUCUAACUAUUAUUAUUGUGAAGGUGAAGGCAUGUAUUUUUUUUUUUGGAGGAGGGUGGCUCUGGGCUUGUGGAACCUUAGCCACUGUAGGGGUGGGUUUAAUUUAAAUGUAUUUUAAACUGGCUACAAUUUUAGGAGGGUGGACAAUAGUAUGUCCACUCCCUCCUAUGUAGCCUUCACACACUGUCUAUGGGUGAUGGCACCCACUCACCGCUUCAUUUAUUUAAUUUAAUAGCCUCUAUUUGCUAUCCCUCCCCCCUUGUUAUUUAUUUAGAACUCCACCGUGGUGGAACAGAGGACCUUUGACAAAUCUCCCUUUAUUUUUCUUACCCAGUCACUAGUCUUUUUGACAGGGACCAGCCACUAACUGGUUCCUGUUUAGUAGACAAGCCUCUACCCAGCGCAUAGCAAGUAGGGAGGUUUUAAACCACCCUUAUACUAAUAUAUUGUUGCCAUAUUGACAUUCGUAUUCUUUUAUUUCAUGCUUAGAUCAGGAGAUAUAUGUCCUGAGCAUAGUGUACAUUCAAGUUAUUAUGUUGUCAUUAUUGCUGUAGGUUUUGUAUGAAAUUCCUCUUCCCAGUUGUACUUCCCCCCUGAUUUAAAGUAAAUUUCAGUUUCUUAGCUAACUGUGCUUUUGUAGUGAGAAAACUGAAUCCAUUGUACUCACUUGUCAGCAUUUUGUGAUGUACGUUUCCAAUGUAUGUUUUACAGCUGACAAGUGAUUGAUGCAAUACAAUUAAUUCCCCCCCCACAAUUUUUUUUUCUUAUUUUACCCAAAAAAUAAAGGAUAAAAUAAAAAACUGUGACAAAAAAACCUUCUUUGUCAAUUCAAAUAAAUCUGUACAACCCUGUCUGUAUCAUUUUGAAACAUCACAUGGGUGCAAUCUUGCUUUUGUAUGUAUUCCCUAAAUCAGGGGAUCCCAAUGAAUUUCUCAUGUGGAACCCUUUGACAUAGUGUAUCAACGCUGUGGAAUCCGGAGUCGGAGUGACGUCAUACUCUGGGUCCAUUGUCACUGCUGUGCGCGUGAGGGAGCUAAGCAAGGAGAUUACUGCUCGCCGCCCGCGGCCAUUUUAUUUUUUAAACUUUAGGCGGAACCCCAAUUGGGAAACACUGCCCUAAACAACAUAUACUGCAUUUAUGUAUGAAUCUUUUUGGUUCCUCAUUCCAAUCCAGAACGCACGCUCUUGUGCUCUCCGUGGGCACCCUUCUGUGCUUGUCUGUAAGGAAUUAAACCAAUGGUAUUGUCUUUUUUUUUUUUUUUCUUAACCUUCCAGUAUUAUAGCUAGUUCACUCUAAAAUAUAUACCUGAGUUUAUCUACCUUUAGAUCAAUAUUGUAAUUUUUUACUUUUUUUCCAAGCUGUGAAUUCUAUUCUUUUACUGUGCUUGUUUGAAGUGUCUGUAGUAGUUCUUUUGAUAAGGACAGAUAAUCAUCCAUAUUUACUGUUUCUAUGUACAUAUUCCUUUGUGUUCAGCAGAUAAGCCCUAUUUAGGCUCUUAUAUAAACAAUAUACUGUGGCAUAUGUAGAGUGAAUACAAGUGCUUAUAAUGAUUUUUAUACUUUUCAGUUGAUAGAAUAAUAUCAUUAAGCACUUACAGUUGAUUGUAUCUGCCUUCUUUGGGCCUCGUCAGUAAGCUGUAACUAAAUUUACUUGGCUCUCCCCAAGUUCAAAAGGUUAAUCCAGAUGUGGGCCCCGUGCUCACUGUGCCUAGAGUGGUAUCAGCUACACCUUGUUGACGAUGCACAAAGAAGGCCGAAACGAUUGUUCGGGGUUGCUUUAUCUCUCAUGCAGAGAUAACUUGCUGUAAUUUCGGUUCUGAACUGCCCUUAUGGGUGGUAUUAGUCUGACAUGCCUUGGAACUGGUCCACUCUAUAAUGGCACAAAUGAGCAAAAACUAUUUUGAGACCUGAGCAGGAAUUUACCGAAGGGCAAGCUUUUGUCUGUUCUCUGAGUUCUCAUAUUCUCUGUUUUUAUUGCAAUGUGUAUAUUUUAAAAGUCCUCCUCAACUGAUAUAUCGACACAUAACACACUCUGCACAUAUGUUAUUUGUAUGUACCAUUUCUGGCAGUUGGCAGUCAGUGAUCGACUGAGAUAUAAACUGAUGCUAUAAGUCUAUCAUUGGCACUCAAGGCAAACCUUCUGCAUCUGUGCAGUGGUCAGAAGGAACGACAUAGGAGGCCGUGUGGACAGCGCUGGGGAGACAACUUUGGGGUUAUAGCGGCUGAAAACUUUUUAACUCUGAAGGGGUCCAGAAUUCUAAAUGAGCCUUGAUGAUCCUUUAAGUGAGGAAUAUGAGGGAUGAGAGCGGGAGAACUAAGUUGCACCAGAAAAGGCAACGGCAAGUUCAGUAGUAGUGCAUUUGGUGAAUUAGUGUUUUUUUUUGUUUGUUUGUUUUUUCACUAAAAGACUCUUAUAGGUACAUAACUAAUCAGCCACAACAUUAAAACCACCUGCCUAAUAUCGUGUCGGUCCUGCUCGUGUUGGCUAAACAGCUCUGAUGCGUUGAGGCAUGGACCUCUUAACAUGUCAUGUGGUAUAUGGCAUGAAGAUAUUGGUAGCAGAUCUAUUUUUAUUUGAGGCACAUGGCAAUGAUAACGUGUGAGACAAAUGUGAUAUGGUCAGACCAGAAUAUUAAUACUGUAGGCAAAGUAGAUAUAUCAAACUAUUGUUAUAUUAGUAUACAGUUUAAUGAUACCUUACUCAUUUUAAGGUAAUAUAAGGAAGAAAUACCAGGCUGUGUAAAUAACUAUAGGUGCUACACUGCGAGGUUACAAGUAAUCAAGACAUAAAAUAGGCAUGCUGAAAAAUAUGCAUGCUUAAAGUAGAAUGAACAGGUUAUAGUGUGUAAAGAGAAAGUAUGUAACUCAAUAGAGAGGUGAAAUUUUACGAGCCAACCCAACUGCAUGUUGUAUAUAUUGUGAACAGAGUAUCCUAUGCAGCUUGAGAUCAGCCGAUGCCUGUUCUGCCAAGCCUGAAUCUCAAUGCGAAAGACCACAGUGGCCAGGACCAGAAUGUUGUCCAGUAAAGUAAGCAUUAGGGUCCCACUAUGGAUUCCCCUCGGUAGAAGUCCCUCAUCUUCACCAGCUUGAGAGAUGAUAGGUGAGUAUGGGGCAGGUGUAAAGUCCCUAGCUUGGUAGCCUUCCACAGCAGUCCUUGGCCCAACAGCAGGAGUGCCUUGCAGGUCAAUAAAGACUCUGUUGUCUAGCGAGGAGGGACAUGGUACGAAUUCCCAACUGCAUCUUGCAUCAGAUGCUGGUAGCUCAGCGGGGAUUUCUCCACUUUUGUCAGCAGGCAGGAGGCAAUUGAAAGCCACUUUGUUUCUUCUCCGUGUGAGCCAUGAAAGCUGCAAGUAGAUCAUUGAGCUGUUUGAGUGUGGGUUGCAGCUGCGCCACCUCAGUAGGCCCAUCUGGGAUCUCCUCCUUUGUAGACGCAGAAAGCCCCUGUGGGGGCCGAUGAUGUAUGGUAUGGGGUUGAUCCACUGGGGCCAGGAUAACCCCUGCCAGCCCGGACAGGGGGAACAAUGGCCCAGACUCGAGGUUUCAGCCAGAGAGUGGCAGUCUCCCCCGCGCCGACCAUGCUUGUAGGCCAUCAUCAUUUUAUUACCUUUCAUUUAGCAAUAUUUGCUAUGAAAUGCAGGUGCUGCAGUGACAAGUGUCUGCUCCUCUCCACGGUCAGGCCCCAUCCUGAGCAGCAGAUAUUUUAAAUACUGCAAGUUGUGAGGUGGGGCCUCCAUUGGUAGGAUUUGUUGAUCCAGCACAUCCCACGGAUGCUCAAUUGGUUUGAGGUCUGGAGAAUUUGGAGGCCAAUGCAACACCUUGAUCUCUUUGUCAUGUUCCUCAAACCAUUCCUGAACAACUUUUGCAGUGUGGUAUAGUGCAUUAUCCUACUGAAAGAGGUCACUGCCAUUAGGGAACAUCAUUGCUAUGCUAUGAUGUGGUGUAUGUGGUCUGCAACAAUCUCUAGGCAAGUGAAACUUGUCAAAGUAACAUCCAUAUCAAUACCAGAACCCAAGGUUUCCCAAUAGAACACUGCACAAAGCCUAACACUGCCUCCACAGACCUGCCUUUUUCCAAUAGUGCAUCCUGCUUCCAUCUCUUCUCCAGGUGAACGAUGCACACACAGUCAUUAACCUGAUCUAAAAGAAAAUGUGAUUCAUUAGACGGGGAAACCUUCUCCCAUUUCUCCAUGGUCCAGUUCUGACGCUCAUGGCUCCAUUCAAGGCACUUUUGGCGGUAGACAGGGGUCAUCAUGGACACUCUGACUGAUCUGCAGCUGCGGAGGCCCACAUUCAGUAAACGGCAAUGCACUUUGUGUUUUGACAACAUUUUAUCAUGGCCAGCAUCUAGUUUUUCAGCAAUGAGCUACAGUGGCUCUUCAGUAGUGCUGUCCUUCACUCCUCAUGUGCAUCAUUGAGCCAUGGACACCCAUGACCCUGAUGCUGGUUCACUUGUUGUCCUUCCUUGCACCACUUAUGGUCAGUACUAACCACUGCAUACUGGGAACACCCUACAAGACUUGCAAUUUUGGAGAUGCUUUGACACAGUAGUCUACAGAUCACUGUUUGGACCUUGUCAAAGUCACUUGUUUCUUUUCGCUUACCCAUUUUUUUUGCUGCUUCCAACACAUGAAAUUUAAGAACUGACUGCUCACUUGCUUCCUAAUAUAUCCCACCCCUUGACACGUGCCAUUGUAUAGAUAUAAUCAAUGUUAUUCACUUCACUUGUCAGUGGUUUUAAUGUUGUGGCGGAUCAGUGUAUUAAAAAAACAUAACUAAAAUAUUGCCCUAUGCACGAAGUAAAUUAAUUACAAACCGACAUUGCCUAAUGCAAGUUUUUUUAAAAAAGUUGUCAAGAACUUAGACGACCAAGCACCAUAACAUUUACAGCUCCUUAAAGUGGUUAUAGUGUGUAUGGUAUUUGGGUGCUGCGAUCUUGUAAAACAUAGGGCUUUCUUUGAGCAUGCGCUUAGCUAGUGGUGAAGUCAUCAUUUUUAUAUUUCUAAUUAGUGAAAAGGUUGUGCACCCUCUAUUUAUUAUUUUCUGAAUACAAAAGGUGACACAUACCAAAUUUUCUAUAGCAAUUGCUGCUGCCUUGACUCUCAGACCUGCUAGUAUCUCUGCCCUGUCACAUCAUUUGUUACUCAUUUUUAAAAAGAGCGUAGAUUAACCAUUUUAAAACACUAUGUCAAAUAAAUCAAAGAAGUGCAUGAUAAACUAUAUUUUUGUGUUAUUUGUCUUUACUUUUUGUUACUGAAUUGUUCAGUGAAGCUGUUUUUAGCAAUACUUUGCAGCUUACCUGUCAUUCAGUAGAGUGUGCUUUCGGCAGUAUGGGCUCACAUCUACCUCUCCCCCUCCUCCCCACUGUUUUCAGCUACCGUUAAAGCAACUGAAAGGGAAAACAAUUCAAAGUGACAGCCAAUCAGGGAGUGUAAGUGCAUUCUUAAAGGGCCACUCCAGGUUUGAAUAUAAAAGUAUGAAAAUGGAGACUGUUUUAUACGUAGUAUUCCAUAUUUUAGCAUUUUAUAAAAGAGAGUGGCAGAAAAGUAAGUGAUUGCUUUUUAUGUAUGUACACAUCUUAAUAAUUUACACAUAUGAAAAGUUACCUCUUAAUUUCCACUUUUUGUCAACUUUAUCUAAUAAUAUGAUCUGCCUCUCCUGUUUUUAUUCCGAACCAGGAAGUGGCAUAGAAUCUUUCAGCCAGUCCUUGUCUAAUGUAGUGCUGUAUGUCAUUGUCAAUAAUUGAAAUAAAUAGGCGAAGAACACUUUCAACAAUUGAGCGUGAAUUGUUAUAAUGGUAUUUAUUAAUUAAUGACUUUACAUCAUAAAGAAAGCAUAUUUAGUGUAAUGCUUUGGGGGCACCACUAGGGGGAGUGUGUAGGAAGACAUGUGCUUCUGGCAGUGACAUCACAGGCCAGCCUACUUACACUGAAUAAAAAACAGAUGUAGGAGAAGCUCUCUCUUUUUUUGCCUUUACCUGACUGAUCAUGUAGUACCAGCUCUGACUUAGCCCCAGCCCUUUGGCUGGGGCCUUGUAAGUAAUAUGAAUCCAUUGUAACAGUUAGCAAUUGUAAUAGCCUUUUGUAUAAUAUUUAGCAACCAAUAGCGUUUUGUGUAGUAUUGUAUAAUUAUUGUGGUAAAUUGCCGCUAGCAUCUGUUUAUUUAUUAUAGUUAUAUUAAAUAUACAUUUAAUAUUACAACGUUUUGUGUAUUUUCUAUCCACAUAUUCGACCAUAAUACCAUGAAUUAUAAAAAUAUUAAUGUUGUUCCGUAUUGCUUAAUUAUUAUGUAUUAAGAGAUUAAUAUUCAUAUUUAAGUCACGACCACAACAAUUGUGCAUGCAGAAAAAGCAUAGACUUUUUGGGAUAGCAAAAAUUCAUGUUUUCGGGCUUUUAUUUAUUACUCCACAUUGAGAUUUAUAUAACCAUACAGAGGGUUAAGCUAUUAUCUGCUUGUCAACUAUUCAGCGCUCCACCCACUGAUUAUAGGGUUUAUCCUGUUAUAUAUAUAUAUAUAUAUAUAUAUAUAUAUAUAUAUAUAUAUAUACACAUACACACACACACACACACACACACACAGUGUCUAGUGGCAAUACUUGCCCAAUAAUAUGCAUAACAAUUCACAUAAUAAUGUAAAGGCACAAUUCCCAAUUAAAAACAGCCAACAUAUUGGGUAAAAGGUCCCUACCAGUAGUUUUACAAGUUAUCUAUGAAUUGGUGAAUUUCCACAUGGUUCCAUUAUGUACAUUUCUAGAUAAUGUGACCUAUACAGUCUCCCUACACACUUCCUGUAAAGAGAGAUUUAAAAAAAACAAAAAAAAAAAACACAAUUUUUUAAGAGAUGGGUAUUGUGUCGUGUUAUAAAUGAAAUCGAUGCAUACUCUCAACGACCAAAUACACCUUUAUCAUCCUUUGUUUCAUACAUUGGGUUCGUUUACUCUAUCCUUUAUUUCAUUGUGUUUUGUUCUAUCUAGAAUCCUAUCUUUAUUUUAACCUUUAAUCAAUGAUUCAUUUUCAGGUGAACAAAAUAUAUGACUAACAAACAUAUAGUGCGACAUUGAUCAAGUGCUGGUCUACGUUAACUGGAUAUAACUGUUUAUAUUACUAGCUUUACUAGUUUUAUAAAUCUAGUUAGCAUUCAUUCAUUCUUCUCAUUCAUAAUCAGCAGACAAGUGGGGCAACUUAGAACAUGGGAACAUAGAGUCAAUUUAUAUAAGCAAGAUAUUAUCUAGAAUAUGGCAAACGGAUACGUUUCUAUUUGAGAGGAGGAUGCAAACAUAAAUUCUUGCCCAGGGAAGCAUUGUAUAUUGUAUAGGGUAUGUAAUCUGUGUUAAAAACUCUGAGUGAUGUUCAACGUAAAAAUUUUGUUCAAGUUAGACCAUAUAGCUUUAUGCACAUGAGUCUUCCGUAAAACCCUUUUUCCAUUUUGCCCUGGUAUUCUAGCUAACCGGCUAUAUCUGACCACUUAGGUGCAAUAGGCGACUUCCAAUUUCUUGCUAUUAUAAGUUUUAUGGCCAUAAACAAAUGUAUUGGGCAUGCCUUUCGUUCAGAAUUGCAGAUGGGAAAAUAUAGAUGAAAUAAGAAUGUUUGAGGGGAUAGUUCUUCUUCAAUAUUCAAAGGUUUAAAAAUGUGCACUUUUUUCUUUAAUCUCUGAUAGGCCUUUACACUCCCACCACAUAUGAUAUAGUGUUCCUAUAGAACUAGCAUAUCUCCAACAUAUAUCCGAAUAGUUGUUUAAAUUUCUUGAUUUUUAUGGGGGUAAGAUACCAUUUGUGAAGAAUUUUGAAAAGAGUUUUGUGCAGACUAAGACUAUGAGUAAUUUUUCAAACUUGUAUACAAGCCUCCCCUUAUUCAUCUAUAGAGAAGGAUUUGUUUAAAUCUCCUUCCCAUUUAUGUGAUAGUUUCUUAGUAUCAGUUAAACUUUUUAAUAAUUGAGUAUUUCUGGAAAUAAGUUUAGUUUUUAAAUGUUUAUUAAUGAGAUUUUCAAACUCUGGGUGUUCCUUAAUCUCUAAAAUCAGUAUCAAAUGUUUAAUUCUAAAUAAAUGAAUAACUCACAUCCAGGCAGGUUAAAUUGGAUUUUGAAAUUAUUGAAUGAUUUGUUUCCCUAAAGGGGCAAUUUGAGAUAAAUUGUGGAUACUAUAUUGUCUCCACUUAGUUAAGUCUAUAUCCUGUAUAUAGAAUUGUAAGCCUUCGAUGGGAGUUGAUUAAAGAAGUUUAUUAGUAAUUCCCAGUUUAUUCUUAAAUAUUUUUAAUUAAUAUAUAUAUAUUACUCAGAAUUAAUCCAGACUAAAUUAAAUAAUGACAUUUUAUGGCUAGCUUUCCAUCCUGGAUUUGGUGCUGUCUAGUUAUCCCAUUUAAGGAAGUGGGUAAACAUAAUAGUAUCAUGCAUUUGUAUUAUAUCUGGAAAAUGUAUUCCACAUUUUUCAGAUUUUUUAGUUAAAAUAGAAAAUGCAAUUUUAGGUGUUUUGCCUCCCCAAAUGAACUCCAUAAAUUGUUUCUUAAACCGAGCACGUAGAUGUCUUGGAACUCUUAAGGGAAGGAACGAAACAAAUAGGUCAGUUUUGGUAAAAAAUAUAUGCGAAGAUUGUAUUCAACCUGCCAAGCCAAGGAAUUUCAAGGCCUUUCCAUUUUUUAAGAUUUUCUUUUAAAUUAUGAUACCAUAUAAUUAUCCUUCACUAUCUUGUUCAUGUCAGUUCUAAAACUUAUUCCAAGAUAUUCAAUUAUUUCAUUGUUCCAAUUAAAGUUGUAUUUCUCUCUCUCUCUCAGUAUCUCCUGGUCGUUUGACGUUAUAUUUACUAUUAUUAUUUGAGUUUUGUUCAUAUUAAUUUUGUAUCCAGAAUAUUGACCAAAUUCAUUAAUUACUUCUAGAACUUGUGGAAUGGAUAUUAAUGGAUUGGACAGGGUGAGAAGGACAUCAUCUGCGUAUAGAGUGAUUUUGUGAGGCACUCCAAAUAUGUUUAGGCCAUAAAUCUGAUCUUUCUGUCUAAUGCUGCCAGAGGUUCAAUGGAUAAAAUAUACAACAAUGGCGCCAAUGGGCAGCCUUGCCUAGUUCGAUUCUUAAUGUUAAACCAGUCCGAUAUCAUACCAGGGCUAAUAACUGUAGCUUGAGGGUCUGUAUAGAGUGUCAUAAUGCUUUCUUUAAAAAAAAUCUGUCCGGCCAAAAUUCUCCCAACACCACAUCCAGGAAACGCCAGUUCACCCUGUCAAAUGCUUUUUUCACAUCUAAAGCUAUAAGAACAGAAGGUACAGCAUAAACAUUCGAGUAGCUUAUCAGAUUCAUAACUUUCCUGGUGUUAUCAACCAUAUCCCUUCCCAAAACAAAUCCAAUUUGGUCAUUAUGUAUAAGUUCAGGGAUGAUUGAUCUAAAUCUUUCUGCCAAUAUCUUGGAGAAUAUCUUAAUAUAUAAGUUAAUCAAAGAGAUUAGGCGGUAAUUCAACAGGGUGUCUAGAUCUUUCCACGGUUUGGGAAUCGGGAGAAUACUGGCAUGUAAUAGUUCUUGUCGAAUGAAUCUACUAACGGUAAAUUAAUUGAAAGUCUGCUGUAAAAUUGGUGAAAUUUUUAUUGUUUUCUAACAAAUUGUAGAAAAGCCGUCUGGUCCUGAGGACUUUCCUUUUUUUAACUUUUUUAUUGUAUUUUGUACCUCUAGAAUAGAGAUCGGUUUAUUUAACUGUUGAAGUUUUAGUGGAUUAAUUUUUGGAAAUUUUUUUAUCAUGCUCUUCUGAAUUACUUUAUUCUCGUUUCCCAAAUUGUAUAGCGAGUGGUAAUGCUGUAAAGAGAUAUCUAAUGUGUAAACUUCAUUUAUUGCACAGUGAGUUUAGUUUAGAAUUUCUUAACUUCCGCUCUGUUAAUAGUCUACUAAAGCGUCCAGCAACCUCCUGCGUGUACUUAAGUUAAAUUAACAGACCUUACAGUACUUUGUUUACUCUCAUGCUCUAAUUUGAAAAAUGAGAUCAGUCUUGAUGAACUCCACCAAUCCAAUGUUUUCCCAUAGCAAAGUAUUGGGAGGCUACUGCACAUGCAUGGCAAAACACCUCGCUGCACCAAUCCGCAUCUUCUCAUAGAGCUUGUAUAAAUCAGUGCAUUUCUAUGAGGAACGUUCAGCGUCUCCAUGCAGCGUUCAGAGACAUUGAACGUGGGAAACACCUAGAGUGGCCGUCUAAGUGACUGCCACUAGAGAUGUUACUAGGUAAUAAUGUGAACACUACCUUUUCUCUAUAAGCUGGAGUUGUUCUGGUGACUAUAGUGUCCCUUUAAGCUAAAGUUGUCUUAGUGAUGAUAGUAUCCCUUUAAUAUAUAGAUAACUGACAAAUUAGAACAUGUAGUGAAACCACUCCCGCCCACCCCCAUCCACAAAGUUAAUACAAGAGUAUAGCAAACGAUAAUGCAAAAUGUCUGCAUAGAAAUAUUUUGAGCCAAUUCUGACACUUUCAGUCCAAGGUUUUUUUGAGAUAUGUUGCGUAACCGCUUGACGUUAGGGCAUGCUAUACCAUGCUACAAAAUUAGGUCUUAAACGCCGUUCGGGUGGCAUAGCAUACCCUAACGAUCUGGCCCUAUAUCCAGCAACAAUACUUACCCUUAGUGCCAAUCGUGAUCAUGGGGGCACCACAAUCACAUGACUCGAAUCGGCUUUAUUGGCAGGAUUGAUUGCAGGAGGACUGCAUGGGUUGUCAGACAGGUCCCACAAUAUAUAAUUAAGUGUUCUUGCAUAGCACAGUAAUAUACAGUAAUAUACCGAAACGUGCGGAUUGUUCCCGAUUGGAUUGCUAUUACUUUGUGGAAUGUUUCGCCGAAUGGUUCACGGAAUAUCGUUGUUCUUGUGGCGAAAUUGGUCCCAUAGGAAUGAAUGGCAAAAUGUUCAAAACUAGAGUGGGAGCUGGCAAAAGCUGAAAAAUCAGGACAUGAUUUCUAAACUGCCACCACUCCCUCAUUUUCAAGCCCACUUACACCAAUCUUAUAUCAAAACGUUCAGCUAUCCCUUUUGUUUGCAACUCAUGCCAUCCAUUGACAUUCAUUGAAACUCCACUCUAGCCAGCUCAAACUUGAAGGGCAAUUUAUAAACUGCGACUGUGCCUUCAUUUUUAAUACUUCAGAGACAUACUAUACAUCAAAAUGUAGGUCUGGGUCUUGUGAUUCUCACAAUAUAAAGCUUUUUAAUUUAUAGUUUUUAAAAUACGACUGUUUGAAGAUGGCAACCGCCAAAAUACUCUGACCUGUGCCAGGCUGCAGCAGCAAGUGAUGUCAUAGACAGGGCCUUUUGAACACCUGCUAAUGCUUUUAUAAAUGUAUGGUUUAAUGUAACUGUGCAACAACGUUGCAAUUAAAUGUGCUAUAUAAAUGAUAACAGUUACUCCACCCACUCCAGUUGUAGACUACUGGUGGAGGCAAGAACACUUCACACAAUUUCCCCAGAAAUUGUAGCUUUCUAGUUAAUAAAAUCAUCUAAUUAUAUAUCAAUAGUGAUUCACUUUCCCUUUAUUAACAGGCCUGUGAAUAGUAAUAACUGAUGAAAUUAGUAUGGUGUUAUAACUUAUUAACUGGACUAACAGAAUCUUGAAAUUACAAACUUUCGGGCUCAAAUGCUUUAGAUUGAGAAAGGGAGAUUCUCCUGAAAACUUGUCAAUAAAAAAGGUAAAACAUUCAUGUUGUUUUACAUCCGCAUCGCUGGAUAAAAGUUCAAUUGAAUUCUUGGAUCUUCUAGUGGUUGUGGAAAAUGGAAAAUUAGGAUAUACAGUAUAUAAAAAAAAACAACAAAUAGAAACACACUGUUAUCCGCGGAUAAUUUCCAUCCACCGGCCUCCAUAUAGAGAGAGAAGAGAGAAACAACACAUAGAGAUGAAGAAACUAAUUUUAUAUGGUCCUUGCUUAAAGCAACAUAUCUAUGGAGGAAUUCUAUCACCACAACCACUUCAAAACAGGAGGUAUUUCUUUUUUUUUUUUUUUUUUUUUUUUUGUAUAAACAUUAAAUGGAGCAUCAGCAUGUAUCUGAAAAAAGAAACACUCCGUUUGGGAGUUUAUUCCUAAGGAUAAAGAUCAUCCACGUAUCUUUACUACUAUUAACGUACCCCAACCUUAAAGACUUGCUUGCAGACAGUGACCCUGUCAGAAGUUAUCACCCAGAGGAAACAAAUAUGAACACGGGAUGCUUUCAGUGUUAUGACUGUGUGUCUUGUGGACACAUGAUUCCAUCAAAAACAUUUACAAAUUCAGUUUUAGGAAAAGUGCUUAAAAUCAGACAGCACAUAAUUUGUACAAAAAGCAUAUAAUAUUGAAAAUCUCAUGCCCAUGUGGGUUACAUUAUAUUGGACAAUCUUCAAAUAAAGUAUGGGAGCGAAUGAGAGAGCACCACUCUUAAAUCUGAAUGGCAUUUUGUGGUGGGAAUUCGGACAAGCAAGGAGCUCAAAAUGUUUUGGAAGCAGCACACCAGCUCCCUUCCAUUAAAUUUAUUGCCAUUGAACAUAAUCAAGAACCAUUACGAGGAGGAGAUAGGAUCCAGGAGCUUCUGAGAUGUGAGGCUUUUUGGAUCCACAGUGUGGACACAUUAGCUCCAAAAGGCUUAAAUAAAAAAAAUAAAUUGUAUUUAAUACAAUGUUAAAGGAGCACUAUAGGGUCAGGAACACAAACGUAUUCCUGACCCUAUAGGGUUAAAGCCACCAUCUAGCCACACUUGCUCCCUCUUGCCUCCCUAAAUAUUGUAAAAUCUUACUUGUAUUCAAGUAUGGAGCUACCUGCUUUGUCUCUGUUUCCUUUAGACCUGCCCACUACCUGCUGACAUCAGCAGAAGUGGCAGCCUGAUCCAAUCCCAAUGCUUCCCCAUAGGAUUGGCUGAGACUGACAAAGAGGCAGAUCAGGGGCAAAGCCAGCACAAUUCAAACACAGCCCUGGCCAAUCAGCAUCUCCUCAGCAAGUAUACAAUUUUGUCUUUAUUUUUCAUAUUUAUUUUUUUGUUUUACAUUUAAUUUUUUUUCAUUUUUUGUUCAUAAUACUCACAAGUUCCUUAACUGAUAGCCUUGAGAUUCCAUAGGUACUUAUUAUGUGAAUGUAUUGAUCUUUUACUUAAAAGGAAUAGUACACCUUAGGUGAUUGUUGCCUUUUUUUGUUUUCGUGUUUCUUUUUUCCCUCAUAACACACAGAGGUUCCUUAACUGGUUGCCUAGAGAUUCAAUGGGUACUUGUUAGGGUAAUAUUUUUAUCUUUUACACCAAGCAAAUAACACACCUUAGGCAAUUGUUGCCUUUAGCCCAAGAAAAUUAUUGGGCUCUUAGAAGUUUGGCAAUUACUGGAUUCUGGAUUUGUAGUUACACUUCAUUUUUUUUUGCUUUCUGUUUUCUUUCAGAGUGCGUCCCACCACUUUCAUGCACUUUUUCCCUUUAUUAACAGCAUUGUGCAGAUAACAAUGCCUUGAAAGAAAAAAAAAAAAGUCAAGAGUGUGGACUGAAAUGUAGACAAAUACCUUUUUUGUUGUUGUUGCCUGAUGUGAAUAUAGCAACAUUUGAAAACUACUGUAAAAUCCAAGUGCUCUCUUUCGCAACAAUUGUAUCCAGGCUGGAUAUGCACUUGAGGUAAUUUAAACAUGUAGACGCUAAACGUAUUGAGUUCUAGGCUUUUGCAGUGUGUGUAUUUAUUUAUGUAUAUGUAUGUAUGUAUGUAUAUAUUUUUUUUUUAUUCUUUCUUAUUCUAUGUUGGGGGAUCUGCCUGACAACCCAUGCAGAAAUUCCAGAGAAUUUAAUUUGCAAGCCCUGUAACUUCCAAAAUCGUAAAACGUUAUGUGAGGGGAAAAAGGUAUUUGAUCCACUGCUGAUUUUGACCAUUUGUCCACUGACCAAGAAAUGAUCAGUCCAUAAUUUUAAUGGUAGGUGUAUUUUAACAGUGAGAGACAGAAUAACAACAACAACAACAAAAAUCCAGAAAAAACGCAUGUCAAAAAAGUUAUAAAUUGAUUUGCAUGUUAAUGAGUGAAAUUUGAUCCCUGAUCAAUCAGCAAGAUUUCUGGCUCCCAGGUGUAUUUUAUACAGGUAACAAGCUGAGAUAAAAGACACCUGUCCACAGAAGCAAUCAAUCAGAUUCCAAACUCUCCACCAUGGCCAAGACCAAAGAGCUUUCCAAGGAUGUCAGGGACAAGAUUGUAGACCUACACAAGGCUGGAAUGGGCUACAACAUUGCCAAGCAGCUUGGUGAGAAGGUGACAACAGUUGGUGCAAUUAUUUGCAAAUGGAAGAAACACAAAAUAACUGUCAGUCUCCCUUGGUCUGGUGAAAACAAUUGGCGUAACACACUACACUGUUAAAGGACCACUAUAGGCACCCAGACCACUUCAGCUUAAUGAGGUGGUCUGGGUGCCUGGUCCAUCUAAGGUUAACCCUUUUUUCUAUAAACAUAGUAGUUUCAGAGAAACUGCUAUGUUUAUGUUAGGGUUAAUCCAGCCUCUAGUGGCUGUCUCAUUGACAGCCGCUAGAGGGCUUCCGCAUUGUGAAUGCUUUCCUAUGGACUGGCUGAAUGCACGCGCAGCUCCUGAUGCGCAUUCAGCCGAAGAGGAGGAGAAGAGGCGGAGAGGAGGAGGAGAGCUCCCCGCCCGGUGCUGGAGAAAGAGGUAAGUUUAACCCCUAUCUCUCCAUCCAGCCCGGCGGGAGGGGGACCCGGAGGGUGGGGGCACCCUCAGGGCACUAUAGUGCCAGGAAAACGUGUAUGUUUUCCUGGCACUAUAGUGGUCCUUUAAGGACUGAAAUCCUGCAUUGCCCGCAAGGUCCCCCUGCUCAAGAAAGCUCCUGUACAGGCCCGUCUGAAGUCUGCCAAUGCACAUUUGAAUGAUUCAGAGGAGAACUAGGUGAAAGUGUUGUGGUCAGAUGAGACCAAAAUCAAGCUCUUUGGCUUCAACUAAACUCGCCAUGUUUGGAGGAGGAGAAAUGCUGCCUAUGACCCCAAGAACACCAUCCCCACCGUUAAACAUGGAGAUGGAAACAUUAUGCUUUGGGGGUGUUUUCUGCUGAGGGGACAGGACAACUGCACCACAUCAAAGGGAUGAUAGACAAGGCCAUGUACUGUCAAAUCUUGGGUGAGAACCUGCUUCCCUCAGCCAGGGCAUUAAAAAUGGGACGUGGAUGGGCAUUCCAGCAUGAUAAUGACCUAAAACACACAGCCAAGGCAACAAAGAAGUGGUUUAAGAAGAAGCACAUUAAGGUGAAACCUGGUAGCCAACUAAAAGUAACGUAUGACUUCUGUGAUUGCCAACAAGGGUUUUGCCACCAAGUACUAAGUCGAAGGGGUCAAAUACUUAUUUCACUCAUUGACAUGCAAAUCAAUUUAUAACUUUUUUGACAAUGUUAAAAUUCACCUACCAUUAAAAUUAUAGACUGAUCAUUUCUUUGUCAGUAGGCAAACAUUCAAAAUCAGCAAGGGAUCAAAUACUUUUUCCCCUCACUGUAUAAUGAUGAUGAUAAUAUCAGCAGUAAAAGUGCAGUUUUUAUGUGAAAAGGAGUAUUAAAUCUAAAUUUGACCAGGGUUUCUGAUUAAGUGGCUACUAAAAAUGACUGGACAUACCCCAUUUUGAAUACGCUGGGUUGUCUACUUUUGCAAAUGGAAUGCAAUGAUGAGAGUAAUUUUCGUUCCUCGGUUGGCAUACGGUCAAGCUCUUUAUUUGACCCUGUAACUUUCCAAAGCACCAGGAAACCUGUACAUGGAGAGUAUUGUACUCCUGAGACAUAUGCAUAUGCAUAUUGUGUUGCAGUAAAAGCUAACAGUAGUAUGAUAUUAACUGUUUAAUUGACAUGCAGAACUCUGAAAAGAACAAUUUGUUUUAAUUUCUCACACAUUUAUAUAUUUUAUUCAUAUUAAAUUGUUUUAUAUAAAAAUUUGACAAGAAAUGAAAGCCCUGUUUCUUAUAAACAAAAUGAUAUGUAAUAAGUGUGGGUGCACUUAAUAUGAAAGAGGUAAAUUAUGGUUGAAUAGACAUAUCGCUCAAAUUUCAGGUUUUAUUUUAGUGCAGAACUUGGACAAUAGCCACUGUCCUUAAGGGGUUAAUAGUGGCUGCAGGUUCAUUCAUAAAAAGAUGAAAAAAACGCUCCUUUUUUGUUUUGUAUGGUGCUAUAGACCCUGAUCUCAUGUAAGUCUUCAUGGAAUACUAUGAGGGAGCUUCUUCUAAGAGCUGGGUACUUAUACUGUAUGUUUUAUUCCUGUAAACACACUGCAUACAUGUACCUGUGUUUAGCAGAGUUUCUGUCUGUGACCUUUGUGAGUCAUUAUGUGCAGGAACAGAAAGGCCAGGAUGCAUGGAGUGCCAAUUAAAGGACCACUAUAGGCACCCAGACCACUUCAGCUUAAUGAAGUGGUCUGGGUGCCAGGUCCCUCUAGGAUUAACCCUUUCUGCUGUAAACAUAGCAGUUUCAGAGAGUCUCAUUGACUGCCGCUAGAGGCGCUUGCGUGCUUCUCACUGUGAUUUUCACAGUGAGAAGACGCUGCCGUCCAUAGAAAAGCAUUGAGAAUGCUUUCCUAUGAGACUGGUUGAAUGCGCGCGGCUCUUGCCGCGCAUGCGCAUUCAGCCGAAGACGGCAGAAGAAGGAGGAGAUUCCCUGGUGCUGUUAAAAGGUAAGAUUUUAACCCCUUCCUCACCCUAGAGCCCGGCGGGAGGGGGGCCCUAAGGGUGGGGGCACCCUCAGGGCACUAUAGUGCCAGGAAAACAAGUAUGUUUUCUAUAGUGGUCAUUUAAGUGUUAUGCAGAGUGACCACUCUUAAGUUAUUGUAUUUGAAACAUAUCGAUAUUAGUUUUAGAAAACUUAGAUGAGGGGCUUAUUCAUUAAACGGCAAACAUUCUAGGACCAACAUACAAUUAUUGUUAUCCAUUCAUAGAAUGCUGUUUGUUAAAACCCAGUUGUAAAGUGUUAAUGAUACAAAAUAUUCAGAUAAGUCACAACCUGUCUUCAGGACACUUAAUAAUGCUAGAAUUUAUGUUGGCCACCUCGCACAACAGAGGGAGGCUUAGUUGCAAUUCUAUAAAUUCUAUAUAUGUCUGUGAAUAUUUAAAUUCUUUCAACAGUGUUUUAAGUGAAAGUGGGACAGAAAAAAAAAUAAAUCUACCCAUUCCAUACACCUAGUAAAUGCACAUUUAGAUACAUGAUGCUUGAACAAAUCAUACACAUACUAUCCAGGAUUUGUGGAAGUGGAAACUUAUUUUGAUAAUUUGUUUUUGUUUUUUUUGUUUUUUCCCCAGAGUAUGAUUUUUAGACAUUAGCCACUCUUUUUGCUACAAUGUAUACUUCUAGUUCCUUUGUUUUUUCUUUAACGCCUGUGAUGAUUGACAUAAGCAUUGCAGGUCUUUGGACUACAUGUCCCAUGAUGCUCUUACUGUCUUUAGUCUAAGGGCUGUUAGAGCUGUAUAGAAAAUGAAAUCUACAAAGCUAUGCAGUGCUAGUCACAGGAAGUAAACCCUCAAUGCAGUGCAUUAGAGCUUUGCUGAUUAUUUUUGGCAGCAUAGAAGUUAAACUUUGCUUGCAUCCUACCAAUAAAUCGCUUUAGAUAUGGUAAUUUCCUUUUACAAUAGAAGAGGGACUCUUACCCAACUCGUUUGUUAAUCGUUAACUAUUUGGUUGCUUAAGACAGUCACGGUUGGCAGUUGUUGAAACAAUGUAUUGCAUGAUAGCAUUAAAAGUGUUAAACUUUUAAUAUUUAUUAUUAAUUGUUUUUUUUUUAAUGGAUUAAAAAAAUGUAAAUCAGUUAAAAUGUUUGUACGAGGGUGAAAAUCAAAUCCUAUUAUAAAUUAUUUUUUUUUAGUAAGACAUCCAAUAAUUUAAGUUUAUUUUGCAUUUUAGUACUAAAUGAGUGAGAAUCCUCUUCGCUUGGCGGAUGUCGGUGUUAAAUGUUGCAAGUUCCAUUAUAAUCACCAAUCCUCCUCCUCCGAAACAGACUGCUGAGAUGAGCAUUCAGGAGCAACACAAUGCAGGUGUGUAUAGAUGGGAUUAUACAACAAAGGACUGGGAUUAUCUAGUCAAAAUACAGCGUGCAUUGGAUUUAUUGUCUGGAAAACUAUAUGCUACUACUGUUCAAUGUAUCCAGUCCUAAGGAGCACUCUCCAUUGCAUUUUAAAGAUUUUCACUUGCUGCUGUUAUUGUGUCUCUGUCCGUCACAGAUGCAGACUCCAGCCUGGAGGAGGUAGAGUUUAAUUGGGAGGAGUACCUAGAGGAGACUGGAAGCAUUGCUGCUCCACAUAGUUUCUUCAAACAUGUGAGUCUUAUUCAUGAAAAAGAAAACAUGUACAGGGAAUUUCUGUUCAGUGUACAGCACAUCCACGUCCUCUGAUUCAUGCUCUCUGAAUUUCCUGCCUUCCCUACCUUUUAGUGUUGCUUUUUUUUUUUUUUUUUCAUUUUAGUUAAGAAAACGUGGGAAUUCUUCGUCGUUGUUUUUUUAAUUCUUAUUCACCCACGGAUACUUAUUACACAGCGAUGAUAGAGGAAAAUAAAUAGAUUAAGAACUGUUUGGGAAAAUAAUUCUUUUUUAAAAAAAUGUAUUUAAUACAAAAACAGACUUGUUAGUUGCUAUUUUUUGGACUUAUGGACAAAACCGUUAUCACACAAAUCAUGGUAAUUGAAUAUAAAAUCAAAGCUUAAUAUAAAUUUUUCCUCCAUUCCAUGGCUUUGUAUGGUUUUGCACUAAGAUGCCUGUAAAGACUUCACCGCUACUACCUCUUUGAUUUUGGCAUCAGGCCUGUUUUUUCCAGCUUGUUUGACGUUGGCAUGGACCAUGUUCUUUAUCAAGUCCCCAGGAAUUGUAUAGAGGGAAUGCCAAAAUACUGUAGAAUUGUUUCUUACUGAAGCUAAUUUAGAGUGUUUUAUUUAUCCAUGUUUUCCAACCUUUCAUAAAAUACUGAAGCUUGGACAAUUAUAAACUGCACAGCAAGUGAACAUUACCACAAAUAAUAAUCUAGUUUUUUAUUAAACCAGGAGUAACUGCAGCUCUCUAUCUGGGACAACGUAUUUCCCUUCCUCUCCUGCUUUACCAACUGAGUGUCUAUUAAUCCCAUUGUAGUCUUGUAACACUCAUGUACCUUUUGUGGUCCCUUUCUUAAUACUGUUAUUUCUCUUCUCUUCCUUUUUCGCUUUUGUCAUCCAUAUACAGAUGUUCCUCUUGUGCUGCUAGUCGUCUAUUUUAUGGUCUCAAAUCUCCUUCUUGUUUCUUUUUUUUUCUGCCCACCAGUUGCUUUCAUUUAUUACUUUGUGGCUUCCCCACUUUUCUAAUUGCUCCAAUUUUUGGUCUUUGCUGAUCCUCAAUUUUCCCAUCUUGCUCUUAUUUGCCUCUAUUGUGACUUUUCAUCUUAUCUCCUUUCAUUUGCUGGCCCUACUUUUACUUUUUGUAGUGUGGCUACUCUCUUUCAUUGCCUCCUCUUUGUCAUUUGCAUUCCAAAUUACUGCACUGUGGUCCACAUCAUUGGCUUUUUUUAUGACCUUUAAAGCCACUCCUUAUACCCAUAUUUCAUCAUGUGAGAUAUCUUGUCCAUAAUUUGUAGCCUUCAUGUAGUGCUCACAGUUGACCUUUUUUUCCCCAUGUCUUCGCUGUGUUCCUGCCUUUUCCUCAAAUUGUUGAUUGGCCUUACCUGGUACCAGUGAUGUAUCUUUUGUUCUAGAUACAAAUUAUCCCAUAAGUGUUUACCAUUGAAGUCGUGUGUAUCUCGUAGACUGUCAUAAACUCCUAUAUUAUCCCAGUUAUCCUCUAUUGUCCUUAAUGUUUAGAACCUUUUGUUUUAGUCACCUCCCCUUUCUCUUCCCUCCUAAAUGUCCUCUUGCUGCACUCUUUGCCCAGUUGUGGUCCCCUUGUUCUAUAUGUUUACACCAUACUCCCAAUUUUCAUCCUGUCCUCCAAUUUUUUUUACUUAUGGCACACGUGCAAAAAGCUUUUUAUGUAAUUGUUUUAAAGUGCUUAUUAUACGUGCAAAGUACAAUAAAAUUUAUAUGUUCUUUGCACAAAUAAGAAGCAUUUUAAAACAAUGACUGCUCUUCCUGCAGCAGACAUACAAUAUUGAAAGUGAGAAGUGAGAUAUGUAAAAACAAAUGUGGUUGUCCUCAUGACCUUCACUAACCUAGGUACAAGACAGCUUUGGUUUUGUCCCCUCUCAUGUAUGAGGAAGUGAGGAGCUCAUUAUAUUAUGUGUGGAAGCAGCAAAGACAUCCUUCUGCAUAUUCCUCAUUAUCUCAUGGACUAUGGGAUUGAUAAUAUUUAUCAAUCAUAUAUUACAAUAAUAGGUCAGGGAUUAAAAAUCAUUAUGUUGUGGGUCUGAGGUGCAUGGUUGUAUCAUAUAUAUCAAAACAUGUUUAGGUGACCAAAAAAAUAAGAUUAGGUGUUUUGUGUAUAAAAGUGUGAAAAUUAUACAUAAGGUUUAGACAGAUAUACGCCCUUAUAUAAUAAACAAGUUAAAGGUAAUCUAAUAUGUUAUUGUUGCUUAACAUCAGACUAGAGACCACUUGUUUUUUUUUUGGUUUUUUUGUUUUUUUAAUUCUUUUUUUGAGGCUCAAGAGUAUUCUACAGAAUGAAGAAAGUAGUUAGUGUGAGUUAAUACAAGUCAGGUAUACAGUUGCUUCUUGCAUAAUAAAUAAAAUUAUCUGCCUCUUUUUUAUAGGAUGCAACAAGGUAGUACUAUGGAGAUUAUGCACUAUUUUAGGUAAUGGUAAAACAAUAAAUUAAAGCUCAGCUAAUUGGUAGUUGAGGGUUGAGAAACAUGCUUACGGUUCAAAAGCAGGGUCUAAAGGUAAAACAUGUAUGAUUAACGAGUAACUGCACAUUUUAUAGUAUCUAAACCGGCAUAAACACAUGUUAGGGUAUAGUCAGAGCGCAGUCCAGACAGAGUGGGUUUCAUUGUAAGCAGCGCCUUCGCUAUAUACUGCUCUUGGUAUUAAAGAUCAGGCUAGGGAAUUUAACUAAACAUGGGUAGCCGGCAACUCUGAUAUAUAAAAUCAUUAGUUAUAUGGCCGGCCUUUCUCAAGUAAACUAGGCAUGCAAUUCAAAUGGGUGUCAUCUCAGCAUUGAUGCAAAAUUAGUUAGACGUGUAGGCAGGCAAGAACAUGGGCAAUUGACCCUGUCACUUGAGAAGUCCAUUACCACGUCGCGCAGGUCUCCUCUGGACGCAUGGGGUAUGGCAAGCUUUAAGUUGCAAAAUAGGAGCGGUAGACAUAAUAGGAAAAAUGUCUGCGGUUGUGCAUGUAAGACAAAGGUGGCAGUUGAGGGGCUAGGCCCUAGUUAGUCCCGGCUUGAGUUAGAGGGAAGUGAGUCAAUUUAACAGAUUUAACUUGGUGGUGUAUUUUUUUACGGGAAGGCCUUUGGACAGUCUGCUUUCCGAGGUCUGCUAUUCUUCUCAACCUAUUCCCAGGCCUGAGCUUGUGUAAUUUGCGUCAGGUGUUGAGUCCCGUGUCGGGGCUUGCGUAACCGGCUGCAGGGGCAUGGGAGUGGGGCAGGUGGUUGCGUACCUUGUCCCCUCAGUCCCACAGAGUCGUGCCCGCUUGUCUGGAGGUUUUUCGGAUUCUUUGGCCCCUUAAAGCGGUGCCUGCAUCUUGCGCAGUGCAGUCGUGGAUGUUCCCGCUGAGUUACAGAAUGUCUGUGAGGUAGGCUCAAGCGUACAUACUUAGCCCUUGCAGGGGCCCGACGCGCCGGCUUCGGGCGGCCUCUGCUCCUCGAUACUUUCUACAGUGCUGCAUGGGGCUCCCCUCGGCGUUGUCUGCUUGUGUCAUCCUGUUUAGGGAAUGCUUGUGGGGGACCCGAAGGCGAGUUUGAUCUCCGUUGUGCCUCACUCCUGGGUUUCCUCUGUUUCCGCGGUGUUGAGGGAUCAUCCGGGUGACUCAGCUUGGUGUGAGAAGGUGCCAGGUUCCGAGAUACUGUUUUGACCAGUGUCAGAGCAGGAGGCUGACUCUUCUUCUCUAUCCACUCCCAGAAUCACCUGCAUACGGCGUAGAAUUUUGCUUGUAAGGCCACUACCCAGUCGCUGGUUGUCUGUUCCGUGUGGGCCGCGGUGCCGUCGGCCAUAUUGGCUCGACCUCGUGGUUCCCGUUGGUCGGGACUGGAGCGUCUCGGAGGUGAUUCUCUGUGUGAAGGCAGACCGGGAUAACACCCACCGGUCCCGAUAGGGAGGGGAGGGUGGGACGGUGGUCCAUUUGCAUAGAUUUAUAUUGUUGUGGUGGAGGGAAAGCAGCCAUCCCUCCUGUGCCUACCAUGUGUAUAGGCCUCUGUCUCUUGUUGAGUUGAUAAUAUGCGUAGUGUUGCUUGAGUGGUUGCAUUUUGUUCCUCUCAGUGUCGCCUCUCAUUUGGUGGCCUUUUUGUCUCAAUUGAGCGCCUUUUGAGCUAUUAAAAUGAGUUUUAUUUGUUGAUUGCUGCAGGAGCUGUUGAGGCAAUCGUCCUCUCGGCCCUGCGGUUAGGCCCCAGCCCCUAGAGACCACUUUUUAACGCAUUUAGAAAUAAACACAAAGGUGGACCUGUAUGUAUUUAUUUGCAAAUGUAAAUAAAACCGGGCUCAAAAUGUCCACUUACCACUAGCCAUUGGCGAUUGACAAUUCACCCCUGCCGAGUAGAAUUCCUCCUUUGGGAGUAUGUCCUAGACCAUCCAGGCUUUCAGUGACUAGUAACUUUAGGCCUAUCUAGUAGCAUAGCACUUAAAAGUUUGACAUGAAUAAAAUAUUGUUACAUAAAGAAUUGUGCUAUAUAAGCAUUGGUACUGGUCGCUUACCUAAGGAAGGGUCUCUGAAUGUAAUUUUGCCAUUUACAUUUAUCAUUCUUAACAUUACCCGGGAACACUAGUUCACUGACGAAGAAUGUUUUGCAAAAAUGUAUUGGGACACAUUAUUUCCCAGGAUGCAGCCUGUGAGCAAUUUGACUGAGCAGAUCUAACAUUUGGUGGUGGUCACCUUUCCAUGUGCUUUUAAAAAUUAUUAAUUUGAGGGAAUUUACUGGACAGAAGAGGGGACAAAUAAGGUAAACGUUUGUUUGAUAACUAAUUGUGAAAGAAUCCAACCUUUUUUUGAAGCAAACUUGUCUAAAUUGCCUUGGGGUUCAGGGAUUAAGUUUCUGAGAAAUUCCCUGCAUCUGUUUUAUAUAAACUCUUUAAGUGCAUGCGUCUCUUUAAAUAAAUUCAUUUUUCUCCUCUUCUACCUCAUUUGCAUUGAGUGCAAGUCCUGGUUUGUUUUCUGAUGCAAAAUGAUCUUUCUAUGAUUCCAUGAUAGUCCAAGGCUUCAUAGGAUCUAAAAAGGUUCCAGUGGGCAAAUAAAUUGUUAUUUUAGAGAUCAGUACCCUGUACCUAUGCGUACAUUUUAUUUUUGAAGUUUUGUUGAAUAUUUAAUUAUUUUUUUGUGUGCAUGUUGUCAAGUUCAAUCUUUGCUAAGUUUGUGUCCCUUCAUAUUUAUGGUUAGGUUGAUACCUCUCUUCAGAAUGGUUUGGCUCCAGGGAUGAUGUUGGAGGUACCCCACAGAACCGAUCCUCAGAUUUAUUGGGUUGCCAGUAUUAUAACCACCUGUGGCAAAUUGCUCCUUCUUCGCUAUGCUGGCUGCGGGGAAGACCGCUCUGCAGACUUCUGGUGUGACAUUGUAACCUCUGAUCUCCACCCCAUUGGCUGGGCCCAGCAGAACAAAAAGACCUUGAGCCCUCCAAACGGUAAGAAAUGGCACACAUUUCCUGAUGCUGAUCAUUCGUUUUUGUCAUCUGUUGUUUAAAAUAAAAUGGUAUUGAACUCAAAAUGGCUUUAAAGUGACAAACCACAGCAAAACCAAUCUAUAAAUGUUCCAACACCAAAAAACAAGGUAAUGUUUUUAAACUACAUUAUCAGACAGCAAACAUAAUAUCCAUAUGAUGUAUUACAAUAUUAUUCAUAAUUCUAUUACAUUUAUCAGAGAAGUCUUUCUAAGUUACACGGUUACCUCAUUAGAGCCAAGUAAUGUUUGUCCACUUACCAAUAUUCAAAAUGGCCAAAGAGGGAUCUUUUAAUGGUGAGCCUGGAGGUGUGACCAGGGAUGGGGCUAUCUAGGGAUAAAUUGGGACACUUGAUUACAUACUGAUAACAUUUAUGCAAAAAUGUAAAUGUAUUAUUUAAAACGAAAUGAAUGUAUCUUAUUAAAGGUAGUGGUUAUAGUACCUGGAGUGUACUCUCUCCCUACCAAACCGUUUGACAACUUACCUGAGGACAGCUAGGACUUGCUGCCACCUUCUCUGGAGUUAAACUUUCUGCAUUGGCUGAGAGUGGAAGCUGAUCGCUCUCAGCCAGUGAUAGGCUCCCUGAUGUACUUCUGAAGUUAGCUCAUUGCAGGAGCUUUCAGGGGCAAAGGAAACAGUGGUAGGGACAAGGUGGACCCCAGGUAAGUUAUCAACCUGUUCUUAAGUGGGCUGUAGUGGUUAUAGUGCUUGGAUUAUUCCUUGAACACAGACUCUUUUCUAAACAUAUUUAUAGCCAUUCACACACAGGCAUCUCACUAUGGAGGUACACUAUCACACUAUCACUCUGGAGGUACACUAUCACUAUGGAGGUACACUAUCACACUAUCACUAUGGAGAUACACUAUCACUAUGGAGGUACAUUAUCACACUAUCACUAUGGAGGUACACUAUCACUAUGGAGGAACACUAUCACACUAUCACUAUGGAGGUACACUAUCACUAUGGAUGUACACUAUCACUAUGGAGGAACAUUAUCACACUAUCACUAUGGAGGUACACUAUCACUAUGGAGGAACAUUAUAACACUAUCACUAUGGAGGAACACUAUCACUAUGGAGGUACACUAUCACUAUGGAGGUAUUAUUCACACUACAGUAUUUAUUUUUUGGUUUUAUGUUGACCAGGUGUGAGGUUUUUUUUUUCUUCUUCUUUAAGAUACCCAACCUCUUAUCCUUUGACCAUGCAUAGAAUUAAAGAUGUAGUCUCUGUUCUAUUUAUAUAUUUAUUUGUAUAGGAAAUCUGUUCUUGUUUGGCAGAGCCGUAGCCCAGGUAUUUGAAGCUGUUUGAUAAUUAUUUCUGAUAAAUACAAGGACAGAGAACAUUGUCAGCAUUGCUUGCUGGUGGAAUGUACAGACCAGAGACUCUCCAGAUGUGAAAACUGUACUGAAAAAGUAGCUUGAUCUAUGUAGAUCAAAUCUGCAAUCUCGGUCCCAGGGGAACUGUCACUACCCUGUACAUUGAAAGUCACCUACUUGUAUUAACCUUUUAUUUAUUUUUUCUUAGAUUCAAUAUAUAUUAUUUUUAAUUUAGAUUAAAAAUUUAGCAAAUUUAGCAAAUAACAUGAUAAUCCAGUUAAUUCAAAUUGAUCCCUUGGGAAAACUUUGCAAAUGAAGAUGAGAAAUCGAGACAUUGUUUCAUUUCUCAUCUUUGCUGUAUGCUUUCCUUAUGCUGACUGCCAGGACAGAGCUUACAACAGUGAUUGGCAGAGAGCUAAGAUGUAGUCGCUCAGCUGCAGGAUAAAAAGGGGCCAAUUUCUCCAUUCAUUUUUUUUUUUUUUUUACACUUCACAAAACACAUUUGUUGAAUGGAGGGAAAGUUAUAACAUAUAAUAACAAUCUGGGGAAUCCUGACAGUUCCCCUUUAAUUCCGCCUAUAAACCAUGGUAAUGCAAGAUGACAAUCCUUCACUGUCCACCUGCAGUCAACAAACAAACAAAACAAUACUUGUGUUACCAGGACAAACUGGAUUCCUUAACAUUAAACUAGCCAAAAAAAAAAAAAAAUUAACCCUGAAUUCAAAAAUGGAUGUUCAGACGGAGCAAUUAUGUUCCUUCUAGUCCUGCCUCUCUUGUAAGUGUGAUUGGUUGGCUUUCUAUAGUCUUUCUUGAUUGGUAGAUAAGCAAGGGGACCAAUUUCAUGAUGACACAGACAAAUGAAUACUGUUGCCUGGGAGUAUGACUCCCAUUAACCUCAGGAAGCCAAGUACAGGUAUUAUUAGCCUGUGUUGUGCAAAACAUUAUUACACAGUGUAAUAUAAAAUUUUCUUGCUAGAAUUAUUUAGAAUUAUUUAUAUAUGUAUACACACACACACACACGUACACUGGGGUAGGAGAGAGAAAUUGUAUUGGGAACACAGUAGUUUGUUAGGGUUCUAUAUGGCAUUGUUUUUAGUUUUGUCAGUGGUUAAACCUGUUUUGUUCCUCUAGGCAUAUUUACAUGGAGUGCUGCCCGUAGGUGGAAGCAUUUUUAUUGCCUAAAAUCGUGGGCACAAUACUGGCAGAAAAAAAAGGAAAACGCUCCUUUAUUUAUUUUUUUUGGCUGUUGUUGAAUUAGGCUUCUGAUUGCAUUUUUAUUCAACUACGGAAUGACUAAUGUUUUAAUGGUACACUUCUGUUGUGUUCAUUGAUAUACUCUGCACAGAAUUCUUCCCAGGGUCAUGAACAUCAAUAAACUAUGCUUCUUAUGUGAAAAACGCCAUCUGACAUCACUCAUUCAGAACUUCUGGUUUCUCAGUUGGAUCAAGUGGUUUUUAAUGGUUCUGCUCAGUCAUCAUGACAACUUCAAUGAGUCACUUUCAGAGAUCUCGCAAAUAUAUUUUUGCACUUUCCAAAGAGUGUAAUGAUUUAAGCGGUUCUAGUUAUACUAUUAUUUUUUUUUUAUUUGACAGUACUACUUAAAGAAAAGGCAUAAGAGACAUACACACAGGGCCGGUGCAAGGAUUUUUGGCUACACAGGCCAAGAUGCACUUUGCCCCCUCCCACACCCCAUCCUCCCCCAAAAAAUGCAUUAUUACCUGUGUGUGUUCACAUGCAUGUAGGAGGUUGAGAUGUUCAAAAAAUGUGGGCUUUUUAGAAGUAUACAAGUGAAAGUGGCUGUUGUGGCUAUAAUAAUAGAUCAUUGCCAUACAUAUAAUAGUAACCGCUAUGUACAUCUUGUGGGAUGGUCAAAAGGUUUCCCUAAAUUGUAAUAGACCUAUUUGAUGCAUUGUUUUUUUGGAAAUGUUGUUUGUCCCAUGAAUGUUUAGCUUUAAAUCUAUUUUGUUAUGUAGACCUCAGGUUGAGGGUUGAAAUGUUUAUCUUUGAAACACCUAGAAAAUGUAUAAAUAAAAGCUUCAUGUUUAAUUUUCCGUUCUAAAACCAUUUUUUUUGGAUGUUUGUGAUAUGUUAUUACAUGCAAUAAAUGGGAAAUGCUUUAUCAUAACUUUAAAGGGACACUCCAGACCCCUAAAACACUUCAGCUAGCUUUAUAUGUGAAGAGUGUGUCCCUCUGUUUAAAAAAAAAAUUAAAAAAAAUAAAUUUAAACUAUUUCCGUUUUACAAAAAAAGUGCACGUUUCAUUAGAAAUUGGCACUUUUAUAAAUUAACCUUAGCACACCCCCUUGGCUGUCAGACAGCUGGUCCUGUUACUUUCUGGUUGUUUAGCUCAGUAGAGUUAAACUCAAGAGACAAACAAUUUAUUAGAGCACCUGCCCUGCAAAUACUUCUCAUUGAGCUGUAUUGGGAGCUGAAUGCGAGUGUGGCAAUUGCCGCACAUUCGGUCUCCCCCACCAAAGUGAGCCUGACCCAGCACCGAGGGACAUCGGCGCUGGAUUGAAAUAAGUGGCUGAAGGGAUUUUAACCUUCAGCGCUGCAGGAGUGAGGGCAUGAGGAAGUGCCAGGAAAAUUGCUUUUAUUCCUGGCUCUAUAGAAUACCUUUAAUGUUCCAAAUGUAUUAAGAAAACCUUUUUUGGUUCUUCAGUCAACUGUUUUUGGAAAAAAAAUGAUCAUACGUUUUUUUUGUUCAAAACUAGUUUAAUUGCAUUUGAGAUAUAGUUAUGGAAUUAUUCCAUUUAGCUUAGAUUCAUACAUGGGAUUGUAAUUGGGUUACCAGUUUCAUAGUAGUACUGUUGCCAUUAACUGCAAAAUCACUGCAGAUGUAAUCUUGCCCCUUCAGUUACAGAGCCUGUGCAGCAGCUUUGUACAUGUAUGCUUGCAAAUAGAUUAAUUUAUGGGAAAAAUAGAUGAAUGAAGCUGUUUGAAGAAUGCUGCAGACCACACGGGGUAGUAGUGUUUUUCUUGUCUUUUCAUAAAUGAAACUGUUGUGUGUUUAUCUAUAAAUAGCUUCUCUAAUUUUUAGUUUGUAGUGGAUUAUUUCUAUCAGGGCUCACUCAAUAUUACCAUUUGCCACAAGUCAUUGGCAAGUGAAAUCUUUUCCCUAAUGAGUAACAUAAGACUUCAAAUUGUAAGCUAUGAUUUCUAGAAUUAUUAACAAAAAGGUGAGUGAAUUCUGUCCCAGGGCAUCCUUUUAAAACUUUAUUUCCAUUGAGUCCCUUUACAUAAGAAAAAAAGAAAUAAAUAUAAAAUAAAAUUAUUUAUAUAUAUAUAUAUAUAUAUAUAUAUAAUAUAUAUAUAUAUAUAUAUAUAUAUAUAUAUAAUAUAUAUAUCAUUUUAUUUGUAUUUAGAGCUCGAGAAGCAUACACUUCCCCAUUGGAGUGUUGUGCCCAUUUGUCUCGUGAGGGAUUGAUUCAAGGUUUACUGUUUUGGUAAACCCAGCAUUGUCUUUUACUGUAACUACUCUCUAAAGCUAUGUUUCCCCUUCUUAACUCUCCCAGGUGUGAAAGAGAAGCUGAACAAUUGGGAAGAGUUCCUUGCUAAAACUCUGACAGGAGCCUGCAGUGCCCCAGCUCACUUGCUAGAGGGAGUAAGUAUGCCUGUUUUUAUUUCCUUUUGUGUUUGGUAAGCAGCCUGUUACAAAGCUAUUGUGAACCGUGUUCCUUAUGUGACUGCUGGCUUUUAGCUCCGAGCUCAGUGUCAUUCUAUGGUGGAAUGCAUUGAAAAAUUUGGUGAUGCAUAGUUUGCAUUUUCCAUAAAUAUAUAUAAUAUUCCUCAUUAACGUGAAGGUCUACUUAUUGUAUUGGUAAUAUAUUCAUGUGUUCUUUCAGGGUGAUAUGAAAUGUACAAUAUUAAAUGGUAACCUCCAAGCUCUACAUUUAUGUCUCUCUUAAAGCCACACAGAGGGAAAGAUCCCCUAGACUUGUUCGCCCCAGGGUCCAGGCUGGAGUUUCAGCAUUCCCAGGAUUCACUGGGUGCCUGGCCUGUCAAGGUGCAGGAGAACAUUGGGGGACGUCUUCAGCUCCAAUUUGAAGGAGCACCAGACUUCCCGUGUCUGAAUCUUUUCUACCUUCAUCCUUCCCUUCAUCACAUAGACUGGGCAGAGCAGCAUGGGUAUGAGAUGCAACCGCCUAGUGGUAAGUGUUUUUUGUGGGUUUUUUAAAAUAUAUAUUUUCCAAAACAAUGAAUCCCAUCUUUUAUCAAACGGCCAGUAAAAAAGUUUUUUAAAGUAUCUUCAUAAACUAUCUUCAAUUGGGUGAUAUCACCCGAACACUCAUUUCUGAUUUAAAACUAGAUACAAGAAACUGCAGGUGUCUUAAAUGGGAGGAACAAGGCUUAAAAAUUCCACUCACCCACUAGCCAUUGGAGAGGGAAAAUUCAGACCUGUAGAGGAUGAUAUGUAUUGAAUCUCCAGGCUUUCUGGCAAGUAACUGCAAGCAACUUUUGUUUAACUUGAAACUUUGGGAACUGCUGUUAUAUAUACCUCUGUUCCUUUGUUACCUUUUUUAAGAAUGAUCUCUGCCACGUUUCCUAAAGCUAUAACGGAACAUUCAGAAAAACUGUUACGGAUUACCUGGAAAAGUAAAAAGAAAAAAAAAUAAUUAGAAUAAAAAAAAAAACAGAACAAAAAAGAAACGGUUUGUAAUAAUAAUAAAAUGUAAUUAAAAAACACUAUUAGUAGGUAUGCCAACAAUGAAAAAAUGCAUGCAUUUAUUUAUGCAAUUUUUUUUAUUAGGAGGUAAAUGUAAAACAUGGGUGGGAAACCUUUUCAUGUUGGAAGGCCGCUUUCAUUUAGUUGUAUUUAAAUAAGGCCGCAUGGAAGAAACGUCAAUUAGAUGCACUUAAUAAUAUACAUUAUUUUGUAAACAAUUUACUACUAUGUGCUUAAUAAUUUCAAAAAAUUUGUGAUUUUAAUUUUGUUGUGCCUGCUUUUUUUUGAAAAGCAUUUGAAUAUUUUGUUGCAGCAUGGAGGUCCGCAGUUUCAGUUGAUCCUCCAGGCGGGUAUCAGUCCUUUGUGACUUUAAGGGCCUCCUGAUUUGUGUUAGGUGGGAUAAUGUAGAUUUACAGCACUGAGCGGUUGAAAAGCAAUAAAAAAAAUUCAGUCCAUCUUUCUUAGCAUCAAACAAUGACUUUAAAAUAUCUACUAUAGAAAAACUACUCGGAGCUCAAUCCAUUUCAUUUGUAGUUCUUUAGGUGCCUUUGUGAUCACAACUAGGUGAGGCUGAAUUUGAUUGUGAUGUCAUGAUUCUCAAAACUGUUUCCUAACACAAUUAUGUCCCUCUGCAACCCCCUCUCCUCUUCCCCGUCUCUUUCCUCAUCAGGAAAGAGAUGAAAAUCCUUUCUUUCACUUACCUGUUUCCAGCGGAGAGGUCUCUCAGUGCUGGAUCGGGCUCCUCCUCUGCCGGUGCCACAGUGUUCCGGAAACCUAAUGCGCAUUGGGCCUUCCCCGUAGGAAAGUACUGAAUCAGUAUUUUCCUAUGGAUUUUUCAAGAUGCUGGACCAGGGGCGGCUCUAGACUUUGAGAGGCCUUAGGCGAAACUCAAAAAUGAGGCCCCCCACCUUCACCAUUAGUGAACAAAAUAGGGGUUGCCUUGUGUGUUUAUAAGGAGCUUUAGGUAUAUUGAAUGACAGGCUUGCAGCGUUGGAUAGAGAGAGGUAGUCUCUGUAUUCAUCUUCAGAGGCUUGCAUUGUCGCGGCUCCCUAUGCCGCUGCGUUGUGAGCUAUCAGACUGUAGUUAUGGCAUAAUAUGCAAUAAACAAAUGUAAUGUGCAAUGAUGCCAAUCAUUUAUACACGAUUGCUGGGUAUGGUUGUAUAGGCUGGCAGUCGUGUAUACAUAAGUGCCAGUGUGAAGGCGUUAUUGGAAACAAAAAUUAACAUUUUGGUUAGGCUUUUAAAAAAAUAAUUUUCCCCACAUAUUCUAUAAUCCUUUACAUGUAUAUUAUCAUAUAUGUGUUUCCCCAUGUAUUGUAUAUGUAUGCAUAUAAUAUAUAUGUUGCUUGCAACUUUACCUUUGCAUUGCCCAUACCAUACCACCCUCACACUGCAGACAUAGACACACACACUAAUACAUGCACACAAAAAAACACUAAUACACAAAUACAUAUACACAAUGAUACAUGCUCAUUCCCACACACACAACACACGGAUGCACAGAGACACAAAUAUUGACUAAUACAGACAUACAGUCACAAUGUGUAUUCAUCUUGCUCUGUGUAUUUCUGAGUGUGUCUGGCAUUGUCUACCUGUGUAUGUGCCUGAGAGUGUGUCUGACAGUGAGUAUCCUUGUAUGUGAAAUGUAUGUUUCUGUGAGCAUGUGUAUGUUUGUGUCUUGGACCGUGUGUGUGUGUGUGUGGUAGCUGCUUGCAGUGUUUUUUGUAUAUGGGGUGCUGCCUGUGCCCUUUGUGCACUUUGUUUAUGGUGACGCUAUGUUUUUUAUAACUGUGUGUAUGAUGAUUGUCUUCAGAGGUGACUGUAACAGGGUGAGUAAAGGGGUAACUGUGGCAGGAUGAGGGUGACAGGGUGAGAGAGUGAGUGAGAAUGAGGGAGGGCAAGUGUGACAUGGUUGGAGGAGAGGGUGUUACAGGGUGAGGGAAGGUAAGCUUGACAGGAUUAAAUUGUUAAUGUGACAGGAUGAAUGUGGCAUGGUUGGGGAGGUAUCACAAGGUUGAUGUGUAUAUGGCAUUAUUGGAGUGAGUGUGAUAGGGAAAGGGAAGGUGAAUGUGACAAGAUUAAGGGGGUUAAUUGACAGGGUGAGUGUGACAGAGUGAUGUGGGUGUGACAGGAUUAGAGGUGUUAUUGUUACAAGGUGAGUGUGGCAGGUUUAAGGGUGAGUGCAGCAGGGUUGGGGGUGAGUUUGGCACGGUUUGAGGAGGGACAGUGACCGGAAGAGGAGUGGGGAGUGUGACAGUGAGAGAAAAGGUGAGUGUAACAGUAGUGGGGUUGAUUCAAGUGUGGCAGAGCUGGGGGAGGUGACUGCAGUUUGGUUGGCGGGAGUGUGACAGGAUCAGUAGGGAUUAAAGUUAAUGUGUGGCAGGGUUAAGGGGGGUGACAGUGUGUGUGCGCAUGGAGGGGAUGACAGUGUAAAGGGUGACAGGGGGCUGAGUAAGGGGGUAACAGGGGACUGAAUGAGGGGUGACGGAACUGAGUGAGGGGUGACAGGGGGCUAAGUAAGGGGGUGAUUGGUGGCAGUUGGAGGGAAGGUGUACAAAUACCUUUUUGUUCUCCACUGUGUCCUGGCUCCCUGGUUGUCCGGUGGGCUUCCUGUCCGGUCUGCAGCUCCGCCGGGUGUGAGUUACAGACCAUGUAAUAGGAGUCCCGCGAUCUCCAGAAUUCAGAGCGUUGCCAUGGUAACCCGCUGCAAUGCUUUGAUUGGCGGGAGUUUGCAAGACACUUCUAAGUCUGCAGCUCACACCCGGCGGAGCUGCAGACUGUAGGCGUUCUCAUCCCAUAGCAGAUCACUUGGCGGCAUAAUGGUCAUGGACCGAGUACCCGACAUGUCAGUCUGCCUUAUGGUGAUUUAGGUGGCCGCGAGGCCCCAACCAGCGCUAAGCCUUAGGCUGCCGCCUAAAUCGCCUAAUUAGAGAGCUGACUCUGUGCUGGACUUCCUCAUGGAAAGCGUCAGGAUGUCCAGUGUCGUUUCAUGGAAUUAAACUCUAUGAAACUGCAGGAAGUGGCUCUAUUUUACACCUAAAGAGGCGCUUCUGCUGUAAGAAUGGAGUCAUUUCUGGUUCUCACGCGUUGCCUCCUCUGACUCCUUCUUCGUGAGAGCAUUUGCUUGGAGAAGCACUCACCGCGCAUGCAUUUCUCAUCCACAAGGCUCCUCUACGAGGAGAAUUGGAUUAGAAGAGAAGGGGGCACCUGCUGAAUAAUGUAGCAGGAGGAGGAGCUUCACAGUGUGAGUCUCGGCGCUGGAAAAAAGGUCAAUCUAAACCUUUUUCCAAUUUAAUUUACUUAACAGUGAGGAGACACUAUAGCUUUAAGAAUAUGUUUCUAUUCCUAAUGCUAUAGUGUUCCUUUAAAUGUACUCAGUUUGCAGUUUACCCCAGUCCUGCCAACAAUGUGUGACAGAGCUGCUCUGUUGGGUGCUGUUUCUGUGAUGUGAUGCUGCUUUUAUUUGAGAGAUUUUUAAGAAAUUACAUUUAAACAAUUUAUUGUUUAUUAAAUAAGUAAUUUUUAUAAACGUGCCAAUCAACUUAUUUUGGGAGUUGUAGUCUAUCAAUAUGUGACGGCGUUCAAAGAGUCUUCAAAGAAAAUGUAACAGAGUGUCCUCUGUUUGCAGCAAUAUCCCACCUAAAGACUGAAGAGGAAUGGAGAGUGAUUCUGGCCCGGUGUGGGAAGGCCACUGAAGACUGUGUACCUGCUGACUUUUUCCAGGUUAGCAUUAUUCUAGUUUUCAUACCUUUUGUAUGGGACUAACAGGGUUAUUCACUGAAGUGAGACUUGCAGUCAGUCACUUUCAAAUUUAAGGUAAAAAAGCUAGACUGGAUAAAUUCUCACAGUCACCUAUGCUUUCUUUCAGUUUGGCUACAUUAUAGAUUCACUCAGAAUUCCCUGCAAUUCUCAGUUUAAUGAAUAACCCUGUAAUUAUGGAUGGGGGGUGGUGUGGGGGGGCGGGGGGGCAAAUGGAUGCUCUGACAUGGACUACCAAGAUGAGAUAUUUGUAUAAGUUCUUUAAUUUUAGUAGCCUUUUUGUGAACAUAAUAAAGCAUUUCGAACAGAAAUCUUAUUCCUAUCUUUAGUCCUAACACUAUAGUGUCUCUAUCCAUUCUGGUAUUAAGGUGUCCCUACCUCCCCCCCUGCCCACCUGCGAUAAAAUAUAUAUAUUUUUUUACAAUAAGUUCUAUGUCCUUUUUCCAGCAGCAAAGCUCCCUCGAUGCUGCAUAUCUUUCCACCUCCUUCGUCAUCACAGAGGAGGCAUAGUCAAUUCAUAGAGGAGCACUGGGGACCUAAGCCGCAUGCAUGCGCAUUCAAACUUCCACGAAAACUGCAUUGCAUCAAUGCUUUCCUUUGGCGUCUUCUGCGUCACAUGGCUAAGAUUUACUUAGUCAGUGCAGUGUAAGCUGAUCUAGUGUCUGUCAUAAUGACCACCACUAGAGGUGAACUAAGCCCUGCGAUGUAGUCAUUACAAUUUCUAAAAACACUGAAUUGUUUUACUUUGCAGGGUUAAAAGGAUGUGUACAUUGCACCAAGGUCACUUUAUUGAGAUUAAGUUGUCUGCAUGACUAUCGUGUCCUUUGAAAUACAGUUUGUAUUACAUAUUUGGCCAGUGACAAAUUUCCUGUUAGGCAAUUUAGUAACCUGCCUAUAGGUGUAAGGGGAGCCUGUUUACUGCACUUAUGUCUUUUUGGAGCUCGGGUGCAGGGCCGCAUUGGGAACUAAAAGCAGCCCUGGAAAAAAAAAAACAGCCCAAAAAUGAGUAGAACUUGAAAUUGAAAACUAUUGCUCCAGUGUAAAAGAAAGCACUCAUAGGGCUUAAAAUAAGCAAAAGAGAGGAUUUAUUUUAAGCAGACGUUCAUUUGCAUAUAAUCAAUGUUUCAGAAAGUUAGGUAAUGGGACUGAAAUGGCUAAUGCAAAAUAAAAUGAAGUUAUCUUGUUUAUUGUGAAGUCCUAUGAGUGUGCUCUUCACUUUGAAUUUGUAAUUGUGCUGGUGUGUGCACCUAGCAACAAGACAGGACCAAUACGUGCUCAUUACAUAUAUAUGUUCUAUACUUGUGACCUUUCUGUGUAUUAUGCAUAUAUACAUGUAUAUUAAUAUGUGUAAAUAUUAUAGGCACUAUUAUUUAUAUAUAUAUAUAUAUAUAUAUAUAUAUAUAUAUAUAUAUAUAUAUAUAUAUAUAUAUAUUACUAAUACACACACUAAUAUACUUAUACAUACAUAUAUAUUUAUUACUGUCAGAACCACAUCUAUUUGAGCAGGAUUGCUAGCAAAAUGUAUAUUUCGGAAGAAAAAGCUAUUUAAUAAGAGGUCUUUCUCUCACCUGUCAAUCAACUCAUAGACUCCUGUGCCGAAGAACUGAGUUACAGAGAGUGCAGGAGACACAGGUGAAGAUGCAUCCCCCCACCCCAGUAAACAAAAUGCAUCUUCACCUGUGUUUUGGUUAAGCCCAUUUGUGGUUUUUAUCCCUUCUUUUGAUUGUCUUAUCUUUUUUAGUGUUUCAUUUUCCCUUUAUGUGUCUUACAAUCCUUGUAUGUCUCUUACAAUCUCCCCAAGCCGCUCUGUUUUUCUCUUUCUCCCCCCAAGCCCGUUUGUGUGUCUCCCCCCUAAGCCACUUUGUUGGGGGCUUAGAGUUCUGUGUCUACUGGCACUGCACAUGUAAAUCUGGCCUUGCAUCUUACCAUGGCUUCUAGUGCUUAGUUCCUUCAUGUGUGGAUUUCUCCUUGAAUGAAAAGUGAUAGUGGAUAUCCAGAAAUCAUUUUGAGAGUUGAGGUAAGAGUUUGUUGCUUUCUCUUACAGGAGCAGCCACAGUUGCCAGUUCAUUCCUUCAUCAAAGGCAUGAAAUUAGAGGCAGUGGAUCCUACAGUACCAUCAUGCAUUGUUCCAGCCACAGUCACCAAGGUAACGAUGCCCACCAAGCUCAGAAUAACUUCUGAAAGUUUGUUUGUUCUCUUUUAAGUAAACGUCCCCUCUAUUAAUCCUCUGUAAAGUAUUAUUUAAUGUCCACCCAUGUGUACAUGUUUAAAUAACAUGUUCAAAAGGUUUAAAUAUUCAUAACACACAGGUCUUCAACGAACAGUACUUCCUGGUUGAAUUAGAUGACCUUCGUCCUGAAGACUCACGAACUUGCCGGUCUAUAGUGUGCCACAAGAACAGCCCCGAGAUCCUCCCUGUGCGAUGGAGUCAGAAAAUGGGCGUGUCGGUACAUCCCCCUCCUGGUAGGAGAAUGGAACAUGUAGUGACAUUCUGUACUUGAAUAUUCUGUAAUACUCUGCAUUCCAUGUAAAAUAUGUAAACAAGGUGAAGGAUAUAUAACCUCGUAAAGAAUGCACUUUUUAUUAUAGUAUACUUUUUCCAGUAAUCUCAUGCUUAAUUAAAACACUUCCUAUUUUUCAAUUUCUCCCUCCUACACAUUAAGGGCUGUUAGAAGCCAGGUCAUUUGAAUGUCAUUGAUUAGACAGAGGGCUCUCUGAUUAAAAAUUUAGCGCUUGAUUAUCUUCUUGCUAAAUUGGGUCAUUAAAGCUUAUCAUGGCAUGGUAUUACUCCUAUUUAUUUAUUCAUUCAUUUAUUUAUUUAUUUUUAGUACCUUCCAUUCCCUAAUAUAUUGUAAUUACCAUUAAAGAGCUAUUUGUUCAAGUUCAGACUUUAACUCCUCUCAAAGACAUGUUACAAGGAGUCGAUAUAUAUCACAUAUAAUAGGGAUACAGCUGGACAUCUACAUAAGAAAAAAAAGUGCAGCAAAAAGUUUUAUAUUGUUAGGGAAAUGCCGUCUGCACUACUUAUGCAUGAUCAAGCUCUUCAGGGUGCCUCCCCCAAUAUUUGAAGAAGAACCCACACCUUGCAUGAUAUCUACAGAUUUUGUCAAUUCACCAGGACUCCAUGAGGUAUUAAAGUGAAUUUAUUAAAAUACUGGUGUACAAUAAUAGUAAAAUAUAAAUUCAAGUACAAAUGGCGUGGGUGCGUUUAUUUGCGUUCCAUUGAUGCUCGUGGACACAUUUUUAUAGUUUAUUAUUAUUGUAUACCAAUAUUUUAAUAAAUUCACUUCAAUACCCACCCGUAGUCCUGGUGAAUUGGCAAAAUCUAUGUAUAUCACAGACUGAGAAGGGCGUGGGUUCUUCUGGCCCUCCAGAAAAAGGGGGGGAGGCACAUGAAGGGCUUCAUUCUCAUUUGUAUAACUGGUAGCGCAAACUGUAAUUUCCAAACAAUAUUACUCUAUUUGCUGCAAGCUUUUGUUGUACAUUUUCCAGCUGUAUCUCUAUAUUGGCAGUUUAAAUGGGUGCUCUCUGGGAAGGUCCCCUAGGGAAGCUGUACAUUCAUAUUAUCUACUUAAGUGUACGUAUGUAUUUCCUACCUUAAACCCAAUUUGGUGGAAGUGUGGUGUGUGUGUGUAUAUGUGUUACAAGGAGUACUGUAAAGCACGGUCUAUAUGUUUCUUCACCCAAUGAAAAUACCUGUAUAAUAAGAACAUUAAAAAAAAGUAUUGUGUAUAGUUGUCAGUCAUCCUGGGAUAAAGAGGGGCGCCAUCUGGAGCUACUUCUUUUCCCUACGCCAUCAUAAGUGAUGCGUUUGAAUUUGAGAUUUUGGGCAAUAAGAUCCAUAAAUGAGGCAGAAAAUAAACCCGAAGGUUAUUUAUUGAUCUUUUUAGAAACCAAGGAUUCAUACAAAUCUAAUAGUAAUUAUUGAGAUAAUUAUCUGGUCGUUGCAAAACCAAAGUUUACGAUUUGAAGCAACCUAUAAAUAAAUGGUCCAAGUAGGCUCCACCUAGUUAAUACUGGAAUGCUUGGUAGCAGUAUGUGCCGUGAUGGGUCUGUUUGAGUGGUUGACAAAUGGUUGUAGAAUUUAGAACCCAACAAUUUUCAAUGUUUGUUACGCAAAGGUUUAAUCCCUUAUUACUGGAAUUUGUAAAGAGUUUAUUUCUAUGCAGAGAGUUAUUCUAGCUUGCCAUCUCUUCGUUAUUCUUUUGUAGGAUAUUCAGAGCAGACCUUUGACUGGGAUGCCUAUUUGUCACAAUAUGAAGCAGUGGCUGCUCCCGAAAGCUGCUUCCCCAUGGUGAGAACUCACUUAUAAAGUUUGGGCUUUCUGUCCCCAGGCCACGUUACAAACCUCUACAGAGAUAUUGGGGCUUUGUUUGUUUACUGAUGUAAAUGCAUGAAGUUGCCUUUUGUUUGAGUCCUAAUUACUUUCAUGUUCUAUACCACUGCUCAGCUUUGUGUAUAUGUCCACAUCUUAUUACUGAAAAGUAAGGAAUUUCUAUUACAUUAUGUUCACUGUAGAGCAUCCUAGAGGAGGAAAGAUACAGAUCCUCAUGUAAGCAUCACUUGAGCAAUACUGAUGGCUACCCUAUUUCAGACGAAACCUACAAUUGCAAAUAAAGGAGACCAAGCUAUACUUUGUUCUCUACACAGAGCCAUUGCAUUGUUCUUACAGUAGACUCCAUAGAAUUGUACAAUCUACUCUAGUAAAUUCAGCAUAAACCCUAUUUUUCGGCUAAUUUCAGAGGGGGGAAAAAACUCUGGAAAAAUAAGUCUCACACUAUACUCAUCACAUUGGCUUUCAGAUCUUGUAGUACAUUCCUUUGAAUAUCGGCUGAUUGGAAAACACACAAAACCCAUGACGUAUCAAUCUACAGAUCUUGCAGUGUACGCUACUCCCUGCAGAGGGAGACAAUGUGCUAUUCUUCUUCUACAGUGUCCUAGUUACCAAAUUAAACCAUUGGGAAUUUAGAUCAUUAUACUCCAUUCAUCCCAAAGUAAAUUAGCAGAUCCUAUACAAUGAUUCAUACAAUGCAGGAUAAAUUAAAGUUAACUGAAAGGUUUUACACUAUACUUUCUAUUUGCAGGAAGAGUGCAUUAAGGUUCAGUUAAGCACCUUACUUAACUGAAGGCUACUAAGCAUUAAUUCAAUAACAUUACGAAAUGCGUGUCCAAGUAUGCAAUGCGUGCCCAGGUAUUUUAUGUUGUUGGGGUUUUUUUUUUUUGUGCAUUUAUAUCUUGAGGUAGACUAAGUGAGUCUUCUUUCUUCCAACAGCCUCAGAAUACUCAUCAAUUCAAAGAACACAUGAAACUAGAAGCUGUCAAUCCGUACAAGCCACAGGAGAUAUCUAUUGCUUCUGUAACCAGAGUCCACCCUCCAUAUAUCUGGCUGCAGUUUGACGGUAUAUGCAUAAUAUUUACUUUGUAGCUCUGCCAUAUUAAUCUGUCUUUUGUGGUUUUAGGCGUUUAGGUAAUAUUACUGCUUAUAUUUAAUUUGUAUUGUAUAUAUAUUCAAAUUUUUUUCUUUAAUUUACUAUACAUUUUUAGAUAGUGUAAUGAUAUAAUCCUGCAUUUUAUGAGCAGUUUAUUACUGUGACUACAUCAUCCUUGUGUGCUUUUUGAUUGAUAGUUUAAAAUUUUGUGCAUUAUCUCAUUCUCCUCAACUAAGAGGAGCCCUCUAUGAUCAUGUUUAAAUUUUAGAGAACAAUAUAAGAUACAUUUUUCCUGGUGAGCUGACCAAACCAGUGAUAAUAUAAACCAGGAUACACUAUUAAAUUGGAGAAAUUAAGGAUUACAGAAAUUAAAAUGAAACUAGAUUGUCGCUUUGGAAAAAUAGAAUUAUAUCAAGGGAACUGAGAUUAUUCCUCAUUCCAGCUUCAGCUAAAGAUGUGGAUUUACAUGUGGUUUGGAACAGGAAUUGGAACCACCUGUUCCUUGGAAUUGAUUAUUCAUAUAAAAGAAAAAUAGUUCUUAAAGAGCUGGAUGAAGAGAUUAAAGAAACACUAUAGUGACACGAAUACAAAUUUGUAUUCCAGUCACUGUAGUGUUGAAAAAAACAACAAAACAAAACCAGUUUAGGCCCUUGGUACUCUUUAAGAAGGUGAUUUACUUCCCUUCGUUCCAGUGCUGCGGCUCCUUGGCUGAGAUUAUCAGAUUAUCCCUUUUUAAUAGGAAAUCAUUGGGGGGCUAUUGCGCAUGUGCGGCAAAACGCCACGCUUUGCCAAUGAACAUCUCACAAUAUAAUCAUUGCAUCUCUCUGGGCAACGCUUAGCGCCUCCAUGCAUAGCUUGGAGACUCUGAACGUUAGUGCUGCAUAUUGUGCAGGAGAUUUAAACUUUAAACCAAGUUGUUUAAGGAAAGGCUGGACAAAUACCACUCCUAUAAAGAGAAACCAUAUAAAGGUAAGAGAGGGGAGCUUAGAAAACGAAUGAGGAGAUUGAAUUAAAAGAAAAUUUUAAUUUGACGGAUUUAGUGUAAGAAAAGGGUGAAAUAACAGUACCCCAACUGGGAAAUUAGUAACAUGUGAUUGUUUAUAUUGUUUAUAUUUACAUUGUGUAUAUAUAAAAACACUUUUUUUUUCUUCUAAAUCCUAUUUUAGACAAUAAAGCUAUAACAGGGGAAGAUUUUAAAUUCUAGUUUUAAAAAAACAAGUCUAAUUUGUUUUCCUGUUUCUCAAGUGGGUAAUGCUAUAAAUACUUUUAGUACUGCAUAUAGUGCGGAUAUGGAAAAUCUACCCCUAGGUAACUACAAUAUGAAAUAAAAUGUAACUUUGGGGAAAUCGGAGGCUUUAAAAAGAUUAAGCAAUAACAAUAUUCUAAUCAUUAAACUCCCUGGUAAAGGAGGGGAUAUGGUUAUUAUGACUAUAGAAUAUUACCAGAAAGAAGCUAGAUGACUUUUAGGAGACAAUGACAUGUAUAUAAAAUGGCAUAGUAACCCCAUGAAGAAGAUUAAGAAAGAAUUGAUUCAAGUAUUGGAUUAUGGGAAACCUGUAGGGAUUUUACAUCAUUAAGAAUAUAUUUUGUUAAGGUUUUAGAUCCUAGAAAACCUGUAUUUUCUUUCCUUCCCAAGCUACAUAUGGAACUGUAUAACCCACCAGGAAGAUGUAUAAUCUGGGAUAGAUUCUAUUAUCUCCAUUUUGUCUAAAUAUAUAGAUGCAUUUUUACAGCCAUGAGUAAAAAGGGUGAAGUCCUACCUCUCUUUAUACAAUUAUCAAACAUGAGUUAGGUUUAGAGGCCAUAAGAUGGACCUUGCACUAAGGUGAUUCUAUCUGUAUGAUACAAAUAGAAUGUAUUAUUGAUAUAAUUUAUUUUAACACCCUUAUUUCUAUAGAUACUUUGUAUCGCUGCCACAUUGAGCUGUCUUUUGUGGUUUUAAAGGACCACUAUAGUGCCAAGAAAUCAAACUUGGUUUUCUGGCACAAUAUAGUCCUUAGGUUCCCCCCACCCUUAGGACCCCCCUCCCGCAGUUUCUCUGAAACCGCUAUGUUUACAGCUGAAGGGUUAAAACCUGGGGGAUCUGGCACCCAGACCACUUCAUUGAGCCGAAGUGGUCUGGGUGACUAUAGUGGUCAUUUAUGGGUAUUUAUCUAAGGCGCAGCAGCAUGUAUUUAAUUUGUAUUUUAUAUAUUCAUCAUUUUUUUCUCCCAUUUACCUUUUCGAUUUUUGGAUAGUGUAAUAAUAUAAUCCUGCUUUUUAUGAACAUUUUAUUAGUGUGAAUAUAGUGUGUUUCUUGAUUAUUUUUGAAAUUUAGUGCAUUAUAAUAUUUAUAUCACACGAAACAAGGAAAAAAAAAAAGUUUCCUGUACUAAAUUUAGUCUUCUGAUUUAAUAUAAUAUUACUAUGUUUUUUACAAACUGUUUACUUGUGGUGUAUGCUUAUGCCAUUUCCUUUAACAGACACUGAGAUGUUGCACUUGUCUAUUCCAUGAUGAGCAGAAAUUAAUGUUACUAUAUUAUUUUUUUUUUUACAAACUCCAUCAAAGCAAUUUGUGGCAUCUUCCCACAGGCAUGAAGUCAUCAGUACCAGAAUGCAUUGUGCAUGUGGAGUCCAUGGAUCUCUUCCCGAUGGGAUGGUGUGAGAGUAAUGGCCACCCUCUUUGUGCCCCACCUCAUACAAAAGGUAGGAUCAUCUUUGGCAGUACACAGUGGUAAAACUAAACCAAACCCAGUGUCCCAAUAACCAACGUGUUCAUACAUUCUUGAUUCAUAAACUCUCUCUCUAUGCCAGACUGGAGAGGUUACUUUGCUUUAUUUUGCAGUGUAACUGGCUGCCUCUGGUUUGCAUAAUCUGCCCCCUACUGAAUGUGCCCUGAUGACUGUUUUUCAGCUGCUGAAUGGCAGUGAGAAUCUUUGAUUGUGGAAAUGUCAAAGAGAAGCGUGAUUUCAAAUGAUUUUACAAUGAUUCAGACAGGGCUAUAUACUAAACUGGGAAUUGGCGAGGAAAUGCAAACUUUAGUCCAAACUAGCUUAAUUGGGAAAACUCUAAAACCAAGCCUUUUACUAUCUUGCCUGUUCACAGUUUAGUGAAUAACUCGACAAAACUGGAAAAAAGUCUGGUUUGUAGAAUGUUUCCAAAUUGUUUGCUUGAAAUAACCCUUAAAGGGACACUGUAGGCACCCACACCACUUCAGCUCAUUGAAGUGGUCUGGGUACAGUUUUCCUGUUGCCCUUAGUGCUGCAGUGUAAAACAUUUUUAGAGAAAUUACAUUCUAGCACUAAGUCCGCCUCUAGUGGCUGAUUACCUUUUGUCCGGUAUCUGACGCUGGACACCCUAACGCUCUGCAUGAGGACCUCCAGCAUCAGAUUUUUUUCCCCCAUAGGAAAGCAUUGAUUCAAUGCUUUCCUAUGGAGAGGUCUAAUGUGUGCGCCAUUGCCGCUCAUGAUCAUUAGAGCCCUCUCGUCACUGGAUGACGGAGCUAUGACCCAGCCCGAGGGACAUCGGCACCAGAUUCAGGCAAGUAAAUAUAUAUCUUUAUUCACCGAGGAGUGAGAAGCACGAGGGAGGGAGGAGGGAGGCAGGGGGAGCGAUAAUGCCAGAAAUACAGCUUUGUAUUCCUGGCACUAUAGUGUCCAUUUAAUGCUAUUUUACUACUAUAACAGGCUGAAUGUUUCAGUCCACGAGGGGAUUUGUCAGUCGGUUAGUAUUUUUUUUUCUGUGUCUUUAAUAGCUAUCUAUAUUAUAUACCUAUGUAUUUGUCUCACAGCAAAACCACCAAAGAAACAAGUUGCCUCUCAGCCUGAGAAAGCGUAAGUAUAUAAUAAAUGACUAGAAAUGUACUGCAUUAACCUACUCUGUGUCAGUCGAAUGCUGCAAUCUGUUUCAUUAAAGGGCUACUCAAACCAAAACCAGUGUUUUCAAACCUAAACAAAAUAAACUCUAAAAGGCCACGUUCUCUCUGAAUCCCGAUCCAAAGGGAAGGAAGGUCAGGGAAUAUGGAUUGAGGGCUGUACAGGAACAGCAGGCGGAGAAGGGCGUUCAACCAUUGUCUGUCUGUGGCCAAUAUACUGUACUUGCUAGAAUCCAUUUUUGCACAGAAUUGACACUGAUGACACUGCUGCAGGUGGAGUUACAUCUUUGCCAGCUAACAAGCUAAUGUCUGUAUGUGCAGCGUUCCAUAUAGAAAAAACCCUGUAUGUACACACUCCAGGCACUGUAACUACACAAAAAAAUUGGCCAAGAGGGUUAUCCACAGAUAAAGGGAACAGACAAGGGGUAACCCUAGGGGGAUGGAACAAACAAAAAGAGAGGAAUCUGUCCCUAUAGUGGAAAGUGUGCUUAAAAAUCUCGAAGAUACUUUAUUAAUACCAAAAAAGGUAACUAUAGACACACAGCCCCUUUAGUGUAUAGGCUUUUAUGGUGUCCGACUCGACAUUGUGUAGCUUUAUAUGUGUUAGAUGACAUUGAGCCAGCCGUCUACACAUCUAAUAGACCUUCUCAUGGGCAGCAGUACUUUAUGCUAUUAUUAAGUUCUAACGCCGAUUGUGGCUUUUGAUUUUGCGCCUGUUUUUUCCAAUUUAGCUUUGUUUUUUGUUUAGUUUUAAUUACACCAUAAUAUUGGAGAUUGCCACCAACAGCUUUGCUCCAGAUUAUUUGUUUAGAUUUAUGUGACUCACCUUUUCUUGUGUCAUCCUCCACUCCCCUUAUCCCAUAUAUGUAUGCCCCCUGCAUAAACUACCGUUAUUGCUUCUGUCUGACCAAGACAGUUUUUUUAAAGGGGCUGUGUGUCUAUAGUUACCUUUUUUGGUAUUAAUAAAGUAUCUUCGAGAUUUUUAAGUACACUUUCAACUAUAGGGACAGUCACUGUAACUACUUCAAAUUACUGAAGUCUUUAUGGUGCUUGGACUAACUCUCUUUAAAUGUAACCUUCUCAUCAGAGAGCAGUGUGCAGCUUUUUGUGAAGGAAAGAGAAAAUGGGGGUGAUGCUGAGGGAGGGGGGUUGAUGGUGAGGGAGGGGGGUGAUGGUGAGGUGAUGCUGAGGGAGGGGGGUUGAUGGUAAGAGGGGUGAUGCUGAGGGAGGGUUGACGGUGAGAGGGGGUGAUGCCGAGGGAGGGGGGUUGAUGGUGAGGGGGAUGCUGAGGGAGGGGGAUUGAUGGUAAGGGGAAGGUUGAUGGUGAUGGGGGUGAUGCUGAGGGGGUGUGUGAGAGGGAAAGAUGUCUCCAUUAAUUCAUUGGAUGUGCAGAAAACCUGUUAUACAGUACAUAAUGUACGCUUUGUGAAAUUGCCACAAAUGGACAAUUAAAAUUCUUUAACUCUAGACCUACCCCAACUUCUCUACCUCAGCUUUUUUGAUUAUGUCUGUCUGUCUAUAUAUCUGUCUGUCCAUCCAUCCUCAAUAUUUAAAGUCCUAUGCUACUAUCCAGGCCUUAAAAGUCAGAGGCGGCUCUAGACUUUAUGAGGCCUUAGGCGAAACUCAAACAUGAGGCCCCACUAACAAAAAAGUGAAAAAAAUAGAGUUGCAAUACAUGCACACUGUCACAUACACACAUUGAUGCACAGUUUACCUGUGUAUGUGCCUGAGAGUGUGUGUCUGACAGAGAGUAUCCUUGUAUGUGUCUGUGAGCAUGUUUUUGUCUGGGACCCUAUGUGUAUGGGGUAGCUGUUUGUGUGUGUGUGGGGGGGGGGCGGUGUUCUGCCUGUAGCCUUUGUGCAUUGUGUUUAUGGCAAAGCUAUGUUUCUUGACUGUGUGUCUUCUUGAUGAAUGUCUUUAGCUGGUGACUGUGACAAGAUGAGUAAAGGGAUACCAGUGGCAGGGAGAGCGUGACAGGGGGAAGUGGGUAAAUGGACAGGGGGGUUGUGAGAGAGAAUGAGGGACAGGGAGUAUGACAUGGUUUGAUGAGGAAGUGUGACAGGGCGAGUGGAGGUAAGUGUGUCAGGGCAAUUGUGGCAUGGUAGGAGGACAGGUGUGACAGGAUUAAGGGGGGUUAAUGUGACAGGGUGAGUGUGGCAGAGUGAGGGCAGGUGAGUUUGGAGGGGAUGAGAUUAACAGGAUUAGGAGUGGUUAAUGUGAGUGUGGAUGCAUGAAGAAGCAGACAGCGUGGGGGGUGACAAUGUGUGGGGAGGUGACAGUGUGAGUGGAUGCUAACCGUGUGUCUGGGGAGGCUGUGUGUGUGAGGAGGUGAUGGUGAGAGGGGGGUGGUGGGAGGGAGGAGAGAGGGGUGAUGGUGAGGGAGUGGGGUGAUGCGAGAGGGGGUGAUGCUGAAGGAGGGGGUUGAGGGUGGGGGGUUGAUGGUGAGGGGUGAUGCUGAAGGAGGGGGUAAUGGGGUGAUGAAGGAGGGGUUGAUGGUGAGGGGUGAUCCUGAAGGAGGGGGUUGAGGUGGGGGGGGGGAUUGAUGGUGAGGGGGUGAUGCUGAAGGAGGGGGGUUGAGGGUGAGGGGUGAGGCUGAGGAAGGGGGGUUGACGAUGAGGGAGAUGAUGGUGAGGUGAUGCUGAGGGAGGGGGAGUUGAUGGUGAGGGGGAUGAUGGUGAGGUGAUGCUGAGGGAGGGGGAGUUGAUGGUAAAGGGAGGGUUGAUGGUGAUGGGGGUGAUGCUGAGGGGGUGUGUGAGAGGGAGAGGGGGGAGACAUACCUUGAUUUAACCCUGGUGGUCCGGUGGGCAUUACUUCCGGUCUGCAGCUCCGCAGAGCUGUAGACCGUGAAUCUCGCUAGAUCCAAUCAGAGCGUUGCCGUUGUUCUAUCAAAAUCCCCUACCUCGUGAAAAUCCCCUACCCUCGUCACUUUCGGUGAGGGGAAUCAGCUGGAUCCUGUGCUGCACAAGCGUGCUAGCACUCCUGCUACUCCUCCACAGCAAGGUCCUGGAAGGUAAGUAAAACUAGUUUUACACUUUCAUUAUAGUUAGUGCAUUCACUAAGCUUAGGCACACAGACAUUUAGGGUUAAGUGAGGGUUCAAAUUAGGGUUAGGUAAGUGAUUCUAACCUCUCUCACACUCUAUUCUUACCCUAACCCUUGGGGUAAGGGUUAAAAUAAAGUGUGAAAAGCACAAUUUAGUGAUAUUCCCCUAAUGUGAAAUAUCACUAAAUAUGAACAUGUCCCUAAUCCUAACCCUAAUUUGAACCCUAACAUUAACCCUAAAUGUCCUAAGCUUAGUGAAUGCACUAACUAUAAUGAAAGUGUAAAACUAGUUUUACUUACCUUCCAGGACCUUGCUGUGGAGGAGAAGCAGGAGUGCUGCAACGCAUGUGCCGCACAGGAUCCAGCUGAUUCCCCUCACCGGAAGUGACAAGGGUAGGGGAUUUUCACGGGUAGGGGAAUUUGAUAGAACACAGUGUUAACCCGCGGAAACGCUCUGCUUGGCCAGUUCUCGGCGAGACACAUGGUCUGCAGCUCUGCUCACUGCGGAGCUGCAGACAAGUGUCUGCGGUGGCUGGCCAGGCAGCCAGGAGGGGCCUCGCACCCGGCGGCAUUCUGAGCAAGCCCCCAGGCCCCCUCCUGGUGUCGGGUCCUCAGUCACUGACCGAGGACCCGACACAGUCUGCCUACAGGCGGUUUAGGCGGCCGCGAGGCCCCAGCCAGCGCGAGGCCUUAGGCGGCUGCCUUAACCACCUAAUUAGAGAGCCGCCUCUGUUAAAAGUUACUUGUCACUGCAAGUCUUACUAUACUCAUCAGGGUGAAUUUCAAUGCGCGAGUGCUAAAUACCAAAGGCUAGUGGAAAUCUUUAGUGAUGUGUGUGCGUGUGUUAUUUAUUUCUUUUUGGCAGGGUCAGAAUCCAUAUACAGAGGAAUAUACCUUAUUUAGCUCACCCACGUAGUUCAUAUUACAUAGAGUGGGUAAAGAUGUACAGAUGCAUUGCCUUUAGCUGCCCACAGAUAUUAACAUGCUGGCAAAAUCAGACCGUUUUUAGAUUUGAUGUAAUGCCAUUUGUUCAACUCUAAUUGGAUCACUUUCUUGCUGAUCACAGCAUAUUAGAGGCAUUUUGAAUGUUUGUGUCCCAGUUUCAAGCAAAAACAAAAGUACAAAUCUGCCAUUUCCCUUCACAGAAAAAAUCACCCAGGUCAGCUGUGAAUGUCUUUAUUUGGUUAUUCUUCAUCCAGUAUUCCUUUAGAUAAGCAAUAUCUAAAUAGAAUUAAUAUAGUUGGCAACUAGAUGUGCAUGCUUUAUUUAUAUUUAUAGCAUUAUUUAUUUAUACUUUUAUUAUUAUUAUUGACAUUUAUGUAACGCAGGGCUCGACAAAUCCCAGGUCGACAUGGCAACUAGAAAUUUUGCCCUGGCGUCUGGGAUUUGCCAGCUCUUUAAUGUGGCCAAGGAAGCUUUGAAAGUAGCUGGCCACCUUGAGGAACAUGGAGGCGGCCGGCUGAGGCAGCAUGGAGCAUUGUAGGUGAUGCGUGAGGGAGCAGUACUCUUCUUGCAGCUCCUCUCUGCUCCCUCGCGCUGUGUAAUGAUGCCGGGAGCCAGAAUAUGACAUCACUUCGGCCCCUUACAGAGAGCAUUCAGGGAGCGGAGAGGAGCUGCAAGAGGAGUACUGCUCCCUCGCACACAGGAAGAUAAUAGCCCCACUGGUUUCCAGGGAAAAAUACACAAGUGGGUUUCUGAGUAAGUGUGUGUGAGCCUGUCAGCGUGAUAGUGUGAGCCUACCAGAGUGUGUGUGUGAGCCUGCCAGAGUGUGUGUGUGAGCCUGCCAGAGUGUGUGUGUGAGCCUGCCAGAGUGUGUGUGUGAGCCUGCCAGAGUUUGUGUGUGUAAGCUUGUCAGCGUGAGUGUGUAUGUGAGCCUGUCAGUGUGUGUGUGUGUGUGCGCGUACUCGCGUUUAGGUACCUGCCCCGUCUGAUCGCAUGAGGAAGAUUUUUUUUACUCACCUCUUUUACCAUGCCGUGCUAGUUUUGCCGCGACCGGUCCCACUUCCAUGGCUGAGAUUAUCAAUCUUUAUGAUCUCAGCUAAGCCAGUGCUUUCCCUUAGGAAAGCAUUGGGAGGAUUUUGUGCAUGCGUAGCAAAUGUGCCAAUCUGCAUUUCCUCAUAGAGAUGCAUUAAAUGAAGCUCUGUAUGGAACAUGCAGUGCCUCCAUGCAGAGCUUGGAGACACUGAACGUGGGUGCUGCAGCAGUGACCCAGGACACUCUAGUGGUCGUCUGAGUGACUGUCAGCAAUGUAAACACAGCCUUUUCACUGACUGGCUCCUAACUUUUUUAGCUGGCUCCUAGAUUCCAAAUAAAUUAUCAAGCCCUGAUGUUACGUCAACGUAUUCUGCUGCGCUUUUUUUUACAAUAUUAUAAAAGCAGGAAAUUUAACAGUCAAUGAGACAUUUACACAAUCUUACAGGAACAAUAGGUUGAUGACGACCCUAUUAAAAUUAUCUUAGUAUGGAUAGAUAAAUCUAUAUUUGCUGGGCUAUUGAAGGUUGUUGAAACCUUGUUUUAUGACUAAUAUUUUAGGAUCAUUUUAAAAUCUUAACAGCAAAGGUACACUAAAAGUGAUAUUCACUAACUGGACUAACUGCAAUAAGAAAAUGAUUUAUGCUGGAGUACACGUGCCCCAUAGGAAACUAUAAAAAGCACAAUUGCAUUAGGCAUGCACUAAAUGGCAGUGUAUUGAUGUGCAUCAGAAAAGCCAUUUCAAUGGUGCAGAUGCUACAUCUAGUGAGACAAGGUGUACGGUCUCACCAUGUGUGCUAUGGCAGUAAUAUUAACUUUCAGUGCCUCAAUGUGCUCCUAUCCAUUUUUGCACUGAAAAUGAAAGUAACAUAACAUUAUAUAUGCUUAGCAUUCGAUAACUGAGAGUCUAUCAGCGCUCUCAUUGAGAGCUGAUCAACUCUCUUCAUAAAAAAUAAAUAAGUACAUAAAAUAUAUAUAUAUAUAUAUAUAUAUAUAUACACACAUAUAUAUAUAUAGGGUUCCCCUAUUGGCUUAAAUAUAAAAUAAUCUAUCUUUGCCAUCCAGUCCAACUAUUAUGAGCACUAUCAUUGGUUGUCUUGGAAAAUUAGCAGCCACAGUGCUCUGAUGAGCAAUUCUCCCUGUUGGGGUCCCUAUUAUUAUGCAGGGUUUAGGAGAUUAGGCAGCUCUUGAAACCUAUUUAAUAUAGAAUCCACUCCGAAUCCAUGGGGUGGAUAUCCCUAGCAUGACUGGAGACAGCCUGUGAUAGUAAACAUUAUUAUUAUUAAUUUAUUUUUGUCAAUCUUUCUUUUAUUGAGGCAUUUGUUAAAUGGGGUACAGAAUAAAGAAGAGGGGAUGUACGUUUUUCAUACAGAUUGGGAGCAUGAUAACACAAUGCAACAUCUCCUAUGAGUGACAGCCUCAUUUAUAUUAAUUAAGGGUUCCAAAAUAUUACUAACAAGUUUAGCAUAAUAAUAGUAAAAGUAGUUAAAUUUAAGCAAAACAUCUAGUGGAUUAUAGUGGAUUAUAACAAUUAUGUGACAUGAGGACCAGUGCACAUGUUAUGUUAAUGUGGGGGAACAGUAGCAUAUCGGCACGUUUUUAGUAAUGAUGAGUGGUCCAGACAAAGUUAGACUAGAGUAUUAGCUUGGGUUAGGCGGGUGCAUACGAUAGGUGCCUUAGAGUUAACGCUUGAUAGGAGACGUUAUGGUAAGGUAACUCGGGCUUAGACAUAUUAACAAAUAUUAUAGCUUGAACUGAUAACCUAAAUGCGAUAAAUACCAUAGGUAGAGCCUAACAUGCAAUGCGUGUAUCUAUACAGGCCACAAUAGCUUGGGUUGUGGUUACAAAAAAAUCAAUGAAUGCGAGUGUCAUGUUUAGUGGCUUGCAGUAUGGUACAUCCUCACUAUAACAUUGGUCUAAUGACUGCGAUUCAUCCUGCUCGUUAACCUUAGACUAGACUGCACUUCUGUCCUGUGUGAUAUGCACUUUUCUACAGUUAGACCAAGUAAAUGCUUAUUAUAACAAUGUUGAAAAGUAGGAGCUUAAGAUAGACGCUGCAUGUAUCGUAAUUAUGCUUUAAAUUACAUAAGAACCAACUAGUCAGAUAUGUGGCUAAACAUGAUAAACUUUGUUGAUAAGCUGACUAUACAGUUGUUGUUUAGGCUUGCGCAUUAUAGGCCCUGCUGAGUCCCUAAGACUGUGUAGGCAAGAGUUAAGUAAGAGUCCCCAGGAGGACCCCACAGGGUCUUAGAUUAAACUAAGUGAGGGCAAACAAGAUAGCGAUGGAUAUUAUAGGUGUGCUGAAACCUGUAGUCAUCAUAACCUGACAUGUUGUCUGCUUUAGUUAUAGUCUGUCCAGUGAGCUCUUGCUGUGUCUCCACAUUUAGUUCUGUAGGAGCAUAGCCCUUCUCUGGCGCAGUCCGUCUCGUUCAUCCGAUGCCAGCUCUGGAGGCUUGACGGGUGAGCCAUGGGCAGUGGCAGAGUUGCUGCCGCCAUAGUGUUCCUUCCCUCCUGCGCCCGUGUCUUUCGCUGGGAGGAGGCUGGGCCUCUGUCCGGGUGGCCUCGCGGCUGUCUGCGUGGAUCUUCGCUUGUGGGGUUGCUCCUCGCCGGCCGGAGGUCUCCAGUGCCGCUGAGUGGUGAGUGGGUCGGGUGGGCUUAGUGGUCUUGCUUUGGUGUGUGUGAGGCAGAGUGCUGGCGUCUGAGGGAUAUGUUGCCAUUUCCCGCCACCUUGCUCCGUCUCUGGCUGGAGGUCACCCUAGGGCGCCCGUGGUAAGUAUCUGCACAGGUGGCGACGGGUAGCCGGUCGAAUCCAUCCCACCACUGCUCUCAUGGUUAGGUGGAAGGACCGACCUUUGAUGUGGAGCUUUGUCCAUAGGCUAUUGCUUAGGUGGGAAAAAAACUCCAGGGUGUGCUUGGGUGGUUGAACGAGGGUGCUUUUUGGCGUCGGACAUGCCUGUGGUUUGGUUGUAGGCUUGGUCGCUUGUUUAGUCCUCGUUGCGGGGGUAAUCGUCCCCAGCGAGGACCGGGAUAUCCCCCGCCGCUCCAGAGGGGGGGUAGCAGGGCAGUGGUCAACGCUCAUUUGUGAGCAGGUAUCAUGCCGGGAGGUCAGCCGGCUGGCUCCCCCAGGCCUCGGACUCCGCUCCAAUGUAGGCCGCAUGGCCGGUUUGUGUGCAAUGGUGCAUGAUGGGCAUCGUUCUAUUCCCCGUGUGGUUCUGCUCCGUUUUUGGGGCCUCGUGUGCUGCUAGCGUGGGUAGUUUAGUCUGGUUUGUUUGUUUGCCUGCUGGUGCAGGAGCUCUCAGGGAGCAGGUUCGGCCAUCUUGGCUGUCAGGCCCCGCCCCUGUAAACAUUAUUGAUCUUUAUCCUGACUGAGUAUAUGUAAAUUCCAAAGUGUAACUAUUACUCCACCUAUUAAAUAUAGCCAUAAUUCAUGUAUUUUAUCAGCAAAUUAACCAUAAAUCACAUAUAGUCAUUUUUCCAUCUUAUCAGCUAGCUAUGGAAAUGAGGGCAAUGUCAUAAAUGAUAUUAAGUUCUGUAAUAAUUGUAACCAAAGCCAUUAUGGGCCUAGCAUAAUUACUGUUGGUUCUUGGGAGAUGAACUCAGCUAUGAUAUCACCAGUUGGAUGCAUAACUCACUGGCUGCACUGACAAGCCUGAAUUUUCUACCAUGUCAAAGGAGGGGGGGGGGAUGUUCAGAAUGCAUAUAUUUCAAUGCAUUUUAAAUGAUAGCAGCAAAUAUACAAUAACUAUAAAUAACUAUACAAUUAACUAAAAUUUUCACAAAUCUUCCCUUGGCUCUUAAAACCUAUUUUAUGUUAGCUGGAAAACUGGUCUCUGCAGCUUUUGAAGAUCCGCCCACUUUUUGCCCAGCACUUCCUUUCUUCUUUGUUCGAGCUGGCCAUUGCCCAAUCAAAUGCUUCUCUAAGAACAAAUCUCCAGUCGCAACAUUCUGAUGGAGAGAAGUAGUUUAACUGUGAUGUAAAAAAAAUUAACACUAUUCUGAAGAUUCUGCCUUUAGCCUAAAAAAUAAAGCUUGCUGGUGCACCCUACCAUAAUCACUAGAGUUGUUCUCACACUUGGUUUUCCUGACUUAAUUUAAUUAAUUUAAUUCAGUGAUCCUACGACAUUCAGAGUGUGGUAUUAUGGAGUCGAACAUCUUACCGUUUACCUGAGGUUGAUUUUCUUCUAUUUGUAGUAAAAAGCUAGAUCUGCAGGAAAUCUGUCUAGUAUUUUGUGGCCACUAUUAAACUCAUCUUGUGGCUAACGAUAACGCCUGAUCCUGCACCCACUUUGCUGGCAGCCUGCCAUAGAAUCCUGCAAAGUGCAGUAUCAUGCUCACACACCAGUAUUGUUAUAGAGAUCUAACUUUUUUUUUUAUAUGACCAAUAAAUGAAGGUAUUGGGUUUCUUUUUUUUUCCAUAUAUAAUUUUUAUUGGUUUUGAAGAGUAUUCCGGUGCUGAUACAUGGUGAUGAUGGUGAUACAAACGAUAAUGAUGACAAUAGUAAUAGUAAUAAUAAUACUUUGCUGACGCAGCAGCUCAUUAAUCAAUUACAGCAUUUAUAGUUACAAUAGUUUCAUCAUGAUUUUUUGGAUCGCGGUCCAAAAUGGCUUUAUGAUUGGGCAUUCCCAGAAUAUAUCUAGUAGAGACCCUUGUUUUUGUUUGCAUCUCCAGCACACUGGGGAGGUGUUGGGGAACAUCUUUGCCAAUCUGAGGGGGACUAAGUACCAGCGCAUUGCUAUAUUGCUAUAUGCUUCCCACAGAGAUAGGCUUUUGGAUGCUCGCUUAGUGGCGUGAAAGGCUUCAUACCAUUGUUGUAUAGAGAUUGGCUCCCCUAUGUCUUCUUCCCAUUUUUCCAUAUAGGAGUGUUUGUGCAUUGAUUUUCCUCUUUCUAGUGCGUUAUAGCAUAAGGCUAGCGGUUUGAUGGAGCGGGAUGUCAAGAUAUAACGGGCUGAGGGUACUUCUGAGUGUGGUGUGGGUGCUGCCGGUUUAACGCGUGUCUGUAGUAUAUUCUUAACCCUUAGGUAUUUGAAAAUGUCCCUUGGGUUUAGGGAGAAUUCGCUUUGCAGAGUGGGAAAUGCUUUCAGUUUGUUUUGGGUGUAUAAGUCUCUUACAUUAUGUAUUCCUAGAUUUGACCAUGUGUGGAGUGAGAGGUCGGGUGAGCUGGUCUGCAGUGCUGUUAGUGGUGCUUUCUUACGUAGUGUUUGUGCGUCUAUUACCUCUGAGGCCCAACAUUCCCAAGUGUGUAAUGUGGUUUGCGUGCACCAUAGUCCAUCUUUUCCUAUGGUCUUAGGCUUGUGAGACCAGAGAACAUUUGGGAUGAUGAAUGGGUGUAUGCAGGCAUUUUCGAGGCCAGCCAUAGUGGGGUCUGUUCUGCGUCCGUGGUUCGGAGUAUACGCAGACCUUGUGCCAGGAGGGAUGCUCGGUAAUAGUUGCGAAUGUCUGGCACUCCUAGGCCUCCUCUCGUGUAUGGUAGGCUGAGUUUGGCAGCAGCCAGUCUGGGUGGUUUCCUUUUCCAUAUGUGGGCAUUAAUGAUAGUUUGGAAUCUUUUUAGCAGUUUGGCUGACAAAGGUAUGGGAAGCGUGUGAAAUAGGUAGAGCACGUGUGGCAGGAUCAUCAUUUUGAUGGUGUUGAUGCGCCCCAACCAUGAUACCUCCAAUCCCUCCCAUUUAUUCAUUUGGGACGUUAGUUUAUGAAUCAUAGGUGUAUGAUUUUCCGUAGUUAGUGAGUGCACAUUUUUUGUCAGUUUUAUCCCCAAGUAUUGGAUCGAUUUUGUCCGCCAGUCGAAUGUAUGUGUCUCCUCCAAUGUUUUAAUUAUGUUUCUCGGUAAGCCUAUGGGGAGGGCUUGGGUUUUAGCUACAUUAUUUUUAUAGUAUGACACUGAGCCAUACGAGUUCAAUGUUCGAGUGAGAGCUGGGAUAGAUUGUAUCGGUUUUGUCAUAAACACUAUUAUGUCAUCCGUAAAUAGGGCCAGCUUAUGCUCGCCCGUAGGGGUGUCGAGCCCUCGGAUUGAGGGGUUGUUUUUUAUGUUAUAAAUCAGGGGUUCCAAGCAUAGGAUAAAAAUGAGUGGGGAGAGUUGGCAGCCCUGGCGCGUGCCGUUGCGUCUGUGGAAGGCUUUUGAGAGGAAUCCGGUGUUAUAUAUUUUUGCCGAAGGACAGCUAUAUAACGCCAGGAUGCUAGUUAUGAGGGGUUGGGGGAAUCCCAUGGCUUCGAGCGUUUUUAUCAUGUAUUCCCAAUUCAGGUGGUCGAACGCUUUUUCAGCGUCGAGGGCCAGGAGGAUUCCUUGUUGGUUUGAUUUGUGUGCCCAUUCUAUUAGAUUAAUAAAGUUUCUUGUGUUGUCUCCUACCUGCCUACCGGGGACAAACCCUGCUUGCUCUUUCGAGAUUAGUUUGGGUAGGAAUGGUUUUAUUCUGUUCGCUAAUAACUUAGCGUAAAGUUUGAUAUCAGCAUUUAGCAAUGAGAUGGGUCGGAGAUUGGCACAUAGUGUGGGUGGUUUGUUGGGUUUCGGAAGAGUCACUAUAUGGGCUUCCAGCAUUUCUGGCGGAACUGCUCCUACUCUUUUUAUAUGGUUGAAAAGCUUGGUGAGGUGUGGGGCCAGAGUGUCUCCAAAUAUGUGAUAGUAGUGGUUUGUUAACCCAUCCGGGCCUGGCGCUUUGCGUUUGGUAAGGACUUUAUUGUGGAGCAAAUUUCGUUGUCCGUGAAUGGCUUUUCCAAAGAGGCUUUCUGUUCUUGGGUAAGGGUCGGGAGGGUGAUAUUGUUAAAGAAGGCCCUCUUUGUGGGUUGGUGAGUAUUUCGGUCUAUGUCUAGUUGGUAAAGCGUGGCAUAGUAGGAGGCUAAUUCCUCCACCAUGUCUUGUGGGUUGAAAAGUUUGUCGCCUGUUGCGGACGUAAUAUAUGGCAGUUUGGAGGCUUGAUAUCUCUUUUUAAGUCUCCUAGCUAGCAAUUUCCCUGCUUUGUUACCUUCAACAUAGUGAGUUUGUUUGAGAUAGCGCAUGUGCCUUUCAGUGGUAUUUAGGUCUAACGCAUGUAGUUGGAGUCUUAUUUGUUCUAAUUGUUUCUGGUUGUGUUUUUUGGGUUGUUGCUUGUGUAAGGCUUCUAAAGUUGUGAGUUUCGAUAUCAGUUCAUUUUUCUGCGAGCAUGCGCGUUUUUUGUUUCUAGCUCCCAUUUGAAUAAGUGCUCCUCUUAUUACCACCUUGUGUGUUACCCAUUGGGUUGUAAUGGCUGUCGUGCAAUCUGCGUGAUUCACAAAGAAGUCGGUGAUCUGUUUAUUUAAGGUUUUGGAGUUUUCUGGGUUGUCCACCAGAGCUUCGUUCAUGCGCCAUGUGCCCCUACCACGAGUCGGGUACGGGAGCGAAGCGUAACCGUAAGCGGCGCGUGAUCAGACCAUGUUAUUGGACCUAUAGCGACUUCAGCAAGGUGUAUUUGGGUGCUUUUGUCAGUGAGGCAGAGGUCUAUCCUAGAAUAUGUAAUGUAGACCGGGGAGUAAUACGUGUAAUCUCUGUCUGCGGGGUAGAGGCAUCUCCAUGAGUCAUAGAGAUCAUGUAGCGUGAUUAGCUUGGUCAAGUUUUGUCCUAGUGAGAUAGAUGUGCCUUUGGGGUCUUUGUUCCCCGUUCGUCUUAUAUCUGCGAUGGGUCAGUCGUGCAGUUAAAGUCACCGCAUAGGAUUACAUAACCACAUUUAUAUUUGUAUAGUUUUCUCAUUGCUGAGGUGAGAAAGGAUUUUUGGUCCUCGUUGGGUGCGUAUAGCGAGGCUAUAGUGAUUUCUAUACCAUUUAAGGAUCCCACCAAUAUGAGUAACCUGCCGUCCCUAUUGGCGUGCUGUUUGCUCAUCGUGAAUGCCCAGUCAUCAUGGAAGAUUAUGGAGACCCCUCUGGAUUUGGUUGGGGAAAAGGCGUGAAAGGCCUGUGCAUAUUGUUUUACCGAAAAUUUCGGUGGGUUGCGUUUACAAAAGUGGGUUUCCUGCAGACAGGCUAUUGCUGCUUUGGAUGAGCGCAGUUCCUGUGCAGCUAACCUCUGUUUAUGGGGGCUGUUAAGGCCUUUAACAUUAAGAGAGAGUAAUUGCAAUGAGUUAGCCAUCAGGUUUGGGGUUCGGGGGUUUUUUUGUGGCCGGUGCUAGGCAUGCUUCGCGGGGAGAACCCAUUACGCCUUGUCGUAGGGCUGCGGUUGUCGGACCGCGCCCCUAAGGGUUUGAUCGGGGUACUCAUGGUGCGGUUGUGUUUGCAUGAUUUCAGGUGGUGUGGCCAGGUAUUGGACAGUGGUAGGUACAUGAACAUAUGCUUAAACAUUAAUAAAAACGAAAAAACAUAAACAAAGUAUAUACAUGAUGCCCCUUGGGGUGCGGGCAUUGUACUUGGUUGGUCCGCGGGCCGCUCCUGGACCGGGCCGUGGGUCAACCUGGGAGGCGUGAUCUGAAGUGUGCUGCCGUGUCAACGGCCCUUUAAACAAAAUGCGUGAAGUAAGGCGUCUCGUUGUGUAGAAAGUUGUUAGUUUUGCCGUUUUGUGGGGGGGUGGUUUUUUUGUUUUUUGUUUUUGUUUUGGUUUUUUUGUGUGUCGCCCUGCCAGGGCCUAUGUGUUAGCUCCUAUGGAGUUGGUAUCUGAGGUUUCUGAGAUGUGUCCUGUCAGUGCUGCAAGAGUGUCAGUGCAUACAUACAUAUUGGUAUCUCUUCAGUUGAGGAAUGUCACACAUAGUCCUGGUCUUUCUUGUGCUGCUUACAAUUAGUCCCGUUACAUGUCUUGUUGUGAUUGCUGUGGCUUAGGCGAGCCCGCCAUGUGCCACUCCGUCGGCAUUCGUUGAUGCGGCUUUGUUCUUUGUGUAGGGAGGUCUUGGGUCCCGAAUAGUCCCCAUUUUCGAAGAAGUUGCAGGCCUUCAUCUGGAUUAUCGAUAUUAUGGUGCAUGUUGUCUUUCCAUAGUAAGAGUUUAGUUGGGUAGCCCCAGCGGGAUGCGAUGGGCCCUGUCCAUAAGCCACCUGUCUUUCUCUAUGGCCGGUGCCAGAGUGGUGCAGAGGCUUGUUAUAUAGUCAGGGAGUGCGUCAUGGGUUACACUGUCUGGGAUUCCUCUGAAUCUCACGUUAUUGCGCCUGGAGCGAUCUUCUAUGUCUGCCGUUUUUCUUUUCAGUAGUAGGUGCUCUUCACGGAGCGCUCGCAGUUGUUCUGCAAGAUCAUUUUGUCUGGCGCACAUUUCCUCCGUCCGUACCUCUAGGCGGUCUGUGCGUUCUCCAAUGUCGGCCAGUUCCCGCUUAAAUUCUGCGGUCAUUGUUUCAUGUACGCAUUUAAAGUGGUUCUCAGUUCUUGCAGCAUGAUAAAUAGCCUUUUUUCGCUGGCUGGUGCCUCUGUUUAUGAAGAGGACGUUGUGUCAGUGUCUGAAUGCUGAUCUGGUGUGGGAGAGUAGCCCAUGCUGUCGUCGCCAUCUUGCAGAGGCCUGCUUCUAUCUUUCUUGGCAGGUUUUAUCUGGUCCGUCAUUUUUAGCUGCUUGGACGGUGCCAUGCUGUUAUACCUGGUGCCGGGUAAGUUAUUAGCGGGUGUUACUCGCCGAUUUCGCCUUAUUGCAGCGUUUGGGUCCGUUGUAGCUGGGAGCUCCUACUCCAUGCGACCGCACGCGUCGGCUGUCAGACACGCCCCCCAGGGUAUUGGGUUUCUCAUAGAAAAAUACUCUUCCCCCACUCACAAAAGGGGAACUCGGGGAUUCAGUGACUUUACCUUUAUCACAUGUCUUAUCUAGAACGGAUUUUUAUAUCUCACGAUCCCGAGUUUGUUUAACCGCUAAUGCUUUAGGUUAGGUUGUGGAGCUAUACAUACUGAGGACUUAAUAUUAAGCCAUUUUAUCAGAUUUAUUUGGAAUAGAUAGCUUUAUUGCCCCCACUGCAAGAGCAGUUGUAUUGAUUACCAUCCAUCCACUGUGGCUACAUUCCGUGUUUUCUGCAGCAGUAUUUUAUAUUACUCACGAUCAUGUACAUAGCGAACUGACAAACUUCAUGUGCUUUGUCAAAUAUCGUCUUGCACAUAGUAUUAGACCGAGGUCCCUGCAAAAACUAUUGAACAGGACCUUUUCAUUUGCAUGAAUAGAUGCAAGUCCACUCUGAUUUCAGCUUUAUUUAGAUAGUCUGUUACAACAUUUCUCUUUUAAUUGCUGCAGUCGUUACAAUACAGAGACUAAAUGUUAUCUUACAUAGCCAAUGUGGAUUGCAAAACUUUGUUUUGCACACAUCACUAGAUGAAGGUUUCUGAAAACCUUUGAACAGAACCUCAUUACGAUUAUACAUACUUUAGUGAUUAUCAGGUCAUUUUUCUGUACUUUUAGAGUUCAGGAUUUUUUACUUGAUUUUGAUUUAUUUGAGUUAGAAAAUGUAUAUACUUUAGUUUAUCAUUUAUUUUUCUUGUGAAUUAUCUUAUAUAUUCACAAUUAGUUAUCAAUUAGUUCACUGAUUUGUAUAUACCUUAGUGUAUAUUUAUUCUCUUGUGUAUUAUUUUGUAUAUUUACUUUUGUGGCUAGCAAGAAUCACUAGUCUUUAUGGAUUGCUAAGCGAUCGUUGCGAUACCACCAGAUAGGGUUACGAAUCUCUGGUUAUAUUAUUCAUUUUUAGCUCGGUAUCCUAUUUAUUUGAGAUCCAUAAGGUAUCUCUACACACUGCCCUAUACCCUAUCUUUUAGUGGUCCAAAUGAUCUCCUUACACAUAUUUCUAUUGACAAGCUAUUUACCUGUGAAUGUUAAUACAUUGGUUUAUUAUUAUACUUGCGUAUAUUAGAAUGAAAAUACUUGGUUUAUAAUUUCAUUUUUGAAUAUUAUUUCCAUUUAGGACAUUUAGAUUAAAUUUUAAAUAACUAUUAAAAGUUAUAUUUUAAGGGCACUCACUUUCUCUCUUUUCAUGAUAUAUAUACUCUUUAGUAUAGAACUACUUUGAUACAUAAUAAUUAGACCUUAAUUACUCUGUGGCAGGAGUUCUCAUUGAAAUAACAUUUUAUUUGUGUCCUUGUGUAAUAGGCUUCUACACCCGUGGUUUAAAAUACAUAGAACUGCUUUUAAUUGUCUGCUACUUAAUACCACCCCACACUGUGGCUGUAAUUAACUUUGUAUCGGUUAUGUAAUGACCAAUUCAUUCUUCUUAAAUGGUUUUUCAUUGCCUCAAUGAAUUCUUAUUGUUAUUAUUUACUUUGAAUCCCCUUGCAUAUGGCUAUACUCCUGCACUGAAGGUUACUUAAUUUGCUGUUAUUUUCGGCUCUGUCCUACUGUGAUCUUUAAUAGGCUCACAGCAAAUCGACGGGAAUCUCUUCUUCAGUGAUGGGUGUAAUUCAUUGAAGAUUAUCUACUUUCAUUUAAAUUGACCCUUCUGCUUUACUACAUAUUUUUUUUAACUAUGUAAUACACCCUGAUGUAUAAUAAACACCAAAACUUAAACAGGAGAAACGUAGAGCUACAGUAACUGUAAUUAAAGGGAAACAUCACUUACCAUGAUUUUUUAAAUUGUUUACUUAUUCCCUAUUUUAAUUUUUUUUUUUUUUUAUUCUUUAUUUUUCGUAGUGUAGGUAUAAAAGGAAUGAACAACGGAAAACAUGUCAUUGGUUCAAGCAAUAGGUCGUUCAGACAUAGAGGAAUAGAUGCACUUUUUAAUUUUUGUAUUAUUUGAUAUAAACAAGAACUGUAUCCUUAGCCAGGAAUGUGUCCUGCUUGUGAGGAUUGGUUUGAGUAGCUAUAGAGUGUUUUGCAGGCUAGGGGGAAAGGCUCUACUUGAAUAAGUGUAGUAAGUGGUGGUAUGGUAGGUUUGUGAAGGUGCAGUGUUUGGAAAAUUAUAUGUGCGGUUCUGUUGAGCCGUAGGUGGGUCAAAGAAGAAGGGGGUGUAUGAGUCGGGGUAGCCCCAGGUGUUGAGGUGAGUUUGCCCUUGCAUUACAUGUUUUUGGUGAUGUCUGAAAAAUAAAAUUAAAUGUAGUAAUCCGUUUUGCGAUAUGUACCUGGACUAUUCCAAAUCUAGAUGCUUGCAUCUUGUUUCUUGUUCCCUUGUCAGUUAUUGUUAUAUGAACUAUGCCCUUUCCUGUCCGAGUAUCAUAUGAAAAUAAGGUUAAUAGGCUAUAAGGUUUCAAUUUGCAAUGCAUUAUGAUAGCUACAGCAUAGCAGGUGGAGAGGAACCUAUUGACUGUAUCUACUUUUCUUAAACCUUUUGUGUAAUACUGUGGAAUGCCUGCUAGUAGUAAAAUAAAGUUGACACAUGUGUUCUAUUAUAGAAUCCAGCCAUCCAAGAAUGUGAAUGGACUUAACAAGACAGACACUACAACAUGCAACACCAGUAAGAAAUUACAAUCUAGUUUUUUAUCUGAACACCAUUGUAAGAAUGAUGUGUGUUCACUUUAGCUUGUCUGACUCCCCAUUAUGGAAUACAAUGUUGUGUUUUGUAAUCUUCUGACUAAUACUAAUCUGUAGAUGAUAUUGUUAGUUAAUCUGUUUAUUUAUUUCUUGUGCGUAUUGACCCCUUAGCUUCCAAUGGAAAAUACCUGUGCCCUAAGAUCUAUUUCAACCAUCGGUGCUUCUCCGGACCAUAUCUAAACAAAGGCAGAAUAGCAGAACUUCCUAAGUCAGUCGGACCAGGCAGCUGUGUAUUAGUCUUAAAAGAGGCGAGUAUGGAACUCCGGAUUCUGGCUCAGUUUAAGAGUAACUGUCAGUUUCCCAAAUCCUGCUUUUCAUAGCUAACUGUGCUUAACAUACAUAUGUUAUAGUGUAAAUAACAUAGACGAUCUGUUUUAACCGCCCCGUCACAUGAUUGAAGUUUUAGGGUACAACCUUCCUUACAAGGUGUAGGUUAAAAACAGAGAAAGGGGAUAAUGUGGUGUAUUUCCAGUCCAUAUCCAAAUAACAAACCUGGCCUAAGAGUAAAGGAACAUUCAUGGCUUGCAUCUAACUUUGGAGUUUUCUGUCAAUGUAUCUCCUUGGCUUGAAAAGUAAUACAAUUUCGCAUGCCGUCCCCUAGAUUUGCAUUGGGACAAUUGGGAAAGCGGAACCUUUUGGGAACAAAUGUGAGGUUCUAUAAGCUGAAGGGGUAAUAAUGUCCAUUGUGUUUCAUGAUGACAGGUCUUAUCCUUGCUUAUAAACGCUGCAUAUAAACCCAGCCGGGUAUUACGAGAACUGGAGCUUCAGGAGGAACCAUUGUGGCCCCAGCACGCAGAGACAAUCAAAGCCAAGUGAGUAAUUAUUUUGUUUCUGGGCAUGAGAUGUGCAGAAAAAAAAUCAUAAAAGAUAUUUUCUCAAAGUGUCAAGAUAGGAAAGUGGUGCAAAGUCAUUUAAAUGGAAUGGAAACCCCAAUGCAAAAUCCUUUAACCAUUUGUUUACAUAGUUAAUGACUGUCUGACUUUUAGAACUUUGUACCACUUUCCCCAUAACAACAUUUUGUUAAAUCUUUCCCAUGUAUACAGCACAGGAUGUCCGUGGACUUAUCUAGUGCUGUAGAUCAUUUCUGCAAACUACAACGUCUCUUAAAAAAGGAAAACCUAGAGAAUGAAUAAAAAUAAAGAAAACUACAGUAUAAGUUCUCAUUACAAUAAAUGUUUGAAGGUCAGAUGAUAAUUACUUGCUGUCUGCUUUUGCAAGGCUUUGUCUGAAUCUGGCAUGGGUUGUAGUUCCUUUAAACUUGUUAGGUUAUAAUAAGAAAAUUACUCGUGAAAACAGGGGAUUAUCAAGUUAGAUGAUUGUUUUUACAUUUGCAACUGAUUUUCCUACACCAUUCUGAAGGAACUUGGUGAGAUUGAAUGACUGUUGUACAUCGUGACCUGUGUUACAGAUUUAUUAUUUCUGCUCUUUGUCCAUUCUGUGGAGUAAAAGUAUUGCAUGUUUUCACACUUUAUUGGUUAGUGAUUUGUAUUAAGACAACACUUCAUCAACGAUCACAGACAAGGUAAGGUUCAAUCAAUGUGCAAGUUAAACACAUUCUUACAAUUACUGUAUUGAGCAAUUCGUACCUUUUACAUAAAAAUGUUCUGCUACAUUAUAUUGGCAAAGAAAAAAGGACCAGUAGCUAUGGUAACUGUAAUGAUGCAUGAGGUGCUACGAUAACUUGAGUGAUGUUACACGUUGCAAUAACAUAUGUCAUGUUUACUAUUGUUAUAGCAUGACAUUUAUUUAAUGCUGUUUGUAUUUUUAACUUUGGUACAUCCUGUUGUAUUAUAGCUCAAGGAUGUAUGUCAUUUUAGUUCCAGGUUUAUUUUUAAUCAGUGUUUUACAUGUACUGAGGCCUUUCUGUCUACACUCUGUCCUUUAUAUUAUAAGUGAUUUUGUACUUACUCCUACAAUUCUAAAAUUAUAUUGUCUUCCUAUGCAAUAAUGCACUUUCUUUGUGUGCUACAAUUAUAAUUGAUCUAUAUUAAUAAAGAAGCUUAAUUAGAAAUUAAAAGCAUCUCAAUACAUUUCAAAAUUGAAAUCUGUUCCAUCUGCACGAAGUGACAAUCUUGAAUAAGGUCCAAGUUACUUUCAUAAUGUGAGAUGUUAUAAGCUAUUCUCUAUGGCUGUAUGAUAUAGAGGUAUUUUCCUAGAAAUCUCAAAACAGAAGUGUUAUCUUCAUAAUCAAGGCAUUGGAUUUUGAUAUAUUUAGCAAUGUGCACAUCGUGACCUGUGUAGAAAUGUGCCAGUUUUGUUUUAUGAACACCUGGUGUUUUUUUGAACUUGGACACCCUUAUCCUUUCACACCAGAAGUUGGACACCAAUCUUUUAUCUAGACUUCCUGGUGUAGUCAUGAUGCCUGCUUGGCGUUUUUCAGAUAUAAAGGCAAAACAUAUCGUGCUACAGUAGAGCUGGUGAGAACGUCAGACUGUGUACCAGAGUUCUGCCGGAAAACCUGCAUCAGACUGGAAUGCUGUCCCAACCUGUUUGGGCCACUAAUGGUGCUGGACCAGUGCUCUGAGAACUGUUCUGUGUUGACCAAAACCAAAUACAGUAAGUACUGUUCAUAUUGUGUUCCCAGUAGCUCUCUGCCAGAAAGAGAGGUGCAGUAAGUUUGCCUGUACAUUAGAUUGUAGGCAGAACUGUAAAUGUCUCUGUAAGAUGUAAAUUGGCAUGCUAUGUAUUUAACAAAGUUAGCGGUAACUGCAACAGCCAAGAUCAUUAAUCUGGCACUGCUAAAUAUUUCGUUUUUAUUUAUUAUUAAAUUUUAUAACUUUGUGUAUUUCUCUUCAUUUCCUCUUUUUUGCUCUUUGGCAAUCCCUACACUGUUUUGAUUUUAGCCAUUUUUUGCUAGAGGGUAGCUUUAUCUACAGAUGUGUGUUUUUUUGUGGUUGUUUUGUGGAAUCAUUGUCCUCUCUGGAAUAUGUCCUCUUUGUCAUUCAGUUCAUUUAUAAGUGAGGUGUACAUGUCUGCUUCACCACAAAGAAGACCUUUCUCAAGUUCAGAACUAAGUAACUUUAAAUAUUGUGUACCCUUUCCAUGGCACUGAGAAAUUAUACCUUAUGGUGUACUCCAAGAAAAAUUAGCCUUCUUUUUGUUUGUUUUAUUUAUUUAUUUAUUGUUUAUUGAAAGAUAAAUUUUUUUUUUUUUUUACACAACCAUUGAAGUGAUAGCAUGUAGAGAAUCUCAGGUCUCUAUAGUGUAAUCAUGCAUUCCAAAACAAAGAAAUCGGGAGAUCUCUUAAUGUAGGAACAUAGCGGAGUUGCGCAAGUCUUGAAUCUGAAGUAGCCCAGUAAUCAGUAUAGUAGUAUAAUAUGUUAAACAUAUAUCUUAUACAUGUAAUCGUUUCCUCUAUAUCCAAGGUUAGACCUUGGGGAGUGAUAAGGUCGAUGCGGCUAUUAGGUUGUUUCUUUUCUUUAAUCCAAGAAAUGCGGGUGGAAUGUAAACGUAUUAAACUGUCUGAUUGUAAAUGAAAUCCAGAGGCUAAAUAAAGUAAACAGGAUUGGCACCAUCUUAGUAUAUUUAUACAUGCAAAAUGGGAAGACUACUAUUGAGUGUUUUCCAUGAACAGAUUAUAGGAUAACCCUAUAUAUAUACGAACACUCAUUUAAUAAAAGCUCUGUGCGAGAUUUUGGUCCACACAUCAGGAUGUUUCUAUAUCUGUGUGUAUAUGAAUGUGAUACAACGUGAAAGAAGAAAAACAUGUUCUCUGUUACUUAGUAACUCAGAGCUCCCUGUCGCUGGCUGUUUGUCACAUUUAAUACAUUUAUUUUUCUCUAAGAAACAGUUCUGGCACGAAAACCCAUGCAGGUACCUCCCCUCCCGUAAUUAAAAUUCUGGUUACGGCUUGAGGUCAUACAUUUAGCAGUGACGAUAAGAACUGGAAUAGUGAAUGAGGGGAGUAAAACAAUCUGUAAUGAGGGAAGACGUUAUGCGAUGAUAUAGGGUGUUAUCUGUCUGGUUACUGAUAAGGUAAAUGGUUUUUGUAUACGUGCUCAUUUAUAAUUGGCAUCUUUUGUAUUGUUGCGUUCAGCUCAUUAUUAUGGGAAGCGGCGUGGGCGAAACCUUAGCAGUCCAUCCGGCAUACUGCGCAGCAUCGAGGCUGCUUUAAAGAAACCUGCUAAGAAGAGAAAGAGAAGAAAACAAUUCUUUGUUCACAAAAAGAAGCGUUCAUCUACGUCUGUAGAUAACACCCCUGCAGGGAGUCCACAGGUAGGGUACACUAGCCGAAUUCUAACAUUGUGGAAAUGGCUCUAGAGCCACGUAUUGUUAUUUUUAAUAGGGGAAAUUAGAGCUAAAGCUCCCUCUCAUUUCUAAACCAUGUAUGUGCCAUAAAUAUAUUAUAGGGCAUUGAAAAGUUCUAAACAUUAUUAUUAUUGCCAUUUAUAUCGUGCCAACAGAUCCCGUAGCACAUAUCACCCUGUAACAUGAAUGUUGUGAAAGCUUGCCAUCUGGCAUUUGUUGGACUACAACUCUCAUCACCAUUAAUUUGCCAGCUGUCUACCCAAACCUGACCUUGAAGAAAUCAUAGAUGUGCCCAUUCUUGUUGUACCUGCAUUUUUGCAUUUAAUUGUCUGGUUAUCAGUCUGUCCUUGACUGGCUAAUCACAAUUAGUGACGUCCUCAGGACCACAAGCUAGUUUAGGUCCAUAAGUUGGUCUUGGUGCCAUGUCCCUGGCAAACCCUGAAACUGAAAACAUUGCUGUUCUUCAGUAACGGCAAUUUUUACAUUGCAGUGUUAACAUACCUCUAGAGGCUCUCUCCCGGACAACCACUAGAGGUACUGAGGUACUUCUACCGCAAUAGCAGAGUUAAACCCAGCUUUCCUAUAGGGAAACAUUGGAUUGGCUGAAAUCAUCAACACUGAUGAUCUCAGCCAAAGAGGCGGAGCGGAAUUGUGGCUACCAAUACAGCUAUGUCUGAAAGGUCAGUAAAUCUCACCUUUCAACCUUUCACGGUGGGGGGACACUAAAAUAGGUAGUUUAAAACUGUAGCGCUAGAAAUAAAUGUUCCUUUAAAGUUAUUGAGGACCAUAGACUUCUUAAUACUUUCCAGUCAGGAUAUAGAACAGAAAAAAAAUGAUUUGAAACAAAUUUAAUUAAAUUCAGGAAUUACAUGUGAUAGUUCAACUGCAAAGAUGCUGCUUUUUUCGUUUCCCUUCUCCUAUCUGUCACAUUUGGCUUUAUAUGCCACACAGUGAUAUAAAUCCACUAAUAAACCAACGGACUUUACUGUACAGGAAAAUCUUUCCCUGUUUCAGGAAUCCUAGUGCUUUCAUAGUGUCAUGCUGGAAGUUAAUCAAAUCCACAUAUUCACAUUCUUAUUGUCUGCUGGCCUCACAUCUUCCCAAGUGCAUUUUUUUACCAUAAAUCUGUGAUGUCAUUUCCCAGAUAUGCUGUUGGCUUCAACUUUCAUUUACUCUUAUUUUAUAAGGAAAUAAUAUUUAGUUUCAAACUUUUUUUAUUAUCAAGGGUUUUUCAGUUUCGGCAAAUAUAGGGAUCAUAAACAAUACAUAUUAAGUUAGCCAAAUAUAAAAUUAGGCAUACACAACAUUUCGUUUAGAGGAAUAUCACAGCAAAAGUAAAAAAAAAAAAAAAGAAACAAAACAUUCCUAAUAAAACAAGGCUCUAAUAUAUUUGAAAUUGAAGCAUCAUAGGGGAGAGUUAACCAGGUUUGUUAAUUUGUAUUUUGUUCUGCCUUUUUUUUUUUCCUUUUUCUCCUUCAUUUUUUCCCCCUUCUCCUUUUUCCUCUCCUCCUCACCCCCUUUUCCCUUUUUUAUUAUAGAGGGUCGGUAUGUUUAUGCUAGAGUAUGUUUAUGCUCUAACUCUAGCAAGGUACCAAUCCAUAAUUUUAAAUCGAUUUAAUUUUGGAGUGGAUAGAUCUAUCCGAAGAACCAAUAUAAGGUUGCCAAUUUAGAAAAUAAUGGCGUCAAAGUGAUGAUUUUUUUUUUUUUUUUUUAAAUGAGGCUUCCAUCCAAUCCAUAUUAGAUAGAAAAUACAUUUUAGUGUGCAGCAAUGAUAAUGUAGGUGAUGAGGGGUCAAUCCAGUGAUGUAAUAUAUAUAUAUAUAUACGCUACUAUACGUACGUGCUGCAGACAGGAUCAUAUUGGUUCAUUUUGGAACGUUUUGAUAUGUCUGCUGAUAUCAGCAAUGUUGCUAGUGGUGGAGAAAUAUGAAACGGUCUACCCAGUAAUCAAGUUAUCUCACACAACCACAGAAACGGUGGUAAAGGUCUGCUCCGUUUUAGCUGAUUGUUUAAAGUGUGGGGCUGACGGAGCAGAACUUUACCACUAAUUUUGGGGUUGUGAGGAUUCCGGUAUUCUGGAAAGAAGUUUGACUAUAUCACUUAAUUUUUUUCUAAAUUGGAAACCUUAUAUUGGUUCUUCGGAUAGAGCUAUCCAAUCCGAAAUGAAUCCUACUUUUGAAAUUACGGACUGGUACCUUACUAAAGUUAGUUAUAGCAGGUCAGACCCCUUCAGAAUAAACAUACCACACCCCUUCAAUGGAAAAGGAAAAGUGGGAGAGGAAAAGUAGGGGAAGAAAAAGGGGGUAAAAGAUUAACAAACCUAAUUAACCCCUCUAUGCCCUCAGCAGUGCAAGAUAUAGAUAGUAAAUGUGUUGGAUUGUUAUACACAAAAGGAAUAAUAUAGUAACAAAGUAUGUACAGUUCUUAGUCCCAGAUGGACCAGAGGACUUUUCCCCUAGUUUGUUGUAAUAAAAGUCCAUGUGAGAAAUUAAGUGUGAGACUCGCUGAGUGUGCAGCUCACAGUUGAUCAAAUUAACCAAUUAAAAUGGCGAAUGGCGGUGGAGCAGUAGCUGAAUAAUUGGAGGUCAGGGCCUAUAUGAUUUGCUAGCCCAUUUUUGUUCUGUAAACUCAUGGACAUUUACACAUAAAGUUCUAAAUGUUAGCGAUUUAUAUUUAUUGAUUCUUUCUUUUUUUUUUUUUUCUUUUUUGUGCACAUAAAAGAAGUUACAAAUGGGCCUGUCAAACCCCAACAGCAUAAACACACAUGUUAACAAUGCUCUUCCAAGUGGGCAUGGAAAUAACAGUGCACAGUUUUAUGUCCUGACAUUAGGUCUAUAUACAAGCUUGAUUAGUAGUGAUUUAAGUCGUAAGCAUAGAAGAUGGACAUUGUAGGGCAGCUGGUUAGUAUCGAGCGGAGACUACCCAUUUUAGAAUCUAAGUAUCAAGUCGGCGUUUUGCAGACUCCGAGGUAAGGGUCUCCGUUAAAAAAGCCAUGUCAUACUGGUCCAAGGCUCCAAUCUUCAUAGUAAUGCAUAUCACUGUUACAUAUCAUCCCGUCAAGGUCAGGAACUUGAUAUACAGAAAGUGUAUGCUAAUACAUAUAUUAAGUGGAGCCCUGUAAGAGAGGUCCAGAGAAGAGUGCGAGAGAGAAGAGUAAAAGACGGGGGGCGGGGGGGUGUCGGAGGGGCAGGGGACGAGGUACCAGCAGAGGAGCCCAGAGGACUACUGUCCCAUGGUUACCAUAUUUUGUGGAAUGCCUUAGUAUUUCCCCUCACUCUAGCUGUCAAGUCGUCCAUCAGACCAGUCUCUUUGAUUCUGUUUAUUACGCUUGCAGUGUGGGGUAGUUCCUGUUUUAGCCAUGUGUAUGCUAUAGCAUGUCGUGCCGCCAAUGUGAUUUUAUGUAGCAACGUUUGUUCUUUACGGGUCCACCCGUCAAUUGAUCUAUUUAGAAGAUAUUCCCAUGGUUCUAGUUCCAGUGCUCUGGAGUCAAUAGUGUUUUUAUAGCCCUCCAGAAUGACUUGACGUGUGGGCACUCCCACCACAUAUGUAGGUACGUCCUCUUCUCCCCACAGUCCCCCCAGCACACGUCAGUUGUGGAUUUGUGCAUUUGAUAUAGUUUGACCGGGGUCGUGUACCAUCGGAACAUCGUCUUAAACGAUUGUUCCUGUAGGGUGACGCAUACAGAUGUCGUGCUGUUGGCCUCCCAGAUCUCCUGCCAUUCUACUCCCUCCAGUUCCUCUCCCAAAUCUUUUUCCCACUGGUCAGUGUAUGGGAGACCACCCCAUUCCCCUGUUUCAGUGCAAAAGUGUAUGUAGAGUAUUGUGAUCAGGCCCGUGGGGAUUAUGUCAGAUAUGCAUAUGCGUUCGAAGAACGUCAGUGGUUGUUUUGCGGCCUCUUAUGAGAGACUGUCUGGCAAAGUCUCUGACCUGCACGUACCGGUGUAAAGUGGUGUCCUUGUUUGAACUUGUCAAAUGGAAUAAGCUCCUCCCCCUGGUAAAUAUUAGUGUAUCUUCUGAAUUCACGCUCCUUCUAGGUUUCUGAAAUAUAUUUAUUCAUCUAAAAUGAUAUGCUGUAUUCAGACUUCAAUUUUUUUAUGUUUAUGUGGUGACAAAUAAUUUGUUUUUUUUAUUGAAGGUUACUUUUAGCUAGCGAGAUGAGGUCUCCAUGAAUAUCUCUGUAUUUAUCUCUGCCUAGUUGAAGGCUAACCAGGUUGUAUCUCUCCAGCUGUUGUGAACUACAUAUCCCAUGAUGCUUGGCCAAACAGGUGCUUUUGUGCAGUUUCACCAUAGCAAGAAUUCCACUUGUAUGUACUCACUGCAUUCUCCUCUUACUAAAGGGAAGUGGUGAUGAAGAGGAAGAUGAGGGUGAUGAAUACUCACCCAGUGAAGAGAGUAUCCAGGAACAUCAAGAAGGAUCUGAGAUUUCAGGAAAGGGAUCUGGUUCCACCUCUCCUACCCGGAGUGAAAACUCACUAUCCUCUGAAAAGAAAAGGAAACAUUGGUUUUCUGAUAAUGAUAAACGUGUCAUUACCAAGGUAAAUGUGGUCCUAGUGAUUCCUAACUAGUCCUGGAUUCCAGUUCAGUAUUUAGGUGAUUUCCUGUUCUAUUCCUGUGGAGACAUUGACAAAACCUAGACUCUUGAUUAAGUUAAUAACAGUGCUUUUAAUGUUCUGGUAAAAUGGAGAAUCAAUUUUUUUUAAAUGGUAGUGAUAUAUUUUAUGGGCUCACAAGAGGGAUAUUUUGCAAGCUUUCAAGACCCUAAGAUCCCUUUAUCAGGCAAAUGCAUUGGUCAUGGAAGCCGGGGGGCCAUCGGUUGGUCCAUGAACUGAGCCACCCAGUAAGCAUGUAUGAUCAGGGGACCUUUAACAGCGCAACCAGGACUGGCCGUUUAGCGGUGCUGUGAGGAAGUUUGUACAGGUCACUUCCCAACAGAGCUGCAUGGGAAGAGAGAGGAGGAGGCACAGAGAGGAGGGAGAGAGAGCGAUCACACAUGGUCAAUUCACAGAUUCCCAUCAGCUUUAGUUAGCACCUGCUACCGCCAGUGGACCCCAAGGAAGCCCCUCUCCUGCACCCAAAAUAUAUGUAAAAUUAUCUGUAUAUGUUUUCAUAUUAUUAUUAUUAUUAUUGCCAUUUAUAUAGCGCCAACAGAUUCCGUAGCGCUUUACAAUAUUAUGAGAGGGGAUUUAACUAUAAAUAGGACAAUUACAAAUAAACUUACAGGAACAAUAGGUUGAAGAGGACCCUGCUCAAUCGAGCUUACAUUCUAUAGGAGGUGGGGUGUAAAACACAGUAGGACAGGAAUUUGCAAUCAAAUAAGGUGGGCUGCCCUUUAGGAGAGGGCAAGAGACAGGUAUGUGAGGUAGGGGUUAGUCUUGGAGGCCAUAAGCUUUCCUAAAGAGAUGGGUUUUAAGGCACUUCUUAAAAGAUGCAAGACUAGGGGAGAGUCUGAUGGCGGGAGGCAGGCUAUUCCAUAGGAAGGGAGCCGCCCGCGAGAAGUCCUGCAAGCGCGAGUUGGCCGUACGGGUGCGGACAACGGACAGGAGGUGGUCACGGGCAGAGCGGAGAGACCGAGAAGGGACAUACCUAUGGAUCUGUGAGGAGAUAUAAGAGGGGCUAGAGUUGUUCAGUGCUUUAUAGGUGUGAGUUAGUGCCUUGAAUUGACUCCUAUAGCACACAGGAAGCCAAUGUAAGGACUGGCAGAGGUGUGAGAGAACCGACUAGAGAGGAAAAUCAGUCUAGCAGCAGCGUUCAUUACAGACUGUAGGGGUGCAGUACGGCUUUUGGGAAGACCAAGCAGGAGAGGGUUACAAUAAUCCAUGUGGAAAAUUACUAAAGCAUGGACAAACUCCUUGGUAGUAUCAGGUGCAAGAAAGGGGCGGAUGCGGGCUAUGUUUUUAAGAUGGAAUCUACAGGAUUUGGCAACAUGCUGGAUGUGAGGCUCAAAGGUGAGACCAGAGUCAAGUAUGACGCCAAGACAGCGCGCUUGCAAGGAUGGGCUGAUGUUGGUACCACAAACUUGAAGGGAGAGCGAAAGAGGAGGAUCAAUUAGACAAGGAGCUCAGUUUUUGAGAGAUUGAGUUUCAGAAAGCGGGAGGACAUCCAGUCAGAGAUGGAAGAAAGGCAAGCAGUGACACGUUGCAGGACAGCAGGGGAGAGGUCCGGGGAGGAGAGAUAUAACUGGGUGUCAUCAGCGUACAGGUGGUAGUGGAAUCCAAAUGAGGUAAUAAGUUUGCCAAGAGAGGCAGUAUAAAGAGAAAAUAGAAGGGGACCAAGGACGGAGCCUUGGGGGACUCCAACCGAGACAGGGCGAGGGGAGGAGGUAUCAUUAGAAAAAGAGACACUGAAUGAGCGUUGGGAGAGAUAAGAGGAAAACCAAGAGAGGACAGUGUCACAGAGACCAAGCGAUUGCAGAGUUUGAAGAAGGAGAGCAUGAUCAAUAUGUAUAUGUAUGUGUGCAUGUAUCCCAGCAUUCAAUUGUCAACAAAAAUGCACCUCUGCAGUCAAACUCCUACACCACAUACAAAUGCAUCCCUGUAUUAAAAUGGCAACAGUAUAUACAAACACACUUCUGCAAUUAAACACUACGCACAAACACAACCCCUGUAUUCAAGUGGCAACACCAGACACAAACACAUGCUUGCAUUCAAGCGCCAGCACUUAAUACAAGACCACCCUUGCAUUCGAACAACAACACUACACACAAACACAACCCUAAAGUCACACAUAUAUACUCAGUACAAAAACAUGCUUACGUUUAAAAACACUGCUAUCAAAUACGGUGUUUGGAUAGGCAAAUGGUAUAUCCCAGCUAGCUAAGCAUUGGUGGGGGAGGGGGGAUCUAGGAACCUCUUUACAUUAGCACAACUUGUGCAUCAGCCAUUCCCACAAAAUAUUCUGUAUAUAGCAGGUAAAGACGACUGGUUCAUGUGACCACUUUUAAUCUGCUGUAUCCCAAGAAGACCACCAUUAAGAUUUACUUGGGAGAAUAAAAAAAACAUACAAACAAAUACAACCUUUCCUUAAAAAAAAAAAAAAAAAAGUAAACUGUUUCUAACGUUCUUACACAGCAGUAACUUCUUUUAGACAGUAGAUGGCCACAUAACCUAUCUUUUUAUUGAUACACAUAAAUAGUAACUGGUGCUUCUUUUUCUUCCAGGAUAUUAAAAUUGAGUUAACUGAGCCAUUGACACUUGACAGUAAUCCACUGGACUGGAACAUCACUGAUGUCAUGAAUUAUAUUAAAUCUACAGACUGCGCUCACCUGGCACGGCUCUUCCAAGAACAGGUAUGAUCAGUGCCUGAAAUAUACCAGGCUUAUCGUUGCCAAUUGUUACCAUGACUCAGGUGUUCCCCAGGAUAGCAUUGAGUUUACAUUUUCCAGAGCAAAGCAUUUGAAGAAUUUUUCCUUAUUUAGAAGAUCAGUAAGCAGUCUUUUUUACUAAUCUGGGCAGCAAAUUGCAUGGCGUGGUUAUUUCCAAUGGUGACUUGCAAGUGCUCAUCAGGUUUCUGGGCAACAAGUAAGAAUCUUUGAUUUUAGUUGUUCAGAGUUACAAGCUUAUGAGUCAUUUCUUUAUGAGAAAUUGUCAUCCAUAUAUUUUAAUGCUGCGAUGGGAAUCGAUUUAUUUAGAAUAAAAAAACUGUACAAUGGAAUAAUGUGAGGUAGGAUAUUAGAAGAACAAAUAAAAGACAAAGAGCAGUUGAGUCUGUUUUUUGUUGUUUUUUUUGCUUGUAAGAAUCAAUGGAAACCCAUACAAUGAGAACACUUUAGUGGAUGAUAAUACAGGAUUGUUUAGUAAGAAUCCUAUCCGCUAGUGGUUUAACAGCAGAGGGACAGUUUUGCAAUGCAUGAGAAAGGGGAGAAGGGACCUGAAUUUAGGAUGGCUCUUUAAGUAGAGCCUAUACCAGAUUCAGGCAAAUGUAAAGGGUCACUAUAGUCACCAGAACAACUACAGCAUAAUGUAGUUGUUCUGGUAAGUAUGGACAGUCCCUGCAGGCUUUUUAAUGUAAACACUGUCCUUUCAGUAAAAACGCAGUGUUUACAUUGCUGCCUAAGAAUACCUCUAGUGGCCCAUCUUUAGAGAUUUUCAGCAUGGAGACGCUGAACGUUCCCCAUAGAGAUGCCCCCCGUCCCACCUCCUUGGCUAAGAUCCUCAGAAUUGACAAUCUCAGCCAAUUCCAUGCUUUCCUAUGGGAAAGCAUUGUGAUUGGCAGAGAUAUUCAAUUCUGAUAAUGUCAGCCAAAGAGGCAGAUCAGGGGCUGGGCCAGAUGCUAGAAGCCUCGGGUGGCAUUGGAAAAAGGUGAAUAAAUUGCCUUUCUAACCCCAGGUAAAGGGGGGCUGACCACCUAAAUGGUGUUUUUUGUACUAUAGUAUCAUUAUACGUUUGUGUUCCUGAUGCUAUAGUGCCCCUUUAAGCUCUUCCAAUGUUGUGGUUUACAUUUCCCACUUACAGCCAUAAUGUUGGGAAAGCAUCAGGGGAGAUGUUCACGACAUCCAGAGUGCCGAAGGUUGCAUUCCCAUGCCAUUAACCCACACUUACAAUGCAUUAAUUGCUUAAAGGACCACUAUAGGCACCCAGACCACUUCAUCUUAAUGAAGUGGUCUGGGUGCCAGGUCCAUCUAUGUUUAACCCUGCCUGCUGUAAACGUAGCAGUUUCAGAGAAACUGCUAUGUUUACACAUGGGUUAAUCCAGCCUCUAGUGGCUGUCUCAUUGACGGCCGCCAGAGGCGCUUCUCACUGUGAUUUUCACAAUGAGAAGACUCCAGCAUCCAUAGCAAAGCAUUGAGAAUGCUUUCCUAUGGACUGACUGAAUGCGCGCGCGGCUCUUGCCCCGCAUGCGCAUUCAGCCGGUGACAUGAGAAGAGGGAGGAGAGUCCCCAGCGCCGAGUGAGCCCGGCCCUGGAGAAAGGUAAGAUUUUAUCCCCUUCCUCCCCCUUCAGCCCGCGGGAGGGGGGCCAUGAGGGUGGGGGCACCCUCAGGGCACUAUAGUGCCAGGAAAACAGAGAAAGGGAAAAUCCCAGUGUUAUAUUGCAAAACUGAAUCUAUAUAAAUAGUUUACAUUUGCAUUGUGGAUUACCAGAUACGAUGAUGUCUGCUUUGAACACUACCCAGUAUAUAGAACAGACUGUGAACAUUAAGAUCAGUUGAUUGUAGUUGAUUAUAAUGAAAUGAUUGAUUGGAAUAAUAUACAUGGGAAUAGUUUGUUAAUCCUAGGAGAAAUGUGAUUUCAGAGUCAAGACGGAAUGCCUUCUCUUUUUGUGACAUGAAUGGCAAGCACUUCAAAUUGAGUUUUUCCCCUUCUUUUGGAUCAACCGCAUGAAAAUAAUGUGUGAAAGGUUUUAUAUAUGACUAUUAUGUAACUACCUGGGUGGAAUGAUGGGAUUUGCACAAAUAAACCAAUGAAUGUGAAGACUGCAGCAUUUAAAAACUAAAGAGGGGGUAGCCAGUGAGUAUCCCUGGUAAAGGAUAGCAGUAAUAGUAAUGCUAUGGCAGCUGUAGAGUUAAUGUAGCAUUUAAAGUACAUAUGCCUUUGCACAAUUUAAUUGUGCAUGGCUGAUUUAAAAAUUUGCAUAAAUACAUGAUUGCCAUUCAAUUUCCUUUUUUUUUGUUGCUUUUUUAAAAAAAAUUCUAAAAUCCCUUCUUCUUUUCCAGGAAAUAGAUGGCAAGGCUCUGCUACUGCUCACCCUACCUGCUGUUCAGGAAUGCAUGGAGCUCAAGCUUGCCAUGGCUAUAAAGCUGUGCUACCACAUCGAAAGAGUUAAACUGGCAUUUUACCAAAGCCUGUCCAGUUAACACGGCUCAAUCCUAUCCUGCUGCAGGGGAAAUGGAAACACAGCUGACAGGACAGGCUGGCCUAUACGAGGGCCCACACAAGGUCUACUAGCCUUAAGUGAUUUGCACUUUUAGAAGAUUGUCGCCCUGUUUACAAAUCUUUGUAGUAUUUCCGUCCAUGUUUUUGGAAAAGUUCAAGGGGCUUUGUACCAAGACAUUUCCAUAUAACUUUACCUUAUUAUUAAACAGCUGUUAAACACCAGUGUUUAAAAGCCGAGGGUCGUUUAAUAGACUAAGCUAGAGUUCUAUUCAAUAAACAGUUCAGAGUUGAAACUCGACUUGAAGACGUGAAGCCAAAUAGCAGAUUUCUGAAAUAAUAGCCAACUUAUUUCUAACUUUGUUAUUAUGGCCUCAAGUUAGAUCUCACCUCACUGUUUAGUGAAUCGAUGGAUAGUUAUGUCUGGUAAUAAUGGGCACAGAAUGGCAUCCUUAUAACUUAGGAUUUUACAAACCUCAGGCAGGGAGUCGUAUUCCUGAGUUACGUUCCUGCUGAUUUCUUAACUUUUUGAAGAUUUUAUAUAGAACUUUAAGGAUGUGCCUCUUGCCAAGUUUAUAAUAAAAUAAUGCUGCAUCCUAAAUGCUCCAAACCCCUCUCAAAGUCUCUAUUGGACCCUGUAAUUCAAUACAAGACAACCUGCAAUGGACUGGAUGCCAAUAACAUAUUUUGCAGUUUAACAACUUUAAACGGGCUUGGUACUAUUAACAUCUACUGUCACAAAUUUCACGCAAAGCACUUUUUGAAAUAUAGUACAAUUCUUUUUGUUCCCUAGUGAGAGUGUGUGCCUUUCACACACAUAUAAACAUAUUUAUAUUUAAUAAUUUUAUUUUCUUUACGACAGGUAUACAUUGUCUUGAAUUUGAAAAGGCAUUACAAAAUUAUGAUAUGUAAUCUAGUAAAUGAAUUUUCUAGGAUUUUUUUUUAGCAUUUUAAUUUACAAAUUAUUGCAGGCCUUUGUUCGAAAAAAUGAGGAAGGAUCAUAUGAGAGCAUGUAAAGCUAUAUACAUUUUCGUUUGUUUUUUUUUCCUCUAUGCAAAAGGCAUACUGAUUUUUGGGGUUUUUAUUUAUUUUAUAAGGUUUUGAAUUUUUUUUUUUUUUUUUUACUUUCCAUUACCUUAUAAUGCCUGCCUGGUCACAAAUGUUAACAACCAAACAAAUCCUAAUUUGAGUUUAGAUCAGUUUUUUAAUUUUUUUUGUUUUUUUUUACUGGAAAUGUGGAAAUGCUAUAAUGCAUAGUUUUGGAUUUAAAUAGAAGUCUCAACUGUCUUUUAUGUUUUUGUUUUUAUUUUAUUUUUUGUCAACUUACUGUUUUUUGCUGUAACAAACACAUUUCUCACCAAUUUUUUAAAUUAUACUUUUGAUUAGUGUUUUUUUUCUUAUUUUACUGUUGUUUUGCUGCAAGAAGCAAAUCUCUUACCCAUUUUCUCUAACUGAUGUUGAGAAGUGUGAAGAGAAUAUAUAGAAUUUUUUUUUUAAAGAUUAAAUGAAAAAAAUAUUGCAUUAUUUAUUUGAGGGUGGAUUAAUUACUGUCAAUCAUUAAGCAAUCACAUUUCUGCUAACAUAAACAGUGCUUUAACUGCCAAAUAGUCACUUCCCUCCUAUAGUGGUUAAGUAGACAAACAAUGUCCUUGGUUCUUUCUUCUGUUUCAUUUUUGGAGGGUUUAAUGUAAAUACAAUGUACAAAAUUGACUACAAAAUAGUUGCUGUGUUUUUCUUUUGAUAAUCAAAUCAAUUUCACCCCACUUUUGUGUUUUUAAUAAAUUUGUAAUAUUUUAA